AUGUCAACACAGGCGCCAACAUUCACACAGCCGCUGCAGAGCGUCGUAGCACUAGAGGGUAGUGCUGCGACGUUCGAGGCGCAAGUUAGUGGUUCUCCAGUUCCUGAGGUGAGCUGGUUCCGUGAUGGCCAGGUUCUUUCAGCCGCCGCUCUGCCCGGCGUUCAGAUCUCGUUCAGCGAUGGCCGCGCUGUUCUGACGAUCCCCGCUGUGACCGCCGCACACAGCGGGCGCUUCUCUGUCAGAGCGACCAACGGCGCCGGACAGGCCACGAGCACCGCCGAGCUCCUCGUUACAGCGGAGACGGCGCCGCCCAGCUUCCUGCAGAGACUGCAGAGCUCCACAGUGAGGCAGGGCAGCCAGCUCAGGCUGGACGUCAGAGUCGCAGGAAUCCCAACACCUGUGAUCAAGUUCUUCAGAGAGGGAGCCGAGAUCCAGAGCUCGGCCGACUUCAGGAUCGUCCAGGAGGGCGACCUGCACAGUCUGCUGAUCGCCGAGGCUUUCCCCGAGGAUUCUGGGACAUAUUCUGUGACCGCCACCAACAGCAGCGGACGGGCCACGUCCACCGCCGAGCUGCUGGUUCAGGGUGAAGAAGCCGUUCCAGCGAAGAAAACCAAGACCGUGAUUUCAAGCUCUCAGAUUUCUCAGAUUUCUCAGAGCCGUCAGACCAGAGUAGAAAAGAGGAUGGAGGCCAGUUUUCAGGCCUCCUCCAUGAUGGAGAUGCAGGUGGAGGGUGGCGAGCUGAUGCAUCAUCUGGCUCACAAAACUCCCCCCAGAGUUCCUCCCAAACCAACGUCCAAGUCCCCCACUCAGUCCUUGCUGGUGGCCAAGGUGGCCGGAGGACGCCAUCAGUCGCUGUCACCUGUCAGACACGUGAAGGCGCCGACGCCAACACCUGGCAGGCCUAUCUCUCCUUCCAGACUCUCAGUCUCCCCCAUCAGACCAGUUAAGUCCCCAAUCACCACACGUAAGAUGCUGGCCGCUGCUGCUGACGUCCCGCCGCCCUGGAAGCAGGGAGGCCACAUGGCCGAGGCCAGUUACACCAGCAUGGCCAGUAUGGCCAGUAUGACCAGCAUGGCCAGUAUGACCAGCAUGACCAGUAUGACCAGCAUGGCCAGUAUGGCCAGCAUGAGCAGCAGCAGCGUCACCCAGAUGGCCGAGGAGCAGCACACAGUCAAACAGAUGCAGAAGACGCUGAGUCUCCAUCAGAGUGAAACCUUCAGAGACGCUGAAGACGUUUCUAUGGACGCUGAGGGAGGGAAAAGAGCGGGGGCGGUGGCCAAGGUGGUGGCCGCCGUAGACCUGGCUCGCGUCCGUCAGCCCGUGCAUGUGGAGGGCGGUCGAGCUGAAGAGGAAGCGGAGGCCGUAGAGGCGGCGAUGAGGCAACAGGCCGAUCUACAGUAUCAAGAGAGCUGGACAACAGCCGGAGCGCAGGCUGGACAAAUGCUUACUACUGCUCAGGAGUUCACAGCUGAACCCACCCUGCUGCUGCCUCAGAUUCAGAGAACGACAGAAAUCUCCUCCCAUGUGGACACUGGUCUCGCUCCGUCCCCAGUUCCACAUUUCACUGUUUCUAAAGUUUCGGUCCCAAAACGCGAUUCUAGCUACGAGGUUUCCAUCGCCGGCUCGGCUAUCGCCAAUCUGCAGAGAGAGCUUUCCUCGUCCUCUGCCGCCACUCGAAAGAUCAUCAAGACGGUCAAGUCUCCGAGUCCGUCUCGUGCAGCGACGGAGACCAGAGCGAUGGAGUCCGUCCCUCCGCCGUUCAAAGACUCUGAGAAAUAUCAGAGUCAUUUUGGCGCUGAGUUACAGACGGGGGUGGUGUACUCGGGGGGGACGCAGAGCAUGUAUGAGGACUGGGAAGCCCAGGUGGUGGAGGCAGCAGCUGUACCUGCAGCCGGGGAAGGCGUAGUCCCACCAACACUGAUUUCUGGCUUAAAGAACACGAACGUGACUGAAGGAGAGUCGGUGACCGUGGAGUGCCAGAUCAGCGGUCACCCCGACCCCGUCAUCAUGUGGUUCAGAGAGGACUACAAGAUCGAGAGCUCCAUCGAUUUCCAGAUUAGCUACGAGAACGGAUUCGCCCGGCUGGUGAUCCGCGAGGCGUUCGCUGAAGACAGCGGACGCUUCACCUGCACCGCCACUAACGAGGCGGGAACCGUCAGCACCUCCUGCUACCUGCUCGUCCAGGUGUCUGAAGACAUCGAGAGCAGAGAGGAGAUCGCUGUCGUCACCGAACAUGUUGAAACUGCUCAAGAGGAACUAGUAACUGAAGAAACUAAAGAAGAAACCAUAACCCAGAUCAGCGUGUCUGAGUCAGAGGCCGCCGCCGCCGCUCCCUUCUUCAUCAGGAAACCCAGCAUUCAGAGGCUGGUCGAAGGAGGAAGCGUCAUCUUUGAAUGUCAAGUGGGAGGAAGUCCCAAACCACACAUCAUCUGGAAGAAGAGCGGCGUACCGCUCACCACCGGAUACAGAUACAAAGUCGCCUACAACAAAGAGACCGGAGAGUGCAGGCUGGAGAUCUCUAUGACCUUUGCCGAUGACGCCGGAGAAUACGCCGUCUUUGCCAAGAACCAGCUUGGAGAGGUGUCCGCCUCUGCAACUCUGAUGGAAGAAGAGGAAUACGAACUUUACAUGAAGAAACUGGAAGCGGCCUCUAUGGCUGCAGUGACCGUGGUGCAGGAGCCUCAGGUGGGAGACAUUCCCCCCAUCGUUGUUACCACCAUGGAGCAGAUGACCACCACCAUUAUCUCUGGACAGGUAGGAGCAUCAUUAGUUAUGAUGAUGAUGAUGAUGAUGGAUGAAGAAUUCCACCUUUCUGCCAUUGAGCAGAGGAUCAUGCAGGAGAUGGAGCUCCGCAUCAUGAUGAUAACCUACAGAGAGAUAGUGACUGAGGAUGGAGAACUGAUAGUGACAGCUGCCCCCACUGAGGCCGUGCAGCCCGCCUUCGAAACUCCCGUCAAAAACUACAGGAUCAUGGAGGGAAUGGGUGUCACGUUCCACUGCAAGGCGGCUGGCAUGCCCCUCCCCAAGAUCGCUUGGUUCAAAGAUGGCCAGCGUAUCAGAACCAGUGAACGGUACCAGAUGGAGGUUCUUCAGGAUGGACGAGCCAGCCUUCGCCUCGCCGUGGUUCAGGCGGAGGAUGAAGGUGUCUAUACAGCCUUUGCUGCCAACAUGAAGGGAAAUGCAGUCAGCUCUGGAAAGCUCUAUGUGGAGCCUUCUGAAGCUGGAGCACCUCACAGAUACACCCCACAGCCAGCAGUGCAGAGGAUCAGGUCCACAUCUCCUCGUUCUCUGAGCCGCUCUCCUGGACGUUCUUCCAGCCGUUCUCCUGGACGUUCUCCUGCCCGCAGACUGGACGACACAGACGAAGCUCAGCUGGAGAGACUCUACAAACCCGUGUUUGUCAUGAAGCCUUCCUCGUGUAAAUGCUCUGAGGGGCAAACUGCCAGGUUCGAUCUGAAGGUGGUUGGCAGACCGAUGCCUGAAACAUACUGGUUCCACAACGGACAACAAGUGGUUAGUGACUAUAACCACAAGAUAGUGGUUAAAGAGGAUGGUACUCAGUCUCUGAUUAUCGUCCCAGCCAUGCCACACGACUCAGGAGAGUGGACCGUCGUGGCUCAGAACCGAGCUGGACGGUCAACCAUCUCCAUCACUCUCACAGUUGAUGCUAAGGAGACGUUGGUGCGUCCGCAGUUCAUUGAGAAGCUGAAGAACAUCAGUGUGAAGCAGGGAACGCUGGUUGAACUGGCCGUCAGAGCCAUCGGAAACCCGCUGCCUGACAUCGUCUGGCUGAAGAACAGCGACAUCAUCAGCCCACACAAGCACCCACACAUCAAGAUUGAAGGAAAUAGAGGAGAAGCCAAAUUCCAGAUUCCCUCCUCAGCCGGCACAGACAGCGCCUGGUACACAGCGACAGCCAUUAAUAAGGCCGGCAGAGACACCACCCGCUGCAGGGUCAAUAUUGAGGUGGACUACGUGGAGCCCGAACCGGAGAGGAAGCUCAUUAUUCCCAAAGGAACCUACAAAGCCAAAGACAUCGCCCCCCCAGAGGUGGAACCCCUUCAUCUCCGUUACGGUCAGGAUCAGUGGGAGGAAGGAGACCUUUACGACAAAGAGAAGCAACAGAAACCACAGUUCAAGAAGAAGCUGACCUCUGUCCGCAUGAAGCGGUUCGGUCCGGCUCAUUUUGAGUGCAGACUGACUCCCAUCGGUGACCCCACCAUGGUGGUGGAGUGGCUGCAUGACGGCAAACCUCUGGCAGCUGCUAACAGGUUGCGCAUGGUCAAUGAAUUCGGCUACUGCAGCCUUGACUACGAUGCUGCUUACGCUAGAGACAACGGCGUCAUCACCUGCAGAGCUACUAACAACUUUGGAGUCGACCAGACUUCGGCAACCCUGAUCGUCAAGGAUGAGAAGGGUCUCGUUGAGGAGUCUCAGCUCCCUGAAAGCAGGAGGGGAGCACACAGAAUUGAUGAAAUUGAGCGCAUGGCACAUGAAGGUGGACCUUAUGGUGUCACUACUGACGAGGAGACUGAGAAAAUGAAACCUGAGAUCGUCCUCGUACCUGAACCAGUCAGUGUUGUGGAAGGUGAAACGGCCCGAUUCCGCUGCAGAGUGACCGGUUAUCCAUCACCCAAGGUCAACUGGUCCAUCAACGGUCAACUUAUCCGCAAAAGCAAGAGAUACAGACUUCGGUAUGAUGGUAUUUACUACCUGGAGAUUGUUGACGUCAAGUCCUACGAUACAGGAGAGGUCAAGGUGGUUGCAGACAACAACCUGGGCUCGGCCGAGCACACUGUGAAGCUGGAGAUUACCCAGAGAGAGGACUUCAGAACUCAUCUUCGUAAGGCUCCUGAGCCAAAGGCAGCUGAGGCCAUACCUGAAGUUGGAAAAACACCAUUUGAGGUGGUGAAGGUUGAGAAACCUGCAGACGAAGCUCAACUGAAAGAAGUGGUCAAGCUGAAGAAGGUCCAUAGAGUCGUCCAUGAGAAAUCCACGGAGGAGUCGGAUGAGCUGAGGAGCAAGUUCAAACGCAGGACAGAGGAGGGCUAUUUCGAGUCCAUGACUGCAGUGGAGCUCAAGGCACGCAAGAGGGACGAGUCCUACGAAGAUCUGCUGAAGAAGACGAAGGACGAACUGCUUCACCGCGCUAAGGAGAAGGAGGAGGCUGAGAGGAGGGAGGCGGAGAGACAGAAACUUACUGCUACACCACUCAAACCAGAGAGGGUGAAGCUUUCUGCCAGCAUGGAGGCUCCUAAGAUCAUGGAGCGUAUCACCAGCCAGACCGUCGCACAGGGGGACGAAGUGAAGUUCAGAGUCCGAGUCGUCGGCAAACCAGAUCCUGAGUGCCAGUGGUACAAGAACGGCGCUCAGCUGGAGAAGACUGAGCGUGUUUAUUGGUUCUGGCCUGAAGAUCAUGUGUGUGAGCUGGUGAUCAGAGACGUGAUAGCAGAGGACUCUGCUAGCAUCAUGGUUAAAGCUGUGAACAAGGCCGGAGAGACUUCCAGCCAUGCUUUCCUGCUGGUGCAAGCAAAGCAAGUCAUCAGCUUCACACAGAAACUGGUGGACGUCAACGCCAAGGAGAAGGACACCAUGGCUACCUUUGAGUGUGAAACCAACGAACCUUUCGUCAAAGUUAAAUGGUUGAAGAACAAUGUGGAGAUCUUCACUGGAGACAAAUACAGGAUGCACUCUGACAGGAAGGUCCACUUCCUGUCUGUGCUGGUGAUUGGGAUGAAGGAUGAUGCAGAUUACACCUGCCAGGUUAUAGACGACGAUCAGAUCAGGACAACUUCCAAACUUAAUGUUGAAGGAGCCCCGCUGGCGAUAGAGAAGCAGCUGGAGAGCACUGAGGUGCCGGAGACGUACUCUGCAGAGUUUGAGUGUGUGGUGUCUCGUGAGGACUCGGAGGGCAGCUGGUUCUUUGGAGAGAAGCUUCUCUCUGCAAGCAGUAAAUACGUCAUUUCCUCCCGACGUGGACGACACAACCUGUCUGUCAAAGACGUGAAGAAGGAAGACCAAGGAAAAUAUACCUUCAAAGUGGGCGAGCUCAAGACAAGCGCUUCAUUGAAGAUGAAAUUGCGUCCCGUGACGUUGAUGCAGCCUCUGACGGACCUCACCGUGUGCGAGGGCGACAUCGCUCAGAUGGAGCUCAGGUUCUCCCAGGAGAACGUUGAAGGAACCUGGAUGAAGAACGGCCAGCCCAUCGCUGCCUCCAACCGUGUGCAUAUUGUUAUCGACAAACAGAUCCACAAACUCCUGAUUGAAGACACCGUCAAGGAUGACUUUGGGAUGUACUCCUUCGUGGUUCCUGCUCAGGAGAUCUCAACCACAGCCAAGCUGACCAUCCAGGUUAUCAGCAUCCUGACCCCACUGAAGGACACAAGUACUGUUGAGGGCACCAAGACCGUCCUGGAGGCCAAGAUCUCCGCUCAGGACGUCAGCUCGAUUAAAUGGUAUCACAACGACAAACUGCUGGCCGCUAGCGACCGAGUCCAGAUCGUGUCUAAAGGAGCGAAGCAGCGCCUCGUCUUCGUCAGGACCUGCGCCUCCGAUGAGGGACACUACAAGCUGGUGGUUGGCCGGGCCGACACCAGCUGCAAACUGUCUGUUCAGUCCGUUCAGAUCGUGACUCCGAUGAAGAACAUCGAGUGCUCCGAGUCCGAGAACGUCACCUUCGCAGUCGAGGUUUCUCACGCCGGCAUCGAUGCUUUCUGGACCUUCAAAAAGCAGCCGCUCAAAGCCAGCGCCAAGUACAAGAUGGAGUCCAAGAAGAAGCGCCACACCCUGACGGUGGUUCACACCAUGAAGGACGAGGAGGGCGAGUACAUGUUCGCCGCCGGGGAGAAGCAGUGCAGCGGGAAGCUCACCGUGUCAGGUGGCGCUAUCAAGAAGCCUCUGCACGAUAUGAUGGUGGCCGACUCCCAGACCACCGUGCUGGAGUGUGAGGUCGCCAACCCGGCCUCGGAGGGCAAGUGGCUGAAAGACGGAGAGCCCAUCGACUUCAGCGAGAACGUGAUCGGUGAGGUGAACGGUGCCGUCAGACGCCUCGUCAUCGUCAUCACCAAAGCAACCAACAUCGGAGAGUACACGUACCAGGUGGCCAGCUCCAAGACCUCCGCCCACCUGAAGGUUGAAGCUGUGAAGGUGAAGAAGACCCUGAAGAACCUGAAUGUGGUGGAGACCCAGGACGCUGUGUUCAGCCUGGAGCUGACCCACAAGGAUGUGAAGGGAGCACAGUGGGUCAAGAACGGCAUCGAGAUCCCGCCCAGCGAUAAAUGUGAGAUCAUCUCCGACGGCACCGUCCACACCCUGAAGAUCAAGAACUGCACCACACACGAUGAGUCGGUGUAUUCCUUCCGGCUGGGGAAGCUGUCGGCUAACGCCCGGCUCAACGUUGAGACGAUCAAGAUCCUGAAGAAGCCGAAGGACGUGACGUCACUGCUGGGAGCGACGGCCGUGUUCGAGCUGGAGAUCUCUGAGGAAGACAUCCCCAUCAAAUGGAUGUUCAAGAAGACGGAGCUGAAGGAGAACGAGCACUACAAGAUGGUCUCUGAGCACAAGACCCACAAACUGAUGGUCCAGGAUGUGGAAAGCAGCAAGGAGGGAGAGUACACCGCUGUGGUCGGGCACCUCCACUGCAGCGCCCGCCUCACCGUGGAGGCUCUGCGGGUCAGUAAACCCAUGAAGAGCACCGAGGUUCCUGAAACCCACUCGGCCUCGUUCGAGUGUGAAGUUUCUCACUUCAACGCACCGUCCAGCUGGCUGAAGAACGGCGUGGAGAUCGAGAUGAGCGAGAAGUUUAAGAUCGUGGUUCAGGGGAAACUUCACCAGCUGAAGAUCCUGAACACCGGCAGCAGCGACUCCGGAGAGUACAGCUUCGUCUGCGGGAACGACCGAGUCUCCGCCACGCUCACCGUUAACCCGAUCCUCAUCACAACGAUGCUGCAGGACCUGGACGCUCAGGAGAAGGACUUAGUCACCUUCGAGGUGAACGUCAACUACGAAGGAAUCACGUACAAAUGGCUGAAGAACGGCGUCGAGAUCCGCUCCACCGACCGGUGCCAGGCCCGCUGCAAACAGCUGACUCACACUCUGAGCAUCAGGAACGUUCACUUUGGAGACAGCGCUGAGUACAGCUUCAGGGCCGGCUCUGCAGCCACGUCAUCUAAGCUUCAUGUUGAGGCCCGCGUGGUUGAGUUCACCAAACACCUGAGAGACCUGAACAUCACGGAGAAGAAGAGAGCCACCUUUGAAUGUGAAGUUUCUGAACCAAACAUCCAGGUGAUCUGGAUGAAGGACGGUCAGGAGCUGGAGACGUCUGACAGAUAUAAAAUGACUUCAGAUAACUUCACGCACCAGCUGGUUGUGCCGUCGGUCCGCCUGUCUGAUGCCGGAGAAUACGCAGCGGUGGCCGGGUCCAGCAUGUCCAAGGGUCAGCUGGGGGUCGAGGGCCGGGACAUCAGAAUCACAGAACCUCUCAGCAGGGACAUCACAGUCAUUGAGAAGCAAAGAGCGACGUUUGAGUUCGAGGUGGACGAGGACGACGUGGAGGGCCGCUGGAUGAAGAACGGGUCAGAGAUCCAGUUCUCAGUGGAGGAGCGGUUCAGCUACGUCAGCAUCAGGAAGAUGCACCGCCUCACCAUCGCUGAGACUUACCGGAGCGACGCCGGAGAGUUCACCUUCCUAGCCGGCAGGAACCGCAGCUCCAUGAACCUGCACGUCAGACUCCCGGAGCCUCCGAAGAUCGUGCGUCCGAUGGAGUCUCAGACGGUGACGUCGGGGAAGUCGGUCCGCUUCACGGUGAAGGUGAGCGGCGUCCCUCUGCCUCAGGUCUCCUGGUACAAAGACUCUCAGGCUCUGGCCUCCGGAUACAAGUGCAAGUUCCUCCACGAUGAGGACGAGCACACGCUGCUGCUGCUGGAGGUUUUCCCCGAGGACGCCGCCGCCUACAGCUGCAAGGCACACAGCGACUUCGGAGAGGUGUCGAGCUCCGCCUCGCUCACUGUGGAAGUUCCUGAAGUGACUGAAGCAGUUCGUGUUUCUGCUCCGCUCAUCAUCACACCGCUGCAGGACGUCCUGGUUAAAGAGGGAUUCCCCGCGCUGCUGCAGUGCAACGUCUCCGGGGAAGACCUGCAGGUGUCCUGGUUCUCUAAGGACAGAGAAGUCCGGCAGUCAGACAACGUGAGGAUGUCUCACUACGGAGGAACCUGCCAGCUGGAGAUCUCCAAAGUUCUCCCCGAACACGAAGGAGAGUUUUCAUGUCUUGCCACAAACUCGGCAGGAAUGGUGACAUGUGCUGCGACUCUGAAUCUGGAUGCUAAUGAGUGGAGCUCUGAGACUAAACUCAGUCAGAGUUUGGAGGCUGAGAGUCUCCGCUCUGUGUCAGUGGGACAGACAGAGCACAGUGUUGAGUUUACUGAGGCUGUCUCUGAGAGCUCCUCCGUGUGUUGGAGGACGGUUGAGAUUCAGAGUGUGAGCUCGGUGGAGAUGAGCUCUGAGAUCAAACUCUCAUCCAGCCCCAAACUGCUGAUGGAAAUGAGCGACGUCCGCGUGAACAGCGGCGAGAUGGCUGAGUUCAGCUGCUCGUUUGAUGGGCAGCCCUUCACGGCUGUGCUGUGGGAUCAUAAUGGCCUCAGCUUGGUGGACACAGAGCGAGUGAGGAGCUCUCAGAGCGGGGGUUUGUUGUCCCUGGUCAUCCAGGCGGUUGGCGUGGCGGACCAGGGCUUGUAUUGCUGCACCGCCACCAACCAACAUGGCCAGAACAGCUCCUCUGCCCGGCUCACUGUUGAAGCUAAAGAAGCAAAUCUCAAAGCAGAAACCCCCAUCCCUACCGAUUCUGUACGUAAAGUGUCUCAGGCCGACAGGGAGGCCGCGAGAGAUCCGCCCGAACAAGCCAAGCAAGAGGCGGCGGAGAAGCCGGAUCACUCGCCUCCAUCUUCCAAGAGACCUCAGAGCCUCAUCAGCCAGCUGUAUUUCCCUGACGUCAUACCUCACGAUAAGCAAAGCCACAACCUCUCCAGCGGCUCUGACUUCCUGAUUAAACUUCCUCCUGAGCUGCUGGUCAGAAACAAAGCCGGCGGCUCGCUGUAUUGCGUUAUGAACGGAGAUCUCACUCCGUUUGUCAUUUGGCUUUACAACCGGUUGAAUGUUGAGGAUUCGGUGUCUUACUCUCUGAAACAUGACGGCCCCCUGUGCUGUAUGAAUGUUAACAAUGUGGGAACCAGACAAAGGGACUCUUACUCUUGCAAACAUGUGACCUCAGCUGAGGAAGCUGAGUGCAGCACAGUGAUGAAAGUUUCUGCAGUGGAGAAGGAACAGCUGCAGCAGGAAGUCAAAGUCUUCUCUAGCUCUGCCGUCACAGUGGAAGAAGAAAUCCAGGAGUCUUACUACACCAGCCUAAAAUUAUCAGAUAAAACCAGAACACUUGAACUCAAACCAGAGUCCAAACGCUACUCCAGCUCUUUGGAGAAGAAAAAAGAAAAGCCAGUUUUCCUCAGUGAACUUUCUCCAGCAGCUGUGACUGUUGGAGAAACCGCAAUGUUUACGGUCAAAGUGUCCGGUUUCCCAAAGCCGACCGUCCAGUGGUUCCGUAACGGCCAGAAUAUAACCAGCUCAUCUGUGUAUGAAUUCAUUCAGGAGCAGGAUGAGUACAGCUUGGUCAUCAACAGAGUUGACAGAGAGUUUGAAGGACAGUACAGCUGCACUGUCAGCAACAGGUUCGGCCAGUCGACUUGCACUUCUUAUCUGCAUAUUGAGGUGAAGGAACCAGAAAGAGAGGACAAAGCAGACAGGAAGACGUUUGUGCCAACUGGUAAACCUCCAGAGUUCACAAAAACUAUAGAGUCUGUUCAGCUGUCUGAGGGAGGUCAGGCUUUCUUCAGGUACAUUGUGACCGGAGAUCCUCUCCCUGAGAUUCAGUGGCUCAAAGGCAGCUUCCACAUGCAGCCAACCGGGUUCUGUAUCGUUGUGAACAACCCAGAUGGAUCGGGCUUUAUUCAUAUUAAGAGUGUAAAACAGGGGGACAGUGGUGUCUACACCUGUAAGGCCUCCAACCAAUUUGGGGAAGCCACUUGUACCGCUGAGCUGCUGGUGUUCAGAGAGGAAGUUCAGGAAGAAUUAGUUAAGAAAACCACCGGUUUGAAAAUAUCCAUGACCGAACAAACAACCAAAUCCAGAUUAUACCAGGAAAGAAGUCGGUCUGAUCAUUUGAUUUAUACAAUCGGUACUGAAGAAAGGCAGAUUAUUCCCAGUGAGGAGGUAGGAACCCUCAGAGAGCUCGAUGUCUCCGCUGCCUCCAUUCAGCGAGAGCAGGUAACCCACCAGGCAGCAGUGCUGCAGUCUCAUGAGAUACAGGAGAGGGUUUCUUUGGGUCCUAGCCAACCGCAGCAGGUCUCAGCCGUUCCUAUGAAACAGCUUCACAUGACGACUUUCUUAUCUUCAGUCCAGGAGAGACAAAAGAUCACUGAGCAGCAUUCUGAACGCAUCGUCAGCCCAGAAGUAGUCGAACUCGAGUUAGCCAAAGAGCAGGCAGCGAAGCUCAUGUCGGCCACAUCUGAAGAGGUUGUGCCACUCUCCACAGUACGAGCUGAGGCCUUAAUGGACCAGACUCCAGAACAUUUGAAGACCUUCACUGAACCCAGGCAGCUUGUUAGCGGUCACCUAGUAGAGUCUGCUCUACCCAUCCUUGAUGAAACUUCAGUUAUCACCCACAGACCAGAGGAAGAGAAGAGUUUCAGAGUCACAGAGGGGGUUAAAAUCUUAUACUCAGCUCAGUCUACGGGGCAACUGCCGAUCACAGAAAGACAUUCAGAGCCUCUGCCAACUUUAGCAGCAGCUACCAAACCCCUGACAGAGAAAGAGCAACCGAAGCCUAUUGUAGCACCAGUGAGUGAAAGGAGAGUGGUUUUAUCCAAAGAGCAGACUUUUGAAACACAAAGACCAGCACAGGAGAGUAUCACUCCGUACAAAGACAUGCACUAUAAGUUAGCUGUAACCGCCGAAGAGAAGUACGAGCUCCGGGGUGAACAGGCUGGACAGGUGGCAGGUAUAGCAUCUUCCAUGAGUCUGCAGCCUCAGCGAGAGGGAGAAACACUCCUGAAUCUGCAGGUUAUCAGCAAUCAGGACGUUUUACAGUCUGAGUGUAGGUUCAGCAGUGAGAAGCCCCCAUCAGAGCAGGCAGAUUCAAGGAAGAGUCCUGCUUUGUUGCAUUCAGUGACUCAGGAAGAUCAAAGGACUGUGGUUUGUGAGGGAACGUCAGAGUUCUCAGCUAAAAUUAAUGCAGAGUCUGUUCAACCAAAGAAAGAACGACCACCAGCAAAGUACCUCCAGUCAAUUCACUCUGUCUCAGUGUUACCAAAGGAAGGCAUACUCUCAAUCACUAAACCUGACCAGCAGGUGAUAACGCAGAAGCAGGAAAAGUUUAGGAGGCAUGCAGCCACCUCAGAGGAGAGAAGGGAGAUCAUAGCUGACUCCUACAAAGAUGUGGAUGCGUCGGUGACCGGGGUUCAGUCACAGCUUCGAACUGAACCCAGGCCUUUGAGCAUCCUCACAACCUCCACACAGCCUUUGCAGCUGCCAAAGGAGAUGCCUUUCAUCACAGACGCCAAGCAGCAGCGAGCCCUUGUCCAGAAAGAGGAUUACUGGAAUAUCAUGCAUUCAGUGAAUGUCACAGACUCUCAGACUCUGGAGGAGGGUCACACCACCAGCCUCAAAACUGAUGAAAAAUUAAAGCCAGAGAUGAAAAUUGAGCCAAAGAUACCAAAAAGGCCUAUUUACAUAGAAGAGAAGGCAGUUGCUACUGAAGGCUGUACUGUCUUAGAAGCUGCUGAGCAGGACUUUGCAGUCCAAAUCCAGGAGGGCCAGUCAGUUAGACAGUCAGUGCUGCUAGAAGAGAAACAGGUCAUUAUUGGAGAGCAGUCCAGUGAGAUACAUACAUCUGAGAGCUCAACUGUUACCUUCAUGACCCAGCCAAAAGGAGUUAUGUUUGUCCACGAGUCUCUGGAGUCACAGACUCUACCCAAGGAACUCAACUUUGUCAUUCAGAUCCCCAAACCAUCGAGUCUGAAUAUACGGCAUCAACUCAGAGAUGCUCUUCAAUCUGCUGUGGCAAGUGAGCAGCCGGUGUUACUGGCUGAUGUUGUAGGAAGGUUCGAUGUGGUGGAGGUACAGGAAGUGAAGGUUCAGAGAGAACCCAAACAUGUCACACAUACUUACCUGAUCACAACACCUGGUGCCCCCAUGGAGAUCACACUGUCUUUUGAGGGUAAAUACCCCCAGACGGCUGACCUCAGGUCAGAGCUCCAGGUAGCUCUGCAUGCUAUGGUAUCCCAGGAGCAGCAAAGUCUUACAUCAGAGCUACCAGGCACCAUGCAGAUAGACAAGCCUCAGAAAGCUCUGAUCAGCUCUGCGCUUUCCAAAGAGGUGUUGUCAUCCGUGGUGGACACAGUAACGGUAGCAGAGAGUGCAGUCAGGGUUCCUGCUAGUGUCUAUCAAUCUGCUGAUAUCAAGAUGGAGGCUAGUGCUUCCUUCCAAAGUGCAACAGUUCAAACUCGGUCAGAGAUUCAUGAGUCUAAGCAGAUCAGCAGGAAGACAGUGAGGUCAGAGAGGAACGCUGCUGCUCCUGAAGUGACCGCCACAGUGCCUGAGGGCAAGGUUCCUGUUGAGCAACAUGUGGACAUUUCUGUCCACAGAGAAACCAGAGAGGAGUAUCUUUCAGAGGCAGUUAUGAUCAGUGAGUCCUCAGACAGUUUGGUAGAUUAUCCUGUUGUUGUUGAUGCUUUGGAAGAUCUUUGUACAGAGGCAAAUAGCAAGGCUGUAUUUACUACCACCAUAAAGUAUGCAACAAAAGUCAACUGGUUUUUCAAAGGACAACUGGUGAAAUCUGGCAAAGAGUUCAAGUGUUCUAAAGAUAAUGAGACAUACACACUAAUUAUCGACAAAGUUGUCAAGGAGAAACAUCAAGGAGAGUAUGUCUGUGAGGCUGAGAAUGAGGCUGGCAAGACUACAGCGUCUACAAGACUCAAAGUGGUCUCAAGAGUGAAACCUGUGUUCAGGCACAAAAUUGUCCCUGUGGAGAUCAAUGUUGGAAGCCCUGCAGUGUUUGAAUGUGAAACUGAAGACGCCCCAAAUGUGGUCUUCAAGUGGUUCAAAGAUGGGCAAUCCAUCAAAGAUGGUGAUAAAUGCAGGAUUAUGAGUCGUGUCAGCACUUCCUCUCUGGAGCUGCUGAGCCCAAACAAAGAUGACAGUGGGGAAUACUCUUGCAAGGCAUCCAAUCAGCAUGGCAGUGAUGAGUGCUCCGCCUCUCUCAGAGUGACAGAACAAUUCCCUCCUGACUUUAUAACUAAGCCUGACCCUCAAACUGUAUAUGUUGGAAAGAGGGCAGUGAUACAGUGUGUAAUAACAGGAUCUGCUCCUCUGAAUGUUGCCUGGCUCAAAGACAGCCAAGCCAUAACCAAAGAGCAGACACACUACCAGACGUUGUGUGAAAAGAAUAAACACACUCUUGAGAUAACCAAACUUGAGCCAGCUGACCGUGGCCUUUACGUCUGCAAGUUGUCCAACAAUGUUGGGACAGCUGAGUGCAGCAUGGAGCUGAAUGUUAUUGAAAAGCCCAACUUCGUAAAGCCCCUGGGUCAGGUUGCUGCUGUGGUUGGGGCUCCUCUACACCUGGAGUGUCAGGUGGACGAGGACACUGGAGUUACUGUCACCUGGACCAGAGAUGGUCGAAAGGUCCACCAGUCUCCGGACUGUAAACUGUCUUUUGAGGAUAAGACGGUUACUCUUGAUAUCCUAAAGACCACCCAGAAAGAUUGGGGCAAUUAUAUAUGUACGGUGACAAAUGAAGCUGGGAGUGCAACUUGUUCCACCUCGGUGAAGGUCCAAGAGCCACCAGUCUUUGUUAAGAGGCUGGAAGCCACCACAGUUUGGAAGCAAGGCAGUACCACACGCCUGCAAUGCACCAUCAAAGGAUCUCCUGAACUUCACACUACCUGGUUCUUUAAUAACAAGCAGCUGUCUGCUGGUGGCAGAUAUGACAUCAGUCUGAAGGAUGGUCUUGCCACUCUUGAGAUACAGGAUGUCACAUUGAGUGACAGUGGAAACUACACCUGUGAGGUUCUCAAUGAGUCUGGGUGUGAAAGCUGCAGCUCUAAUGUUUCAGUAAAAGAACCACCAUCUUUCAGAAAGGAGUUGCCCUCUGUAGAGGCAGUUAGAGGAUCUGUAACUGUGUUGGAAUAUGAGAUCACAGGGUCUGCACCAUUCAAGGUAGCCUGGAAAAAGAAUAAGAAACCCCUGCCCACAGAUAAGAAAUACCGAGUUGUGUCACAGGGAUCCCUGGCCUCUCUGGAGAUCAGGUCUUUUGAGAGCGGUGACGCUGGUGAAUACGAAUGUGUCGUAUCAAAUGAGGUCGGGUCAGUAACCUCAAAGUCUGUAGCUAAACAAAAAGAAGCACCUAUGUUCUCAAAGAGGAUUGAGAGUGCCACUGCAGUGUUGGGAAGCACAGUGAAAGUACAGGGAGUGAUAAAAGGCUCAGCUCCCAUCACUGUCAAAUGGAUGAAGGACUCUCAGUUGCUGAGAGAUGAUGAUCCAAAUGUCAAAAUGACAUUUGAGAACAACAUCGCCAGCAUUUCCUUCUCAUCUGUUGAGACAAAGCAUAGUGGCAAGUAUACUUGUCUGGCAGAAAAUGAGGCAGGACAACAGAAAUGUGAAGCUGUCAUGACAAUUCAAGAACCUGCUAGGAUCUUAGAGAAAGCUGCGUCCAUCAGUAUAACAGCAGGGGACUCUGCCACGCUGGAGUGCAUACUCUCUGGAACCCCAGAACUCAAAGUGAAAUGGUUUAAAGACGACAAGGAGAUGAUCAGUGGCCGCAAAUAUAAAAUGACAGUGAAGGAAAACACUGCCACCCUAAAGAUUCUGGCAGCAGAUAAAGGAGACACUUCAGAGUACAAGAUGGAGGUGUCCAAUAAAGUUGGAAAAGACCAGUGCACCUGCUCAGUCACUGUUAUCGACCGAGCAGUUCCACCAACCUUCAGCAGACCUCUAAAGAAAGUGGAUGCAAAUAUUGGUAGUAACGUUACCUUGGAGUGCAGAGUUGCUGGAUCUCAGCCGAUGGUUGUUUCUUGGUACAAAGCUGAUAAAGAACUCCACAGUGAUGGCAAAUAUAAGCUUGAUUUCAGUGAGAGCAAAGCCUCUGUGAUGAUAACCAGCCUGGAGCAGAGUGAUGGUGGAGUUUAUACGUGCCGGGCUUCUAAUGAUGCCGGGCAUAAAGAGACCAGUGGUACUUUAUCCAUUAAAGAGCCUCCAGUCUUCACAGUGACACCUGAAUCACAUGACACUUCACCAGGAUCAAAUGUUGUCUUAAAAUCAGCCUUUUCAGGAUCGGCUCCUCUGGUUGUUAAAUGGUUCAAUGAGGAGAAAGAGCUUUUCACUGGUGGAAGAUGUUUCAUAAAGAAAGAUGCCUCUUCAAGCUCCUUGGAGCUUCACUCUGUGAAACCCAGUGACUCGGCUAAAUACACAUGCCAAGUAUCCAAUGAUGCUGGGAAGGUGGAUUGCACUGCCGACCUCUUUGUGAAAGAAUCUCCAACAUUUACAAUGAAGCUCGAGCCUUCACAGCUGCUGAAAACCGGACAGCCUCUGAAGCUGUCCUGCAAAGUGCACGGCACCCCCGUUAUUAGCAUCACAUGGUUUAAAAAUGGGGAAGAAAUAAGUUCAGACCACAGACACACGAUGUGUUUCGACAGCUCGAUAGCGACUCUGGAGGUGGAGGAUUGUUCUGUAGAGGAUAGUGGAGAUUACAUCUGUGUGGCGUCCAGCGAGGCCGGCACAGACAAGUGUAGCAGCUCAGUUAUGGUGAAAGCGCCUCCAAUAUUUCUGAGGUCUUUUGAAUCAGCUGAGAUUGUAAAAGGAUCCAACAUUAUCUUAGAGGGAGUCGUUUCAGGCUCUGCUCCAUUUGAAAUAACUUGCUUCCUCAAUGAAAAGCAGAUCAGAAACGACACAAGGCGUUUGAUCAGUGUGGAGAACGACACGGUCACUCUGCAGAUCUCAAACUUUGAGAGUGGAGAUGAUGGGAUGUACCAGGUCACUGUUGCAAAUGAUGUUGGAGAGACAUCUUGUUCUUGCCAGAUUUCACUGAAAGAACCACCAACAUUUGUUCAGAGACUAGAGGAUAUGAGCUGUCUGCUGGGCUCUGAGAUCUCUAUGAAGUGUUUGUUGUCUGGGUCACUUCCCAUGACUUUCUCCUGGAUCAAGGAUGAUCACGAGCUCACAGAGAGUGAGCACAUAAAGAUGUCCUUUGAAACCAAAAGUGCUGUGUUGAAUUUGAAAAAAGCUCAAUUAUCACACAGCGGGAAAUAUUUCUGUGAGGCCCAGAACAAAGCCGGGACUCAGCGCUGUGCUGCUGUGCUCGUUGUCACAGAGCCAGCAAAUAUUUUAGAACAUGCAAAGUCCAUCAGUGUGACCCAGGGCGACCCGGCCAGGCUGCUAUGCAGAUUCUCAGGCACCAAACCACUCAAGUCCAGAUGGAUGAAGGCGGGAAAGGAGCUGACCUCAGGCCAGAGAUACAAAGUAGAGCGCACAGACACCAGCUCUGUGCUCAAGAUUAUUAAAACAGAGAAAAAAGAUAGUGGUGAAUACACCUUUGAGGUUUCAAAUGAAUCUGGGUGCAGUUCCUGUGAGGCAGCAGUUACUGUCUUAGAUCAAAUAAUCAAACCAACUUUUACAAGAGAACUGAAGGAGACAGAAGGUAUCAAAGGAUCUUUCGUUGAUCUUGAGUGUCUUGUAUCCGGCACGCUGCCGAUGGUGAUACAGUGGUACAAAGAUGACAAACAGAUCCAGACUGAUGAGAAACACAAAUGCUCGUUCUUUGAAAAUGUUGCUUUUCUGGAGAUCAGUCGUCUGGACAGUAAAGACGGUGGAAACUAUUCCUGCAUGGCUACAAACAAAGCAGGAUCUGUCCAGUGCUCUGGGAGGUUAUGUGUUAAAGAACCACCAUGCAUACUUGAAAAGCCUGAAUCCAUGAAUGUUCUGCCUGGCUCAAAGGUUAAGUUAAACGUUUGUGUCUCCGGCACACCACCGAUGACCGUCCGGUGGUUUAAAAACAAGAAAGAGAUUUUAUCCAGCGCAGACUGCUCUGUGAUCAGAGACAACACCUCAAGCUCACUGGAGCUCUUCUUUGCCAAAGUCUUUGAUUCUGGAGUCUAUAUCUGUGAAGUUCAGAAUGAUGUUGGCUCCACUUCAUGCCAGGCAACACUCUUUGUAAAAGAGCCUCCCUUUUUCAUUGAGAAACCUAAAGGUGUUGCAUUAGUGAAAGUAGGAGACAGUCAUGUGUUUAAGUGCAAGGUUGCUGGUACUCCAGAGAUCUCUGUGCAAUGGUUCAGAGACGGAGCCGAGAUUCACCAGAGUGACAAACACAAAAUGUUGUUUUUCAACUCUGUUGCCAACUUAGAGAUUUGUCAAGUUUGUGAAAAUGACAGCGGGAAAUACUUCUGUGAGGCCCGCAGUGAAGCAGGCUCAGAGAGUUGCACUGUUGAGCUAGAAGUUAAAGAGCCUCCUUCGUUUGUUGAUUGGAUGACGUCUCUUGAGGUUGUUAAAGGUUCGACAGCAACGUUUGCUUGUCGAGUGGCAGGAAGUGCUCCCUUUAAGGUUGCAUGGUUCAAAGAUAAAAAGCCAGUCAAAUCCAGUCAGAAGUAUUUUAUAGUUGAGAGUGAAAAUGUCAUCUUGAAAAUCCAGGACUGUGAAGUACAGGAUGUUGGUAGUUAUCAGUGUGUGGUUUCCAAUGAGGUUGGAAGCUGCUCUGACUCUGCAGCUUUAUCCAUGAAAGUCCCUCCGACAUUUAUCAAGAAGAUAGAAAAUGUCUCCAGUGUUCGGGGAGAUGUUGCAGUCUUUUGCUGCAGCGUGGAAGGUUCUGCGCCUCUUUCUGUACAAUGGCAAAAAGAUGAGAAUUGGAUCUCAGAGGAUCCAAAGAUUGAGAGAAGAUUUGAGAACAAUGUGGCCACUCUGAGAAUUCCUGCCUGUGAGGCGAACCAUGGCGGGAAAUACACUUGCCAGGUGGUAAACGAGGCUGGGCAGGACAAAUGCUUUGCCACCCUCACAGUGCAAGAACCACCUAUGAUCCAAGAGAAGCCAGACGUAGUCAAAGUGACUUGUGGAGAUCCAGUUAGUCUUGAGUGCAGAGUAACUGGAACUCCUGCAGUUGUUGUAAGGUGGAGCAGAGAUGGCAAAGAGCUCCAGUCAAGUAGAAAAUAUAAUCUUUGCUACGAGAACAACCUCAGCAGUCUGAACAUUCAGUCGUCUCAACUGGAAGACAGCGGAGAAUACCUGCUAGAAGCCACAAACUCUGUUGGAAGCUGUAGUUGUAAAGUCAAGCUGGUUGUUUUAGAAGGCAUAAUUCCUCCAACAUUCAUGAGGAAACUAACAAAUAUACAAGCAACUAUGGGUUCAGUGGUUACAAUGGAGUGCAAAGUGGCUGGUUCUCUUCCAAUAUCAGUUGAAUGGAACAAAGGAAAACAAAAGAUCACCAAGAGCUCCAAGUAUAAACUCCUGCACACUGAAAACACAGUCUCGCUUGAGUUGAAGCUGACUGAGAGUACUGAUACAGGAGAGUAUUCCUGUAAAGUUACCAACAAAGCAGGCAGCGUUGUGUGUUACGGAGUUCUUACAGCUCAAGUGCCACCAACGUUUGUAUCUGAGCCUGAGUCUCAGGUUGUUGUUCCAAAGUCUACUGUACUCUUCAGGAGUGUCUUUGAGGGAACGCCUCCAUUUACAGUGAAAUGGUUCAAGGAUGAUGUCGAACACAUCACUGGGCUGUUGUGUACAAUAAGACUGGAGAAAUAUUCUUCCUCUUUAGAGCUUUCCUCAGUUGGGACUCUGCACAGUGGGAUUUAUUCUUGCCAAGUUAGCAACGUAGCAGGCACAGUGAAAAGUACCGCAGAGUUGUUGGUGACAGAACCUCCUCAGUUUGUCCUGAAACUGCCUCCGAAUACCUUUGUGAAGCAGCGUGAAGGACUCCGUCUCGAGUGCAAGGCCACCAGCGCACGUUCACUGAAUAUGUGCUGGUACAAAAAUGACCAAAAGAUAACUGACGGAGGAAACUAUAAAACAAUGUUUGUUGACUCGUCUGCAUACCUGCAGCUGAGCAGCUCAAGGUUUGAGGAUAACGCCGUCUACACAUGUGAGGCACAUAAUGAUGCUGGCAGUGCGAGCUGCAGCACCGUGCUCUCGGUCCAAGAGUCCCCAUCCUUUAUAAAAACUCCAAACCCAGUGGAGGGCAUUAUUGGGAAAGAUGCCAGCCUGCACUGUGAGAUGUAUGGCUCUUCACCUUUCCAGGUGAACUGGUACAAAGACAAAAGGCCACUGAAGGAGAGCAGGAAAUAUAAGAUGGUCAGUGAGGGCAGCUCCGCCUCGCUCCACGUAAUGAAACUGGAGCAAGAAGAUGCCGGUCUUUAUGAGUGCAGGGUUUCAAACAAUGUAGGAAGUGAGCAGUGCCGCGCUGCCAUUAGCCUGAAAGAACAACCAGCUUUUGUCAAGAGACUGGUCGACCAGUCUGUGAGAGUCGGUCAACAGCUGAACCUGACAGCAACAGUUAAAGGCUCCGAGCCUCUGACUGUGUCCUGGGUUCAGGACAAAGAUCACGUUCUCCGAGACGGUGAAAAUAGGAAAAUCACCUUUGAGAACAGUGUGGUCACCCUUGUAGUGCCCAAGGCUGACUCAACCACAGCUGGUACAUACACCUGCCAGCUGAGGAACGACUCUGGAGUUGUGGAGUGUGUCUCCCAAGUGACAGUUCUAGAACCUGCUGCUAUUGUGGAUAGCCCCGAGACUUUGAACGUGAAGUCAGGAGAGAAUGCAUCUCUUGAAGUCACAGUAUCUGGGUCGUCAGAGCUUAAAACUAAGUGGUUCAAGGAUAACAAAGAUCUCGCUGCUGGCGCCAAGUAUCAGAUGUCCUUCUCAAAGAAGGUUGCCACCCUGAAGAUUCGGUCCGCUGAUAAAGCAGACGCUGGAGAAUACAAGCUAGAGGUUACAAACCAUGUAGGGGCAGCCUCUUGUAAAACUAUGCUCUCUGUCUCAGAUAAGUUGAUUCCACCAAGUUUCAUAAGGAAGCUGAGAGACACUCACCUUGUUACGGCUAAGCCGGGUGAGAUGGAGUGUAAGGUCGCUGGCUCUGCUCCUUUAACCAUUUCCUGGUUCCACAAUGCCCAGGAGAUCAAGAGUGGCCCAAACUAUGACAUUAGCUGCUCUGGUAAUAACUGCAAACUGAGACUUCCAACAGUCACAAUGUCAGAUUCUGGCAAGUACACAUGCAAAGCUGUAAAUACUGCAGGAGCCAGCGAAACCAGUGCUUCAAUAAUGGUGACAGAACCUCCAUCUUUUGUGGAAACGCCCGAGACGAAGGAAACAUUGCCCGGCCAAAACGUGUCUUUCUCAGCUAGAGUGAAAGGUAGUGCCCCCCUGAAAGUCAAAUGGUUCAGGGGAGCCAAGGAAAUGCAGCACGGAAGAGGCUGUGAGAUCGCCCUGAAGGACGAUGUCGCCACUUUGGUUCUUCACAGGGUGGAAAACUCCCACGCUGGCGAGUACACCUGCCAGAUCAUUAACGGAGCAGGGAAGGAAAGCUGCCCAGUUCUCCUGUUUGUUAAAGAACCAGUCCACUUUGUGAGGAAGCUGAAGGACAUUUCAUCUGAAAAGAGCAAACCUCUGAGGCUCGAGGUCACAUUCGCUGGAACACCGGUGAUAAAUGUGACCUGGAAGAAGGACGGUCAACUCAUCUGGGCUUCAUAUAAGUACAAUGUGAUUACCACAGACACCUCCUGCAUUCUGGAGGUUCUUAACUCUGACAGGAUGGAAGCAGCCGGCAGAUACUCUUGUGAAGUCAACAACGGAGUCGGAACUGACGUUUGCGAUGCAGAAGUUUCUAUUCUAGAACGACCGUACUUUAUUGAAAAGAUGGAGCCGGUGGAGGUAACUAUGGGCGACGCGGUGACCCUGAAAUGCUGUAUUUCGGGAACUCCUGAUAUAUCUGUAGCUUGGUUUAAAGCUGACGGGAAGCUGCGCACAUCCAACACUUGCUCAAUGGACUUCUCAAAUGGCGUUUCCACUUUGAAAUUGAUCAAAACGACCAAGUUUGAUCACGGCGAGUACAUCUGCAAGGCCGAGAACCGGGUCGGUUCAGCCUGCGCCAGCUGUACCGUGACGGUGAAAGAACCUGUGCGCUUUAUCAGGAAGCUGGAAGACACGACUUUCAUAGUCGGUCAACCGCUGAAACUAGUCUGUACGUACGCCGGCAGCCAGAGGGUCUACGUCACGUGGAAAAAGGACGGGAAGCUGAUUUGGGCUUCCUAUCAGUAUAAUGUUAAAACUACAGAUUCAACCUGCAUUCUGGAGGUCCUCAACAGCGACAGGCCGGAAGCAGCUGGAACUUACUCUUGUGAAAUUUGCAACGGAGCUGGGACUGACGUCUGCCAAGCUAACGUCAGCCUAGUAUUGCUACUCUCAGAGCCGGUGCGCUUCAUGAAAAAGCUGGAAGACACGUAUUUCAGACUCCGUGAACCUUUGACUCUCAAAUGCACGUACGCUGGUAGCCAGAGAGUACACGUGACCUGGAAGAAGGAUGGCAAACCGAUCUGGGCUUCAUACAAGUACAACGUCCAGACAACCGAAGAUACCUGCAUCUUAGAAGUCCUCAACAGUGACCGAGAAGAAGCCGUCGGAAAAUACACAUGUGAAAUUUCUAACGCUGGAGGAAUCGAUAUCUGCCAUGCUAAUGUCAAACUAGAACCUGUCGGCUUUGUGCAAAAAUUGAGAAACACCUUCUAUAAAAUGGGCCACCCUUUGACUCUGGAGUGCACGUUCACCGGCAGCCAGAGGAUUUAUGUCAGCUGGGUGAAGGAUGGCAAACCCAUCUGGGCGUCAUACAAAUACAACGUCAUAACGACCAACUUCUCCAGCACCCUGGAAGUUCUCAACAGUGACGGUCAGCAAGCCGUCGGGAAAUACUCGUGUGAGGUUUCCAAUUCAGAGGGCACUGACAUCUGCCAUGCUCUGGUUAAGAUAGAACCCGUGCGAUUUGUGAAACAGCUGGAAGACAGAACCUUUAGGGUCGGCCAGCCUCUGAGGCUUCAGGUCACGUACACAGGCAGCAAGCAUGUGUAUGUGAGCUGGACUAAAGAUGGCAAACCGAUCUGGGCUUCGUAUAAGUACAACGUUAAGAUCACAGACGGCUGCUGUGUCUUGGAGAUUCUCAAUAGUGACAAAGAAGAAGCUGCUGGGAAAUAUUCAUGUGAAAUAUCCAAUGCUAGUAGCUCUGCUAUCUGCCACGCUAACGUCAGACUAGGAACAGAGCGCACGGUCCCUCCAAACUUCACCAAGAAGCCAUCUGAGACCAUGAUGGACUCAGUGGGUAAGUUGGUGAAGAUAGAGGGUCGGGUUUCUGGCUCCCAGCCAAUGAACGUCACCUGGUCCAAGGACAACAGCGAGAUCCACAGCUCUGACAAAUACGACAUCAGCUUCAAGAACAACUUGGCCGUGCUGGGUAUCAAAGGCUCUGCCACCUCCGACGGCGGAGUCUACUCCUGCGAGGCCUCCAACGAAGCCGGCAAAGCUUCAUGUCGGGUUUCUCUCACCAUCUCAGAAACUGGGCUGGCUCCUAAAUUUGAUGUUGUUCUGCAACCGGUGACGAUGAAUGAAGGAGAUAAACUGAGCCUUAAAUGCCACGUUAAAGGUUCUUCACCAAUUAAGAUCAAUUGGAUGAAGGACAGGAGAGAGCUGAAGUCCAGCGGAGACACUAGAAUCACGUUUGUGGACGGGACCGCCUGCCUGCAGGUCAGCAACAUCUCAAAGACCGAUGGUGGAGAUUAUCUCUGCAAGGCCAGCAAUGCUACUGGCAGCGACUUCUGCAAGGCCAAGGUCUCCGUGAAAGUGAAGGCGGCUCCCAGCGAGGCGCCUGCAGCUGCAGCCAAAAGGCUCGACAACCUUUACUUCAUCGAGGAACCCAAAAAUGUUUCUGUCACAGAGAAGGGAACCGCCACCUUCAUCGCCAAGAUCGGAGGAGACCCGAUCCCCAGCGUGAAGUGGAUGAAGGGUAAAUGGAGGCAGGUCACCCCCGGCGGUCGCAUCACUAUCGAGCACAAAGGCGAGAAUGCCAAGCUGGAGAUCAAAGAGGUGACCAAGUCGGACUCGGGUCAGUACAGAUGCGUCGCCACCAACAAGCACGGAGAGAUCGAGAGCAGCGCCGACAUGGACGUCGCCAAGAAGGAGGAAGAGGAAGGAAUCGGAGACAUCAGGACCAGGCUGAAGAAGACUCCCUCAAAGCAGAAGAGCCCAAAGAAAGACGGAGAGGUUAAUAUAGUGGAACUUCUCAGAGGUCACGACCCCAAAGAUUACGAACGGAUCCUAACAGAACAUAACAUCCACGACUACCGGGCCAUCCUGCAGGCCGUGGAGUUCCUGAAGAGGGAGAGAGAGAUGGAGACGGGACGACCGACACUGGAUCAGUUCCUGGAUCAGUUCCUGGAUCAGAUCCUGGAUCAGAUCCUGGAUCAGACCCUGGAUCAGUUCCUGGAUCAGUUCCUGGAUCAGAUCCUGGAUCAGACCCUGGAUCAGUUCCUGGAUCAGUUCCUGGAUCAGACCCUGGAUCAGUUCCUGGAUCAGUUCCUGGAUCAGACCCUGGAUCAGUUCCUGGAUCAGUUCCUGGAUCAGACCCUGGAUCAGUUCCUGGAUCAGUUCCUGGAGACGGAGCACGGCGGGCGCGUUGAAGAGGAGGACAUGGCCCGGUUCAUCCAGCAGCUGGACUCACGGGUCGGCACAGAGCCCGUCUCCGUGAUCGAUGACAUCACCGAUCAGACGGCUCCGGAGAACCAGACGGCCACCUUUGAGUGCGAGCUCAGGAUCAACUACCCAGAGAUCACUCUGACCUGGUACAAGGGAACCCAGAAACUAGACAACAGCAGCAAGUAUGACAUCAGCAGCGUGGGCGACCGCCACUUCCUGAAGAUCAAGAGCUGCCAGUCCAAAGACCAGGGCAACUACCGGGUCGUGUGCGGUCCGCACAUCUCCAACGCCAAGCUCACCGUCACAGGUAAGAGUGUUCGGAUGUCCGCCUGUCUGCUGGACGCCUGUCUGUACGUCUUCAGUGAGUCUUACUGCACACAUAAAAACAUCAUGAACCAAACAAACACUGUUAUAACGGAACAUGAAUGAAUCAAAGCUAACUCUGAUUAUCUGGUUUUAGACCAAAUUCAGUUCACUAAACGCAUCCGAAGCAUCGAGGUCAAUGAACGCUCCUCGGCCAUCUUCGAGUGCGAGUUGUCCUUCGACAACGCCAUCGUCACAUGGUACAAAGAGUCAUGGGAGCUUAGAGAGAGCCCAAAAUAUAACUUCAGGACCGAAGGCCGACGGCAUUUUAUGACCAUCUGCAACGUAACCGCAGAGGACGAAGGCGUUUACUCAGUGAUCGCUCGCAUGGAGCCGAUGGGAGAAGCUCGCAGCACCGCUGAGCUUUACCUGUCAGGCAAAGAGAUUGGGUUAGGAAAGGUUCCUGAAGACGUCCCCGACGCGUCAGUUCAGGUUCCUGAAAGCGCUUCCAUGGUUAUUCAGAGAGAUUCGUCAGAUUUUUAUCACUAUGAAGAAAGAACCGAAGUUACAGCGUUCACCAGUCUGACCGUUGAAGAAGAGACAGUCUCUGUUCGGUACUCUUCUGUCCCAGAAGAGAAAAAACCUGUUGAAGAAAUUAUUGAGAAAAGAGAAAUCCCUGAAGUUCCUGAGGUUCACAGGAGACCGGAGCAGAAACCCUCUGAGCCUGCAGCUCCAGUCAAAGAACCGCCAAUAUACACCAAACCAGUACCAGAACCAGAGGUAGUGACCGUCCCUGAAAAGGUCACUCCAGAACCGUAUCAACCUAAACCAUCAACAGAGCCGAAAACGGUUCCUCCGGAGCCUAAAGCGCCUCAGAAAGUGGCCAAAAUUAAGCCUGAAGCUGAAAAGCCUAAAGUUGAAGCUGCCAAGAAAAAACCAGAAGCUCCGAAAGUGCAAGAUGUGCUCAGACCAGAGGAACCAGUGAUUCAACCAUCUGCACCAAAGGUUCCUCCACCCAAGGCUGCUGCUUUUCCAACUACAGAACCAAGACCUUCUGGAGCUGUUACUGAACAACCAAGAAAACCACAUCUGCAGGCUAGUAAAACUGAGCCAGAUGCACCAAAGUAUACUCCUGAAUCAGAACCAUCAGAACCAAAGAAAAUGGUGGAGGAAACUAAGAGGGUUCCUGAACCACCAAAGAAGAUGACAGAAGAACCCAAGAAGGUAGUGGAAGAAAUAAAGAAAACUCCAGAGGCACCAGAGAAGAUUCAAGUAGUUCCAAAGAGGGUUCCUGACUUGAAGAAGGCUCCAGAAGAACCAAAGAAGGCUCCAGAAGCACCAAAGAAGUCUCCAGAAGAACCAAAGAGGGCUCCAGAAGCACAAAAGAAGGCUCCAGAAGAACCAAAGAAGGCUCCAGAAGCACCAAAGAAGGCUCCAGAAGAACCAAAGAAGGCUCCAGGAGCACAAAAGAAGGCUCCAGAAGAACCAAAGAGGGCUCCAGAAGAACCAAAGAAGGCUCCAGAAGCACUAAAGAGGGCUCCAGAAGCACAAAAGAAGGCUCCAGAGGCACCAAAGAAGGCUCCAGAAGAACCAAAGAAGGCUCCAGAAGAACCAAAGAAGGCUCCAGAGGCACCAAAGAAGGCUCCAGAAGAACCAAAGAAGGCUCCAGAGGCACCAAUGAAGGCUCCAGAAGCACCAAAGAAGGCUCCAGAAGAGCCAAAGAAGGCUCCAGAAGAACCAAAGAAGGCUCCAGAGACUUCAGUAUCAGUAAAAGGGGAACCAGUGCCAGACCUCCGAGCACCAACACCACCACAAGAUUCAGAAAGACCAAAACAAAUUCUUCAGGCUAAAGAGCCUCAACAACAAGUUCUCCUGAAGACCGAGCUAAAGGAAACAGUAGCGGUUGAAGACAGAAGAAAGUCUUCUCUGAAGAAGAGCCAUGGAGAAAAGAUCUUUGUGGCAGAAAUGGUUGAACAAGAGGACGUCAGGACAGAAAGAACAGUUGAGCUCUGGGAGUCGAGUACAAGAGAAGAAACCACUUUGAAAAGGGAGAUGAGACAACAGAUGGCUGUUGAAAAGGAAGAUGAGGAGGUUCCUACAUGGGAAGAUAGUGAAGAUCAGGAGGCUGAAGAUGCUGAGCCACUUGAGGAAACUGAGUCAGAGUACAUAGAAUAUGAGGCUGAAACACUGGAGGACAUUAAACCUCUUGAUAGAGAAGAGAAAGCUGUGUACCAGAAAGUAGAGUCAUCAUCUCUCAGGUCUGACAUUCCACUUCUGGAAGAAGCUUCCUGUCUUCCAUCAAAGCGAGAUAUCGCAGCUCCACCUGAAACGACUCAUCCAACAAAGACAGAGGUUUCUGCUCUUGAGACUGUGGUCCGACCAAAAGAAGAGGAACCAUUGCAAGAGAGGAAACUUAAAGAAGCUGACAUCCCUUCAACUUUCAUGGAACAGAUGGAUGUUGUUGAAACACAAGUGUCAAUAUGUGUUCAAGACAUUGUUCCAUAUGAAGAAACUUCCACUCCAAUGGAGGAUCUCAUAAAACCUGAAAUCACUGCUACACCUAAAGAAGUCACUGUCCCAAAGAAACCUGGUGUACCUAAAGAAGUCACUGUCCCAAAGAAACCUGGUGUACCUAAAGAAGUCACUGUCCCAAAGACACUUGGUGUACCUAAAGAAGUCACUGUCCCAAAGACACCUGGUGUACCUAAAGAAGUCACUGUCCCAAAGAAACCUGGUGUACCUAAAGAAGUCACUGUCCCAAAGACACCUGGUGUACCUAAAGAAGUCACUAUCCCAAAGAAACCUGGUGUACCUAAAGAAGUCACUAUCCCAAAGAAACCUGGUGUACCUAAAGAAGUCACUGUCCCAAAGACACCUGGUGUACCUAAAGAAGUCAUUAAAGAAGCUGCAUCUCAAAGGUCCAUGUCUCCCCCUCAUAUGGAAACUGUUUCAUCUCCACCUGAACCAGACUUACCCGAAACUCUUACCAAAAUGUCAGUUUCUCAUCCCAUGACAGACAUUCUUCCCAAGAAAGAAGCCAUACCACCUAAACAGAUCAAGGGUUUAAGGGAAGACAUUAAGAAACCUCCCAAAGCUGCAGGAAAAAUGCCUCCUGAGAACAUUGUACCACUGGCGAAACCAACUCCUGUGCUGGAGGAAAUGUUUCCUAUUGAAGAAUCAAGAAAGGACUCAUCUCCACUUCCAGCUCCAGUUGCUUUGCCUGAGAAAAGAGUCCUGCCAAAGCUUACAAAUGAAGACACCACUGCUGCACUUCCCGAAGCUGCUGCACUUCCCGAAGCUGCUGUUGAAGACGUUCCUCCUGGAGAAGUGACUCUACCCAAGAACAGUUUAACUAAAGAAGAGGUAGCUCCACCUAAAAAACCUCAAGUUACAACACAGAAGAAACCUCUCCCCCCUAAAGAAGAAACUAUACCUUCCCCUCCUGUCAUUCCUGUUAAGGUUGAUUCUUUUGGAGAGGUGAGAACCGUCUCAACUGAACAUCCACCAUCAAGAGAAGAUGACAAGAAAGCAAAGAAGGGAACACAGAGGACUGAACAACAAACUCUUCAGAAAGAGGAGAAGAAACCAUCUGCACCGGCACAAAAGCCUCCUUCUCCUCCUGCUCCUGCACAGAAAGUUGCUUCUCCUGCAGUAUCUCCUCCAGAGAAGAAGAAACCAGCUGCACCAGCACCAAAGCCUCCUUCUCCUCCUGCUUUGGCUCCUGCAGAGAAAGUUGCUUCUCCUGCAGUAUCUCCUCCAGAGGAGAAGAAACCAGCUGCACCGGCACCAAAGCCUCCUUCUCCUCCUGCAGUCAAAGAGGCUCCCCCUGCAGUGUCUCCUCCAGAGGAAAGGAAAGCAUCUCCACCAACACCGAAGCCUCCAGCAGAAAAAGUUGUUCCGACUCCAGUACCACCUCUUAAGGAAAAGGGUAAAAUUCCUGAACCUAAGCCGAAGAGUCAAUUUACAAGAAUACCCAAAGAGAAGGAACCAGAACCAGAGGUCAUUAAGCUGAAGAAGGUCCAAGUGAAAGCUCCAGAGAAAGAGCCCGAGAAAGAAAUUGUGACUCACAAAGCAGAAGUGAUGAAGCAUCAUGAUCCACAACUCGUGGUUCAUGGACUUCAUGACAGAGACGAUCGAGAGAUAAUGUUUCUGGGAAGAACUGAACGAGUCUUCACUGCAGAGGAAGAGACGGUUCAGUUGGGCUACUUUGAGGAAGCUGAAGCGAUUAGAGUUGUCCAGAAAACAGAGAAAGAAGGAUGGACAAGAACCCCAAAACCACAGAAAGAGGAAGAAACCAAAGCACCAAGUGUAGAGAAGAAGAAAAUAACAAAACUGCCAAAGACUGAUGAGCAAAAAGAGUCAGCUAAACUAAAACAAUUUGGAAAAUCUGGGAAACCAGAAGAAGAAAUACAAAAAGUCCAACUGAAGAGGGUACCAGCCAAGCCCAAAGAGCCUGAGAAAGAAGUCACAACUCAGAAAGUUGAAGUGACGAGACAUUAUGAUACAGAACUGACCGUUAGCAAGCUCCGCAUUAGAGAGGAUCGGGAGGUCUUAACAAUCGGGAGAACUGAACGAGUCUUCACUACUGAUGAAGAGGCACCUGAACUGGGCGUCAUAGAGGAACCUGAAAAGCUGGAGGAAGAAGAUGAAAAGACAAGAUGGAUAAGAACCCCUAAAGCACCAAAAGAUGAGGAAGCUGAACCAGAUAUAUCUAAAAAGAAAAUUAAAAAAUUGCCAAAGAAAGAAGAGGAGCCAGAAAUUGUGACUCUGAAACCAUUUGAAAAACCUCAGAAACCUGAAACAGCUGAGCCUCCGAAAGCAAAGAAAGAAAGUGAAGCAAAGACUGAUACUGAGCGUACUCCAUACAAGAGAGCUGAGAUGCCAUCCAGAGAUCAACCCACUGCUGCUAUAAAACACAAAGAAGAUGAAGACACUCCUGAGACAAGUUCAGAUACAACUCCAACUCCUGAUGCCAGCAAAGACCAGAAGGAGAUCCCACAGAAGAAAAAGGUUGAUCAAGCUCUCAAAGAUGACGAACCUGCAUCAGCUGAUAAACUGCGCGGCAAACCGAAAACCAUCCUCACACCAGAUAAAGACCGGGAGCAGGUUGCGUUGAAGCCGGUCCCAAAGGGGCUUAAGGAACUGCAGGAGAAAGUUCAAAAGACUGUGUCACCUAAAAAAGAGGAGGAGAAACCUCAAGAGACAGCUGCUCCACCCAAGAAGCCAACUCCACCAGAGAAGAAAGAAGUGAUCCCGCUGACAGAAGCUGAGAAAGAAAUCCCACAAAAACAAAGAGAUGCCCUCAAGAAAGGUGUUGAACUCAAAAAGACUCCUUCGCCUAGAGUGGGCAAGGUGCAAGAGAAGGAUGUAACGCCUGUAGAGCAGUUCAAAAAGGUUGAGCUGAAAAAGACCCCGUCGCCUAAACCUAAGGAACCGGAACAAGUCCCCAUUGAGAUGAAACCAAGUCCUAUAAAACUGAAAAAGGUUCCUAAACCUGUUUCACCCAAAGACUCGAUUGAAUCCGUAACUCUAAAAAAGGUCCCAAAGAAGCCGUCAGCAGAGGAGGUCCCAGAAACUAAAGAGAGGAUUCCCCUGGUGAAGGAGAUCUCUCCUGGAGCGGUGCACAUGAAGAAGGUCCCCACCCAACCAGAGGAGGAGGUGUUCGAAGAGGAGGGAGAAGAAAAGGAAGCCGGGGAGGAAGAAGAGGCCUGGGGAUGGGAGCUAGUCCCUGAUGAGGACUGGGAUGGUGAAGGGGUGGAUGGGGCCAUGGAGACUCCAGGAAUGCCUGGCGCCAGACGAGAUGGAAAACCAACAGAAGAGGCACCGAAGGGCCGAGGCCGAGGAUUUGGGGCGAAACAAACCCCGUCUCCCGGUGAUGGCGGCCGGGGCCGCGGCCUGAAACCUGGUGGCAGAGGUCCAACACCACCAGAGGAGCCCUUCGGAGGGUUCAAGCUUAAAGCCGUUCCUCUGAAGUUCACCAAGAAGCUUCAGGACAUCGUGUUGAAGGAGGCCGAGUCUAUCGGCUCUGCUGCUGUGUUUGAGUGCGAGGUCUCUCCUUCCACUGCUAUCACCACAUGGAUGAAAGAUGGCAGCAACCUGCGUGAGAGCCCCAAACACAAGUUUACCUCUGAUGGUAAAGAUCGCAAGCUGAACAUUAUUGACGUCCAGCUGUCUGACACUGGUGAAUAUACUUGUGUGGCCAAGAACGCCGGCAAGGAAGUCACAUGCACAGCCAAGCUCAUUGUUGAAGAGCUGCCUUUGAAAUGGCUGAAGGAACUGGAACCAGAGACUUCCUGUAUGAAGGGUCAGCCCAUGUACCUGACCUGUGAGCUGAACAAAGAGAGAGAUGUGAUCUGGAAACACAACGGCAAAGUCCUCAAGAAACAAGCUGGGAAAGUGGCGAUCAAUAUCAUCGGUCUGCAGCACGCCGUCACCAUCCAGAACUCAACGGACGACGACUCCGGCAGCUACACGUGUGAGGUGGACGGACAGGAAGACGUCAGCACCACCACCAGCGUUAAAGUUAUCGAAAUCAUCAAAGACUGGCUGGUGAAGCCGCUCAGAGACCAGCAUGUGAAACCGAAAGCUAAAGCCACGUUUAAAUGUCAGCUGUUCAAAGACACUCCCAACUGGAAAUGGUUCAAAGGAGACAACGAAGUCGCUCCGUCUGACAAGCUGCAGAUCGACAAAGAUGGAAAAGACAUGACGCUGACCGUCAAUAACUGCCAGCCCGAUGACGUGGCAGAGUACACCAUCCAGGUGGAGGACCGCAGAUACUCAGCCAAGCUCACUCUUGGAGAGCGCGAGGCGGAGAUCCUGAAGCCUCUCGCCAGCAUCGAGGUGGUUGAGAAGGAGGAAGCCAACUUUGAUACUGAGAUAUCUGAGGAUGAUGUGAUGGGUGAAUGGAAGCUCCAGGGCCAGGUCCUGAUGAGAUCUCCGACCUGUGAUAUUAAAGCCGAGGGAAAGAAACGUUUCCUCACAUUGAAAAACGUGCAGCUGGACCAGGCGGGCGAGGUGUCGUAUCAGGGUCUGAACGCCAACACCAGCGCCAUGCUCACCGUCAAAGAGAUCGAGAUGGGCUUUGUUGACUCACUGAAAGAUGUUUCAGUGCCUGAAAAGAAACAGGCUAAGUUUGAAUGCUCCAUCACCAAGGAGGUGUCAAAGGUCAUGUGGCUCAGAGGGGUGGAGAUCAUCACCCCGAGCCCCAAAUAUGAAAUUAUUGAUGAUGGAAAGAAACACAUGCUGAUCAUUAACAGCUGUGAGUUUGAUGAUGAAUCAGAAUACACGAUCGAAGUGUUGGGCCAGAAACAGUCGGCUCAGCUGAGGGUCGAAGGCAUGAGGCUCGGCUUUGUGCGGCCGCUUCAGGACCAAACCGUGAAAGAAGGUAACGUUGUUCAGUUUGAGAUCGAGCUGACUCACGAGAACGUGCCGGUCGUUUGGUACCGAAACGAAGUCAAACUCCACGUGAGCCGAACGGUGCUCACACACGUGGAAGGGAAGAGACACACUCUAGAAAUGAGGAGUUUGACUCUAGAUGAUACCUGCCAGAUUAAGGCAGAGGCCAAAGGAAUGUUCUCCAUGGCAAAGCUCACGGUGAUAGAGGGCGACGCCGUGUUCGUGGUGAAGCUGCAGGAUUACACGGCUACAGAGAAAGACGAGGUGUCUCUGGACUGUGAACUGAGCAAAGACGUUCCCGUCAUCUGGUACCACGACGACACCGAGGUCAUCGCCUCUAAGACGGUCGUCAUGAAGUCCGAAGGCGUGCGCAGGUCUCUGGUGCUGAAGAAGGUGGAGAAGAGCGCUGUCGGACAAUAUAAGUGUGACUGUGGAACAGACAAGACGACAGCGAGCCUCAACAUAGAAGCUCGCGACAUCAAGGUGGUUCGGCCGAUCUACGGCGUGGAGUUGUUCGAUGGGGAGACGGCUCGCUUCGAGGUGGAGAUCUCUGAGGACGACGUGCACGGCCAGUGGAAGCUGAACGGAGAGGCGCUGAGUCCGUCUCCGGAUGUGGACAUCAUCGAGGAGGGAGGGAAGCACACGCUGAUCCUCUACAACUGUAAAGUCCUGAUGACGGGCGAGGUGGCGUACGCCGCCGCUAACGCUAAGUGCUCCGCUAACCUGAAGGUCAAAGAGCUGCCGCUGAACUUCCUGACGCCGCUCAGCGACGUUCAGGUUUACGAGAAGGACGAGUGUCGCUUCGAGGUGGAGCUGUCCCGAGUUCCUAAGAGCUUCCGCUGGCUGAAAGGUUCUCAGGAGCUGCAGAACGACGACAAGUACGAGAUGAUCCAGGAAGGGAACAUGUACGUCCUGCUCAUCAAAGCCGCCGCGUACGACGACGAGGCGAAAUACAUCUUUGAGGCUGAAGACAAAAGAACCAGCGGGAAGCUCGUCAUCCAAGGAAUUCGUCUCGAGUUCGUGAAACCGAUCAAAGACGUAACGGUGAAGGAACGCGAGACCGCCGAGUUCAGCGUGGAGCUUUCUCACGAUAAGGUGACAGUCGUCUGGUACAAGAACGACGUGCACCUGCACCCCAGCAAGGUGGUGCACAUGUCCGACCACGGGAAGGUCCACACGCUCGCCUUCAAGGAAGUCACCAUCGACGACACGUCCAUGAUCAAAGUGGAAGCCAUGGACAAGACGGUGACGGCCAUGCUCACCGUCAUCGAGGGCGACCUGUACUUCACCACCAAGCUGCAGAACUACACGGCCGUGGAGAAGGACGAGGUGAAGCUGAUCUGUGAACUCAGCAAAUCCAUCGCAGAUGUGAAAUGGUUCAAAGACGGGAAGGAGAUCACUCCGUCCAAGAACAUCGCCGUCAGCACCGACGGGAAGAAACGCAUCCUGAUGGUCAGGAAGGCGGAGAAGGCCAACAUCGGCAUGUACACCUGCGACUGCGGCUCCGACAAAACCACCGCCAACCUCAACAUCGAAGAGCGAGACAUCAAGGUGGUUCGUCCGCUGUACAGCGUCGAGGUGACGGAGACGGAGACGGCCAAGUUUGAGACGGAGAUAUCGGAGGGAGACGUGCACGGAAACUGGAAGUUGAAAGGAGAAGCGCUGCAUCAGUCAGCUGAUGUUGAGAUGAAGGAAGAAGGAACCAAACACAUGUUGAUCCUGUAUAACGUCCGGAUGGACAUGGCAGGAGCCGUCGACUUCUCGGCGGCCAACGCGAAAUCCAACGCUCAGCUGAGAGUGAAAGCUCGCUCCAUCGGCCUCCUGCAGCCUCUGAAGGAUGUGACGGUGACGGCCGGAGAGACGGCCACCUUCGAGUGCCAGCUGUCCUACGAAGGCAUCGCGGUGGAGUGGUUCCUCGGGGGGGCGAAGAUGGAGGCCAGCGACAGAGUGAAAACUCGCGUAGCGGGUCGAGCUCACGCUCUGACCGUCAGAGACGUGAAGCAGACGGACGCCGGAAAGGUCAAACUCACCGCGAAGGACUUUGAAACGGAGGCUACGCUGACAGUCAGAGAGCCACCGGUGGAGUUCACGAAGCCUUUGGAGGACCAGACGGUGGAGGAAGAAGCCACGGCUACGCUGGAGUGUGAAGUGUCCAGAGAGGGAGCAGAGGUACGAUGGUUCAGAGAAGGGAAAGAGAUCCACAAGACCAAGAAGUACGACAUGAUGGUGGAGGGCCGUAAGAGAGGGCUGAUCGUCCACGCCUGCAGUCCUGACGACGCCAAGAUGUACACGUGUGAUGCCAAGGAGUUCAAGACCUCCUGUUACCUGGAAGUCACACCUCCUCAUGUGGAGAUUACGAAGCCGUGUCAGGAUGUGGAGAUCAGAGAGAAAGAAUCCGCUAAGUUUGAAUGUGAAGUGUCCCGCGAGUCGGCUAAGGUUCGCUGGUUUAAGGACGGCAGCGAGAUCAGAAAAUCAAAGAAGUAUGAGAUCAUCGCUAAAGGAGUCCAGAGAAUCCUCAUCGUACACAAGUCGGUGUUUGACGAUGAGGCGGAGUACGAAUGUGACGCCAGGACGGCUAAGACCUCCGGCAUGCUAACGGUCAUCGAGGAAGCUGCCAGGUUCACCAAGAACCUGUCCAACGUGGAGGGCACAGAGACGGACAGCGUGAAGAUGAUCUGCGAGGUGUCGAAGCCCAGCGCCGACGUCACCUGGUACAAAGGAGACGAGGAGCUGCCGGAGGGCGGCCGCUACGAGCAGAUCAUGGACGGACGCAAGAGGAUCCUGAUCAUCCAGGACCUGAGGAUGGAGGACGGCGGAGAGUACAACUGCAGGCUGAGUCCCACCAUCAAGACGUCCGCUACGCUGAAGCUGAAGGAACUGGCGGCUGAGUUCAUCGCUAAGCCCCAGAACCAGGAGGUGGUGGAGGGCGAGAAGGCUGAGUUCACGUGCUCCGUCUCCAAGGAAACCUACGAGGUUAAAUGGUUCAGAGGUGACAAGGAAGUCGAAACCGGGGAGAAGUACACUAUCGUCAGUGAAGGAAAGAGAAGAGCUCUUAUUGUGAAAGACUGUGUGCUGAAGGAUGAGGGAGGCUAUGUUGCCCACAUCGGCAGCGUUAAGGCCUCAGCGGAUCUGUAUGUGAUCGAGAAACUGAGGAUCAUCACACCGAUUAAAGACACGGAGGUGAAAGAAGGAAGCGAGAUCGUCUUCAACUGCGAGACGAACGUGGAGGGAGCGAAGGCCAAGUGGCUGAAGAAUGAAGACACCAUAUUUGAGAGCAGCAAGUACAUUAUGAUUCAGAGGGACAACGUUUUCUCCCUGAGGAUCAGAGAAGCCCAGAAGGGAGACGAGGCCAGCUACACCAUCAACCUGACCAAUCACAGAGGAGAACAAGCCAAGUGCUCCGCCAGCGCUAAAGUCAAAGAGGAGAAGCUCAAGUUCCUGGAGCCCAUCGAGGACGUUGAGACUCAGGAGAAGAAGACCAUCGUCUUCGUGUGCAAGGUGAACCGGCCCGAGGUGACAGUGAGGUGGAUGAAGGCCGGCCAGGAGGUGACGCUCAGCAAACGCAUCGUCUACAGAGCCGACGGCCUCAAACACACCCUGACCAUCAAGGACUGUGUCAUGGACGAUGAGGGCGAGUACACCGCCGUGGUCGGCGAGGACAAGUGUGCGGCUGAGCUGAUCAUCAGCGAGGCGCCGACAGACUUCAGCACACAGCUUAAAGACCAGACCAUCACUGAGUUCGAGGAUGCAGAGUUCACCUGCAAGCUGUCUAAGGAGAAGGCUGCUGUGAAGUGGUACAGGAACGGACGGGAGAUCAGAGAAGGACCGAGAUAUCACAUGAAACAAGAAGGAAAGAUAUGCAAACUGACCGUCAGGGUGUGUAGACCUGAUGAUGAAUGUGAAUACGCUUGUGGUGUGGAAGAAAGAAGGACCAGAGCAAGACUUUUUGUUGAAGAGACCCCGGUUGAGAUCAUCAGACCUCCACAGGACGUGUUUGAACCUCCAGGCUCAGACAUCGUGUUUGAGGUGGAGCUCAACAAAGACAGAGUGGAAGUCAAGUGGAUGAGGAACAACAUGAUAAUCGUCCAGGGAGACAAAUACCAGAUGAUCAGUGAGGGUAAGGUCCACAGACUGCAGGUCUGUGAGAUCAGACCUCGAGACCAAGGAGAGUACAGGAUCGUGGCCAAAGACAAAGAUGCCAGAGCCAAGCUGGAGCUGGCAGCUGUUCCAAAGAUCAAAACCACCGACCAGAACCUGGUGACGGAUGCCGGUAAGGCCUUCGUCAUGACCGUGCCUUAUGAUGCGUACCCUCGCGCAGAAGCCGAGUGGUUCUUUGUGGGCUCCAGUCUGCCCGGCCAGAACAUCGACACCUCCGCUGAUAAGACGGAGUACCGUCUGAAGAGCCCCAGCAAGGAGGACCAAGGAAGGUACAAGGUGGUCAUCAAGAACAAGCAUGGAGAAGGAGAAGCAUUCAUCAACCUGGAUGUGAUUGAUGUCCCCGGACCCGUCAAGAACCUGAGAGUGGUCGACACAGCUGACGGUGAGGUCAGUCUGGCGUGGGAGGAGCCGGAGAGUGAUGGCGGAAGCAAGAUCGUCGCGUACGUGGUAGAGAGACGAGAUGUGAAGCGUAAGACCUGGACGCUGGCGACAGACCGCGCUGACACCCCAGAGUACUGCAUCAGCGGUCUCAAUAAGGACUCCAUGUACCUGUUCAGAGUCUGCGCCCGCAACAGAGUUGGCAGCGGCCCCAUCGUUGCCACCGAGGAUGCCGUCCAGGCCAAGAACAAGUUUGAUGUUCCCGAUGCUCCGGAGAGUGUUGCAGUAACUAAGGUGAACAAGUUUGGUGCAACCAUCAGCUGGGAGCCUCCCAAGUACGACGGUGGCUCCGAGAUUACCGCCUAUGUGAUCGAGCUCCGUGACAGGACGUCUGUGAAGUGGGAGGCAGCUAUGGUCUGCAAUGCCAGCAGCCGCUCGGCCACUCUGAGCGAUGUGGUGGAGAACAAGGAGUACAUCUUCAGAGUCCGAGCUGAGAACAAAGCCGGGAUCGGCAGGCCCAGCGCCGCCACCAACCCUGUCAAGAUCAUGGACCCCAUCGAGAGGCCAAGUCCACCGUUGAACCUGCACUUCAGUGACCAAAGCAAAGCAGCAGUCACACUCACCUGGGAGACGCCAGCCAGCAACGGCGGCAGCAUGAUCACCGGCUACAUCAUCGAGAAGUGUGAUGAAGGCACCGAGAAAUGGCUCCGCUGCAACGCCAGACUCUGCCCAGACCUCUCAUACCGGGUCUCCGGUCUGAAACACAACCAGAAGUACCUCUACAGGGUUUGUGCUGAGAAUGCAGCCGGCGUCUCAGAUCCAGCCGAGCAGCUCGGACCGCUGCUGGCUGACGACCCUCAUGUGGGUCCGACCUUUGACCUGAGUGCCUUCAGGAACGGCCUGGAGGUGAUCGUCCCUCAUCCUCUCACCAUCAGAGUCCCCAUCACUGGAUACCCAACCCCGGUUCCCAAGUGGACCUUCGGUGAGAAGGAGCUGACCACUGCAGAUGAGCGUGUCUCCAUGGUUACAAAGCCCACGUACACAGAGCUGACGGUCACGCCGAGUGUUCGUCCAGACAAAGGCACCUACACCCUUCAGCUGGAGAAUGAUGUGUCCUCUGUCACUGGGGACAUCGAGGUCAACGUCAUCGCAUGCCCCAGUGCUCCUAAGGACUUCAAGGUGGCUGAGGUGACCAGACAUCAUGUCCACAUGAUGUGGGAAACUCCUGAGCACGACGGAGGAAGUCCAGUCACCCACUACCAGAUUGAAAAGAGAGAAGUGUCUCGCAAGACCUGGGCCAAAGUGGCCACUGGCGUCCUGGACCUGGAGCACACAGUGACGGACGUGAUAGAAGGAAAAGAAUAUCUGUUCAGUGUCACCGCCUGCAACAAGUGUGGACCUGGAGAGCCGGCGUACAUCGACGAGCCCGUCAACGUCUCCUCUCCUGCCACUGUACCUGAUCCUCCUGAGAACCUGAAGUGGCGUGAUAAGAGCGGCAAAAGCAUCUUCCUGUCAUGGGAGCCUCCGAAGUACGACGGUGGUGCACCGAUCAAAGGCUACGUGGUGGACAAGUGUCAGCGUGGUACCGAUAAAUGGGAAGCCUGCGGUGAUGCCAUCCCUGAGCUGAAGUUCCAGGUGCCCGGCCUGAUCGAGGGCCAGUGGUACGCAUACAGAGUCAGAGCUGUCAACAAGCUGGGAGCCGGCCGACCCUGCAGGGCCACCGAUGAGAUCCAGGCUGUGGACGCGAAGGAGCCUCCAGAGAUCCAGCUGGAUGUGAAGCUGCUGGCUGGUCUGACCCACAGAGCCGGGACCAAGAUCGAGCUCCCUGCUGAAGUCACAGGAAAACCCGAGCCCCGGGUGAAGUGGACCAAGGCCGAUCUGGUCCUGAGGGCUGAUGAGCGCAUCAGCAUUGACACACAGCCGGGUCACUCUAAGCUGUCCAUUAACAAAACCACCAGAGGAGACAGCGCCACCUACAUCAUCGAGGCGGUGAACACCUGCGGACGAGCCACCGCCACCAUCGAUGUCAACAUCCUGGAUAAACCCGGCCCACCAGCUGCAUUAGACAUCUCACAGAUCACCAACGAGUCGUGCGUCCUGGACUGGAACCCUCCGCGGGACGACGGCGGCUCACCGAUCACUAACUACAUCGCAGAGAGUCGACUGACAGAUAAAGAGGAAUGGGUGAAGCUGUCGGCCACCGUGAAACACACCACCUUCAAAGCCUGCAAGCUCACUCCUAUGAAGGAGUACAUCUUCAGGGUCAGCGCUGAGAACCAGUACGGCAUCGGAGAACCUGCCGAGCACGUGCCGAUCGUUGCUAAAUAUGCAUUCGAUCCUCCUGGACCCCCAACCAGAGUUACUCCUUCAGAUAUCGCCAAGGACGCCGUGACUCUGACCUGGUUUGAGCCAGAUGAGGAUGGCGGCAGUCCCAUCACCGGAUACUGGAUCGAGAAGUUUGAUCCAGACAGCGACAAAUGGAUCAGAUGCAACAAACUUCCCAUCAAAGACACAACCUUCAGGGUGAAGGGACUCCCUACCAAGAAGAAGUACCGCUUCCGGGUUCUGGCUGAGAAUCUGGCCGGACCUGGAAAACCAAGCGCAGAGACCGACCCAGUCCUCAUCAAAGACCCUAUCGAUCCUCCGUGGGCUCCUGGUAAACCUGUUAUCAGGGAGAUUGCAAAGACCUCGGCCUUGUUGGCGUGGACCCGACCGGAGCACGAUGGCGGCGCUAAGAUCGAGGGCUAUAUCAUCGAGUUCCAGAAGACCGGAAGUGAGGAAUGGAUCCGCAUCGCAGAGGACGUUCCUCUGACUGAGCACCAGCUGCAGGGCCUGAUGGAGAAGCAGGAGUACUCCUUCCGGGUCAAGGCUGUCAACAAGGCGGGCGAGAGCGAACCCAGUGACCCCAGUGACCCUGUAGUCUGCAAGGAGAGACUCUACCCUCCGUCUGCCCCUCAGUGGCUGGACGUGGCCAACAUCAGUAAGAUCAGUGCCGACCUGAAGUGGCAGGCUCCCAGCACGGACGGAGGCUCCCCCAUCACCAACUACGUGGUGGAGAAGAGGGACGUGAGGCGGAAGGCCUGGCAGACCGUCGACACCACCGUGAAGGACCUGAAGUACUCGGUGACUCCUCUGAACGAAGGCUCGCUGUACGUGUUCCGCGUGGCGGCGGAGAACGCCGUGGGGACGGGUGAAUUCUGUGAGCUGGAGGACGCCGUGCUCGCCAAAGACACUUUCACAACUCCUGGACCUCCGUACGCCCUGACAGUGGUGGAGGUCACAAAGAGACAUGUGGAGCUGAAAUGGGAAGCUCCUAAGAGCAAUGGUGGAAGACCCAUAACCAAGUACGUGAUCGAGAAGAAGGAGAAGCUGGGAACUCGCUGGUUGAAGUGCUGCAAGACUCCAGACAAACAGACUCAGUUUAAGGUGACAGAUGUGGACGAAGGGUCAGAGGUGCAGUUCCAGGUCCGGGCUGAGAAUGAGGCUGGAGUCGGAGAUCCAAGUGAACCCACUGAGGUCCUCACCAUCGAGGAUGCAACCAGUGCUCCCUCUCCUCCUCUGGAGUUGGCCAUUCCUGAUGCUAGCAGAGAGCACAUUAACGUGACCUGGAAGCCUCCAGCCAAGGAUGGCGGCUGCCCGAUCACCGGCUACCACGUAGAGGUGGCUGAGGCCCGACCAGAGCUGAAGUGGCUGAGGGUCAACAACAGACCAAUCAAGGAGCUCAAGUUCAAGAUUGAAGACGGAAUCAAACCAGAGAAGAAAUAUGUCAUCCGGGUCCGUGCCAUCAACGCUAUUGGUGUCAGUGAUCCCUCUGAGAUCUCUGACAAGGUCUUCACCAAAGAUCCUGACUGCUCCCCGACCAUGGAUCUGGAGACACAGGACGUGGUGGUAGUAGAAGGAGAGAAGCUGCACCUGAACAUCCCCUACAGGGCAAUCCCAACGCCCAAGAUGGUGUGGCAGAAGGACACGGUGGAGUGCAAGGCCGACGACCGCCUCUCCAUGACGGUGGAGAUGAACAGCGCUCAUCUCGAGAUGCUCAAGUGCAAACGUGCUGAUGCCGGAGCAUACGCCAUCACGCUGGAGAACAGUCUGGGAACCGCGACCGGGACAGUCAAUGUCAAAGUCAUCGGACUUCCUGGCCAGUGUAAAGACAUCAGCUCCAGUGACAUCACCAAGAACUCCUGUAAGAUCAGCUGGGAAGCUCCAGAAGAUGACGGUGGCACUCCCAUCGUCAGCUACGCCCUGGAGCGCCGCGAGGCCUCCAAGAAGACCUUCAUGCCCGUCAUGUCAGGAGAGAACAUCCUGACCACCAACGUCAAAGACCUCUACAUCAACUGCGAGUACUACUUCAGGGUUAAGGCCGUCAACAAGGUCGGCGCCGGAGAGUAUCUGCAGCUCCAAAACCCAGUCAUCACUGAGGAAGUCAAACAAAAACCAGAUCCACCCCUCCAGGUGGAGGCCCAUGACCCGACAUCCAAGUCCAUCACCAUCACAUGGAAGGCUCCGGACUAUGACGGUGGUUGUCCCAUCCAGGGAUACAUCGUGGAGAAGAUCGAGAAGGACGGCGACCGCUACGAGAAGGUCACACCGAGCCUGGUUCCUGGCUUUUCCUACGUGGUGACGGACCUGAAGGAGGGUUCAGAGUACCAGUUCAGAGUCAGAGCCGAGAACGCUGCUGGAGUCAGUGAACCGUCCCGCAGCACUCCGCCUAUCAAGGCCGCAGACCCCGUUGAUAAACCAAAGGUGACUCUGCAUGCUCGCGUGCAGGCUGGUGUUUGCAUCAAGAAGGGAGAAGAAAUCCGUAUCGACGCCUACAUUUCCGGGUCGCCUUAUCCCAAGGUCACCUGGCUGAGGAACGACGAGGACGUCACCAUAGAACCGACCAAGAAGAUCGUCCCGCUGAUCAAGAAGAAGAGCAAGUCCAAGGUGCCUGAACCAGAAGUGGAGUUUGUGACACCGCUGCAUGAGCGUCUGGGUCUGGACCAGAGCAAGAAGGGUCAGGCGGCGCUGAUGGUCCGUGACGCUCUCAGAGCCGACCACGGGAACUUCACCAUCCAGGUGGAAAACACUCAUGGUGUCGCCACCGCCUGCUGCACCGUUAAUGUCCUCGACAAACCCGGCCCUCCCAUCAACUUCACCUUCGAUGAGAUCAGGAACACCUCGGUGAUCUGUAACUGGAACCCUCCCGAGGACGACGGAGGCAGCGAGAUCCUGAACUACAUGCUGGAGAAGAAGGACAAUAAGAACGAUGAGAUCGGCUGGAUCACCAUCACCUCCACCCUGAAGGGAACCAGCUUCCCCAUCACCAAGCUCAUCGAAGGGAAGGAAUACAUCUUCAGAGUCACUGCAGAGAACAAGUUCGGCUGCGGGCCGUCGUGCAUCUCCGAGCCGCUGGUCGCUAAGAACCAGUUCGAUCCUCCGGAUGCUCCCAACACACCGAGAGUCCACGAGGUGACGGCCAGCUCCGUGCACAUCUCCUGGCACGAGCCGAAGGACAACGGCAGCCCGAUCCUGGGCUACUGGAUCGAGAGGAAGGAAGUGAACAGCAAACACUGGACCCGAGUGAAUCGUGCCCUCCUGAACUCGCUGGAUGUGAAGAUCACCGGCCUGAUGGAGGGUCUCACUUACAUCUUUAGAGUCUGUGCUGAGAACCUGGCCGGGCCCGGUCCGUUCAGCGAGCCCACCGACCGCACCGUGACCAUGGACGCCAUCCUGCCUCCUGGACCCCCCACUCCAUGGGUUGUGGACACUGGGAAGGAUUCAGUGAUCGUGGCCUGGAAGCCGCCGCUGUACAACGGUGGAGGAGACAUCCUGGGGUACCAUGUGGAGAAGGUUCUGGCUGGAGAGCAGGACUGGACCCGCAGCACAGAGUUCAGGUGUAAAGAGCUGACCUACACCGUUACAGGUCUGACUGAAGGAGCAGACUACUACAUCCGGGUCAUUGCUGUCAACGACGCCGGUCCUGGAGUUCCUGGUGUCACCGACCCGGUCACCGUCAUGGAGCCUGAAGUGUUGCCGGCUGUUGACUUUGAUGUCUCAGUGAAGAACGGCGUCAUGGUGAAGGCGGGCCAGCCCGUGAAGCUUCCUGCGGUGGUGACGGGCCGACCCCAACCGGAGGUCAAAUGGGCCAAAGACGAAGCUGAGAUAGACAAGGAGAGGAUGAUCGUGGAGAUGGAAGGCAAGAACAACGUUCUGUUCAUCAAGAAAGCGGUGAGAUCGGAUCAUGGAAAGUAUCAGAUUUCCGGCACCAACAGCAGCGGGACCAAGACUGCUGAAACCAGAGUGGAUGUUAUGGACGUCCCUGGACCGGUGGUGGACCUGAAGACUGUGUCAGUGACCAAGAAGAGCCUCGUCCUCACCUGGUCCGACCCUGUGGACAACGGUGGCAGUGACAUCAUUGGCUAUGAAGUGCGGAAGAAGGACGCCAAGAUGAAGCUUUUCCGCCAGCCCGUCGAGGUGGCUUCCUGUAAGUGUGAAAUCCACGACCUGCUGGUUGGUGAGGAGUACGACUUCAGAGUCAUCGCCAGGAACAAAUACGGAGAUGGAGCUCCAGCUGACCUCGGACCCAUCCUGGCUGAGGAUCCCAAAGGUACUCCCUCUGCUCCUCUGAAGCUGCACUACACCGACAGAAGCAAAACCUCCAUCAGCCUGAGCUGGGAGCUGCCUCUCAGUGACGGUGGCAGCCCCAUCAGAGGCUACUAUGUGGAGAAGAUGAGGUCUGAUAGCAAUGAGUUCGAUGUGGCUAACCGCAAGAUCUUCACUGAGUGCUGCGGGACCGUGGAGAACCUGGUCGAGAACCACGACUAUCAGUUCCGCGUCAAAGCUGUGAAUGAGGUCGGGGACGGAGAGCCUUCCAAGCCCAUCUCAGCUAAAAUCAUGGAUGAUGAAAUUCCUCCAGCUAUUACAAUCCUUAAGUUCUUCAAGAGGAACGCCAUCAUCGCCAGGAAAGGCGCUGCUAUUGACAUCCCGGCCGAGGUGAAGGGACUUCCUCUGCCAACCUUCCACUGGAUGAAGGACGACGUAGUGAUUGCAAAGCCUGAUGAAGAGAAGAUGACCAUAGAGACGGAGGAGGUGAACCGGACAACCCUGAGGACAAAGAUCUCCAUCCUGGAAACCAUCAGACAGGACAAGGGCAACUAUAAGCUGGUGGCUGAAAACUGCUUCGGCAAAGCGAAGCACGUCAUUGAGGUUGAGAUCCUUGACCGUCCUCUUCCUCCCAGGAACAUCGUGGUCUCUGACAUCAAGGCGGAGUCGUGCUAUCUGACCUGGGACGUCCCGAAGGACAACGGAGGAAGCGAGAUCACCAACUACAUCGUUGAGCGCAGAGACGCCAGCAAGAAGAAGUCUGACUUUGAAGAGUUGACCGUUAAUCUCAUUGACAGGAGAUACGGGGUCUACAAACUGAACCUGAACGGCACCUACCAGUUCAGGAUCAAGGCUGAAAACAAAUAUGGUGUGAGUGAUGGCUGUGACUCUGAGAAGGUCCAGCUGAAGGAUCCGUUCGGCCUUCCCGGACCGCCACGCAACCCUAAGAUCAUUGCAGCCACAGCGACCACCAUGACCCUGACCUGGGAACCUCCUCUGGAGAACGGUGGCUCUACCAUUCAGGGCUACUGGCUGGAGAAGAGGGAGCGCGGUGCCGUGUACUGGGGUCGGGUCAACCGGUCUCCCGUUACCAAGCCGUCCGUGAAGGGUCUGCAGUACACCGUGCUGAGGCUGAUCGAAGGGACCGAGUACCAGUUCAGGGUGGCUGCAUGCAACGCUGCAGGAGUCGGACCGCCCAGCGAGGCCACUGAGUGCCGCUUCACUGUGGAUCCAUGCAACCCUCCCAGUGCACCUGGGUCUCCCGAGGUUAAAGACAAGACAAAGAGCAGUGUCACGCUCACCUGGACUCCACCAGACAAAGAUGGCGGCAACCCCAUCAAGGGUUACAUCAUCGAGGUCCAUGAGGAGGGCUCUCCUGAUUGGAGGAGGGUGAACCCUGCCGACAAGCUCCACCCAUCGACUGAGAUCACAGUCCCCGACCUGAAGGAGGGCAAGAAGUGCAAGUUCAGGAUCUACGCCGUGAACGCCGCAGGCAAAUCCGAGCCCGCCAAGACGGCUGACAUUCUGGUUCAGGACAUCCUGAUCGAACCAACAGUCACACUGGAGCUGAGCGCUCAUGACCUGAUGAACUGCAGAGCAGGAACUACCAUCAAGAUUCCCGCCACCAUCACAGGACGACCCAUUCCCAAAGUCACCUGGACCUUUGAUGGAACAGCAGAGACCGAGAAGAAGAAUGAACUUCACACGCUGCCCGUCGACUCAGAGAUUCACUCCACUGACACGACCUCUGUGGUCACCAUCCCUGACGGACAACUGAACCACAGCGGCCGUUUCAUCAUCAAUGCUGAAAACGCUGCUGGUCACAAAGUGGUCAAAGUCAGAGUCAACGUGGUCGGCCUGCCCGGACCUCCUCAGGACCUGAAGGUGAGUGACGUGACAAGAGGAACCUGCAGACUCACCUGGAAACCUCCCGCGUGUGAUGGAGGAGAGAGAGUAAAGAGCUACUUCAUUGAGAAGAAGACAGUUGACGGCAAAGCCUGGACCAAGGUGAACCCGGCCUACACUUCUCAGUCACUGGUGGUUCCAGACCUGAUCGGGGGUGAGGAGUACCUGUUCCGAAUCAAAGCCGAGAACCGCUUUGGGUUUGGACCGUGUGCCGAGACCAUCGAGGGAGCCAAAGCCAAAGAUCCAAUUCAUCCUCCUGAUCCUCCAACCAGGCUGAAGAUCGUGGGUGUGAGGAAGGGAACAGUGACUCUCACCUGGAAAGCUCCAAAGAACGAUGGCGGUUCACCCGUCACUCACUACAGUGUGGAUAUGCUCUGCUGGGAAGCCAGCGGCGCACAGAAGGAGUCCUGGAGGAGGUGCAACAGGAGAGAAAUAGACACCACCAGUUUCAAGGUAGAGGACCUGACAGAGGGAGACGAGUAUGAGUUCAGAGCGCAGGCGUAUAAUGCAGCUGGACCCAGCCGACCCUCAUCCACCGUUGGGCCGCUCCUCAUCCAGGACCAGACCUGCGCUCCGUCCAUCGAGCUGAACGAGUUCAUGGAGACCGAGCAGGGCAAAGACAUCAGCAUUGUGGCCAAAAUCCGCGGCUGUCCGUUCCCCACACUCACCUGGUUCAAGGCUCCGCCCCACAAGUCCGACAACAAGGUGGAGGUCCAGUACGAUGAGCACAUCAACAAAAUAGUGUCUGACGACAGCUGCACGCUCCUGAUCCAGCAGGGCAAACGUCCCGACACCGGCCUCUACACGCUGGUGGCCUCCAACAGCCUGGGAAAGGCCUCCAAGGAGAUGAGGCUCAAUGUGCUCGGCCGGCCCGGUCCGCCCUCGGCUCCCAUUAAGUUCGAGGAGAUCGGAGCUGAGAAGAUCACGCUGUCCUGGCUGCCGCCGAAGGAUGACGGUGGCUCCAAACUCACCAACUAUGUGAUCUGGAAGCGCGUAGCCAACAGGAAGACCUGGGUGCCGGUCACCAACGAGCCCAAAGAACGGAUCUGGACGGUGGAGAACCUGAUGCAGGGACACGAGUAUGUGUUCCGCAUUAUGGCCCAGAACAAGUACGGAGUGGGAGACCCACUGGACAGUGAUCCGGAGGUGGCCAGAGACCUCUACAAAAUCCCCGGCCGGUGUGAGAAGCCCACCGUGACCAGUAUCACGAUGGAUAACAUGACGGUGAACUGGGAGGAGCCCGAUGACGACGGCGGCACCCCGAUCACCGGUUACUGGCUGGAACGUAAGGAGACGACAGGCAAGCGGUGGACCCGUGUCACCCGAGACCCCAUCCGCCCCAUGGGCCUGGGCGAGUCCUUUGUGGUGGACGGUCUCAUUGAAGGCUCCCAGUACCUGUUCAGAGUCUAUGCCGUCAAUGCUGCCGGGCCCGGACCUGCCAGUGAACCCACAGACCCCAUCUUCGCCAGAGACCCCAUUUCUCCGCCCUCUCCUCCAACUCCCAAGGUUUCUGAUUGGACAAAAUCCACGGUGGACCUGGAAUGGAUCCCACCUCUGAAGGAUGGAGGCUCUAAGAUCCUCGGCUACUGGGUGGAGUACAAGGAGGAGGGCACCGAGGCCUGGGUCAAGGCGAAAGAAAUAGAAAUCCGUGGCACCCGAUUCGUGAUCAACGGUCUGAAGACUGGCGGUCAGUACCGGUUCAGGGUGAUUGCAAUUAAUGUUGCUGGUAACAGUGAGCCAGGCGAAGUCCCCGAGGUGCUCGAGGUCAAGGACAGAACCGUUGCUCCUGAGAUCAACCUGGACGCCUCAGUGAAGGACAGGAUGGUGGUCCAUGCUGGCGGGGUGAUCCGCAUCAUUGCCUACGUAUCAGGCCAGCCACCGCCUGACGUCACCUGGAGCAGAGACGGAGCAGCGCUGCCUCCAGAGGCCAUAGUAGAGACGACAGCCAUCAGCUCAUCUUUGGUGAUCAAACCUUGUGCCAGGAGGCACCUCGGUGUCUACACGCUGACUGCCAAGAAUGCUGGCGGGGAGAAGACAAAGAACAUCACAGUGGAAGUUCUGGAUGUCCCUGGACCUGUGGGCAUCCCCUGCACCGCUGACAACCUGAGCAGUGAGUCCUGCAAGAUCAACUGGUACUUCCCUGAGAACGACGGUGGCUCUCCAAUCAGCAACUACAUCAUUGAGAAACGUGAAGCUGAGCGUAAGGCCUGGACCUCGCUCUCCUUUACUGCUAGCAGACAGAACGCUGUGGCUCAUGGCCUCACCACCGGUAAGGCCUACUUCUUCAGAGUGGCCGCUGAGAACGCCAUCGGCAUCGGACCCUUCAUAGAGACGGCAGCUGAGCUCAUUGUGAAGGAACCUAUGAGUGUGCCCGACCGCCCCGAGGAGCUGGAGGUCACCAAGGUUGGCAAAGAUUUGAUCAGCGUCACCUGGAAAGCUCCCAAGUACGACGGUGGCUCGGAGGUCACCAUGUAUAUCCUGGAAGCACGUAUGAUCGGCAAAGAUAAGUUCAGCAGACUGACAAAGGAGAAACUGAUGGAGAGGAAGUACACCUACGAUGGCCUGAGGGAGGGCGACACCUACGAGUUCAGGGUCAUCGCCGUCAACGACAUCGGACCCGGAAAACCAUCGUUCUGCACCAAGCCAAUCACCUGCAAGGACGAACUGGAGCCACCGACCAUCGAGGUGGAUUUCCGUGAUAAGAUCAUCAUCCGCGUCGGUGAGAGCUGCCUGCUGCAGGGCCGCUACACCGGCAAACCUUCUCCGUCCAUCAUGUGGUACAGAGACGACGAGGAGCUGAAGGCUGACAUGCAUAUCAUGUUCAAGAAUACACUGACCACCAUGUCACUGGGCCUGAUGAAGGCAGAGCGUGAGCACAGUGGCAGAUACGUGGUGGUGGUGGAGAACAACACCGGAUCCAGGAAGGGAGUCUGCAACGUUACAGUUGUUGACCGUCCGACUCCUCCGGUGGGUCCAGUGGUCUUUGACGAGGUUCACAGAGAGUACAUGGUGAUCUCUUGGAAACCUCCUCUGGACAGUGGAGGUGUCGACGUCUCCAACUACAUCAUUGAGAAAAGAGACUCCAACAGAGACAUUUGGACCACAGUAACAUCAGCUUCCACCAAGACCACAUGCAAGAUCCCCAAACUGAUCGAGGGCAAGGAGUACAUCAUGAGGAUCUGUGCUGAGAACAUGUACGGCAUCAGCGACCCUCUGGAUUCUGAGGAGAUGAGAGCCAAAGAUCUUUUCAGAGUCCCUGAGGCCCCUGAGAUGCCAACGGUCAGGGAGGUGUAUGGCACCAACGUCCUGGUGCUAUGGAACCGGCCUCGUGAUGGCGGGAAGCCCAUCACCAACUACAUCCUGGAAAAGAAGGAGCCCUCAGCCAAAAGGUGGUCCCGGGCCACCAGAGAGCCACUAUACCCUGCUACUCAAUACAGAGUCCAGGACCUGGUGGAGGGCUGCCAGUAUGAGUUCAGGGUGAUGGCUGAGAAUGAGCUGGGAACUGGAGACCCCAGUGAACCCUCAAAACCCAUUCUUGCCAAAGAUCCCAUUGUGUGUCCAAGCCCUCCGGUGACCCCCGAGGCUUAUGACAAGACCAAGGACACUGUCAGUCUGAAGUGGAAGAUGCCUCGCCAUGACGGAAGGGGCCGCAUCUUGGGCUAUCUUGUUGAGUACCAGCAUCCUGGUUCUGUGGAGUGGAAACCGGCCAACGAGACCCCAGAGCAGUGCCCCGACCUCCACUAUGUGGUGACAGGCCUGACUGAUGGACAGGAGUACACCUUCAGGAUCUUCACUGUUAAUGCCGCUGGCAAAUCUGAUCCUGCCUUUGUCAAAGAGACCAUAAAGGUUCACGACAGACUCGAGGCGCCAGAGUUGCUGCUGGACGCCAACAUGGCGCGUGACCACCUCUGCAUGCUGGGCACUGACAUCACCCUCAGCGCCACCAUCAAGGGUGUGCCAACACCCACUGUCAGCUGGAAGAAAAAUGAUGGAGACAUGCCGACUCACAUCACUGUUGCUGUCACCGCCACUGGAAGCAAAGUCUUCAUCCCCAAGUCUGUCCGGCCUGACUCCGGCAACUACACCCUCACCGUGGAAAAUGCUGCUGGGAAGAAAUCAGCUACCGUUGCUGUGCUGGUGUUGAACAAGCCCACUCCUCCCAGAGACCUGGUGAUCUCUGAGGUGACCAGUGAGUCUGCUUACCUGACAUGGAAGGCUCCUGAGGACAAUGGUGGUGCCAUCAUCUCCCACUACAUUGUGGAGAAGAGGGACGUGGCGGCUGAGCAGUGGGUGCCCGUCUCUGCAUCCAAUAAGAAGCUGAGUCUGAUGGCCAUGUAUCUGAUGGAAGGAAUCCAGUACAUGUUCAGGGUGGCGGCUGAAAACCAGUUUGGCAGGAGCGAUUAUGUGGUCACCAAGACACCCAUCAAAGCAAUUGAUCCUCUUUAUCCUCCUGGCCCACCCAAGAACCUGCACCACACCGAUGCAGACAAGACAGAGGUAUGGUUGGCAUGGGAGUGGCCAGACCGCACUGGUGGAAGUGAAAUCACUGGGUUCAUUGUUGAGCACCAGGAAGAGGGUCAGACUGACUGGGUCACCUUCAAGACGGUCAUCAACAACCAUGCACACGUCACCGGUCUAGAGGAAGGCAAGACCUACCGCUUCAGGGCGAAAGCUCAGAACGCCAUCGGUGUAAGCCGUCCUGACACCAGUGUUCCCGUCACGUGCCAGGAGAAGACAUUACCACCCACUAUUGCAGUUGAUGUAAAGCUUAUUGAGGGUCUUGUUGUCAAGGCGGGCAGCAGUAUUGUCCUCCCAGCCAAGAUGACAGGAAUCCCCACUCCCGCUGCCAAGUGGGUAACAGAUGACAAGGAGAUCAUGUCUGAGGGCCGCUACCACAUUGAGUCUGCUGAAACCUCCACCAUCCUCAGUAUCCCUGAGAGCCAGAGAGGAGACACUGGAGAGUACCUCCUCACUGUGUCCAACACCACAGGCAGCAAGACUGUUGCACUGCAUGUCACUGUGCUGGAUCUUCCAGGUCCACCCGUCGGCCCCAUCAAUAUCUUAGAGGUUACACCUGAUUUCAUGAUGAUCCAAUGGAGAGCACCCAAGGAUGACGGUGGUACACCCAUCACCAACUAUGUAGUUGAAAAGAAGGAUGUGAAGAAGCCAUGGGAGCCCUGGUCUGUUGUUAGCUCCAGUGGCACCAGCACUAAGGCCAAGGUGUCAAGGCUGGAGAAGGGUCGUGAGUACAUUGUUCGUGUCCGAGCAGAAAACAAGAUUGGUAUUGGAGCUGGGCUUGAGAGUCCUCCCACUAUUGCCAAGCACCUGUUCAACCCACCAGGUCCUCCAGGUCUCCCAGAGUGCUCUGAUAUCACAGAAAAUGCUGUGACAGUGGAAUGGACUCUACCUGAAUAUGAUGGAGGCAGCCCCAUCAGUGGCUAUGUGAUUGAACGUAGAGAGAUGACAGGAAAGUGGAUCCGUGUCAACAAAACUCCUGUGCUGGACCUCAGAUACAGAGUCUCAGGCCUGUUUGAAGGCAACACCUACGAGUUUAGAGUGUUUGCUGAGAAUGUUGCUGGUACCAGUGAGCCUUCUCCCAUCUCUGACCCCGUCAAGGCCAUUCGCGCCAUCACCAAACCCGGACCCCCUGGCAAUCCUAAACUGAAGGACUGGAGCAAGAACUAUGCUGACAUCUGCUGGACCAAACCGACAAGAGAUGGAGGCAGUCCAAUCCUGGGUUAUGUUGUUGAGAUUCAGAAGACAGGAUCUGCCCAGUGGGACAGAAUCAACAAGGACCUCAUCAAGAUGUGUGCCCACAGAGUGCAAGGCCUCAUUGAAGGAAUGGAGUACAAAGUCCGCAUCAGAGCCACUAACAAGGUUGGAGACAGUGAACCAAGGGAGUUGACUGAAACCAUCUUGGCAAAAGAUAUUCUGGUUCCCCCUGAGGUUGUUGUCGAUGUGUCCUGCCGUGAUUCUCUGACUGUUAGGGCAGGUCAGAUCAUUAAUUUGAUCACCAAGGUGAAGGGCAGACCUGACCCAGAGAUCACAUGGACCAAGGAUGCCAGAGCCUUGUCCCGGGACAAGCGCACUGACAUUCUCAACAACUACCCUGUGUGCGAACUGGUCAUCGAAGAUGCAGUCAGGUCAGACUAUGGUAAAUAUGCCAUUGUUGCUAAGAACAGUAGUGGACAGGCACAGGCUACCAUUAUUGUCAAUGUGCUGGACACACCAGAAGCUUGCCAGAACAUAAAGGUGGCCUAUGUGACCAAGACCUCCUGCAUGGUGUCAUGGGAGAACCCAGAAGACAACGGAGGCACUGAGAUCACUCAGUACAUUAUUGAGUCCCGCCAGCCAAGCCAAAGAGGAUGGAAUGUGGUGUCCAAUGACUGCACCAAGCGCAUGAUAAAGGCCCCUCUUACCGAAGGCUGUGAGUACUUCUUCCGUGUCAGAGCAGAAAACAAGAUUGGUACCGGUCCACCCACUGAAACCAAGACAGCUGUGCUGGCAGUUGAUCCCAUUGAGAAGCCUGGUGAACCUGUUGACUUCAACAUCUCUGAGAUUGGCAAGACCUUUUGCUUCCUCAAGUGGAGGAAGCCAGACUAUGAUGGAGGUAGCCGUAACCUGGCUUACCAUGUUGAGAAGAAGCCAAAGGAAGCUGAGGAGUGGGAGAGACUUCAUAAGGGUGCAAUCAAGGAAACUUACUUUAUGGCGGACAGGUGCAUUGAAAACCAGAUCUACCAGUUCAGAGUUCAGACUAAGAAUGAGGGAGGUGAGAGCAACUGGGUGACCACAGCUGAGGUCCUUGUUAAGGAGCAGCUUGUGCAGCCUGAGGUCAAGAUAAAACUGGAUGCAACCCUUGUGGUCAAGGCAGGAGACUCCAUUCCUAUCGAGGCGAUCAUUAAGGGCAAACCACAGCCUGAUGUCAAAUGGACCAAGGACGACAGCACAGAAGAGAUCAAGAAGAGUCCCAGGCUUCAGAUAGAAAGUGGUGUUGACUUCUCAAAGCUGCUUGUGACAGGCGGCAGGCGCACUGACAGUGGCAAAUAUGUUGUGACGGCUUCCAACAAUGCAGGAACCUGCUCAGCACACGCCAAGGUAAAUGUAUUGGACAGACCUGGCCCCAUCAGGGAUCUCAAGGUGUCCGGUAUCACCACCGACAGGUGCCAUCUGGCCUGGGAAAUCCCUGAGGAUGAUGGUGGCUGUGAUAUUUACAACUACAUUAUUGAGAAAUGUGAUACCAAGAGGGGAGUCUGGUCAGUCCACUCCAACGCUGUCAUCACCAACAAAGCUAAGGUCACCCGUCUUAUUGAGGGCAAUGAGUAUAUCUUCAGAGUCCGUGCUGAGAAUAAGAUGGGUCCUGGCCCUGCAGUUCAAAGUGAGUCCAUCGUUGCUGGCACCCAGUUUAGUGUCCCUGGAGCCCCUGAUCCACCAGAAAUCACCAAGAUCGCCAAGGAGGAAAUGACUGUGAUUUGGUUAGAGCCAGACAAAGAUGGCGGAAAGCCAAUCACAGGUUACCUGUUGGAGAAGAGGGAGGAGCAUGCUGUCAGGUGGUCCCCUGUAAACAAAGAUCCAAUCCCUUCAACUCACUUCACAGUUACUGGACUUUUGCACCUCCAUGACUACCAGUACAGAGUCAAAGCUGUCAAUGAAAUUGGUGUCGGUAACCCGAGCAAGCCUUCACGUACCAUCACUGCCAAGGAUGCAGUUGAGCCUCCUGCACCUCCUACAAACAUGAAGGUCCUGGACAGCUCCAAGACUUCCAUUACUUUAGGCUGGACCAAGCCUGUAUCAGAUGGAGGAGCUCCCCUCAUCGGAUACGUUGUGGAGAUGAAGGUGGCAGGAAGUGGAAAGAAAGGAGAAGAUAGUUGGAAGAGGUGCAACGUAGCGGCUCAGCUGGUUGUGUGCGAGUUCACGGUCACAAGUCUGGAUGAAAACCUUGUGUAUGAAUUCAGAGUGUCAGCUCAGAACCAGGUGGGCAUGAGCCUGCCCUGCAACCUGGAGGGAGCUGUGAUCCCCCGAGAGAUUCUAGAGUCACCAGAGAUUGACUUGGAUGCCAACCUGAAGGAAGGACUGACUGUGAGGGCUGGCUGUCCCAUCAGACUCUGUGCCACCAUCAGAGGUAGACCACCACCAAGGAUCACCUGGAGGAGGAUGGGCGUUGAUAACGUGGUCAGAAAGGGGCAUGUCGACAUCAUUGACACCAUGACCUUCUUGGUCAUCCCUGACAGCACUCGCAAUGACUCUGGCAAAUACUGCUUGACUGUGCAGAGCACUGCCGGAGAGAAGGCUGUAUUUGUCAAUGUGAAGGUUCUGGACACUCCGGGACCUGUGAUGAACCUGGAAGCCACCAACAUCAAACAGACGUCAGCCAAGCUGUCCUGGAGUCCACCAGAGAUCGAUGGUGGCAGUGAGAUCACUCACUACAUUGUCGAAAAGCGAGAAGUUGACCGCAAGACAUGGGCGGUUGUCAAGGCCGAAGUUGAGACGGAUAAGAUUCCUUUCAAAGUCAGCGGUCUAAUGUCAGGAACUGAGUACUACUUCAGAGUCACAGCUGUCAAUGAGUAUGGAUCCGGAGUUCCCAGAGUGUCACCCACCUCCUAUCUGGCCUCUGAUCCUGUCAGCAAACCCGAUCCUUGUGAGAAGAUUGAGGUUCUGGAAAUCACCAAGAACAGUGCGAUAGUUGGCUGGGUGAAGCCCGCAAGAGAUGGUGGUGCCAAGAUUGAUGGUUAUGUGGUUGAGUACAUUGAGGAAGAAGAGGAAGAGCCUGAGGAGCUGUGGAACGCUUACACUACUGUAAAGGAUUUGAGUAUAAGUAUCAGUGGCCUGAAGGAGAGCAAGAGGUACAAGUUUAGAGUGGCAGCUAAGAACUUCAUGGGCAUGAGCUCGUUCACCGAGACCCGGGAGCCAGUGGAAAUCAAGGAACAGAUGUUGGAGCCAAAGAUUGUCAUGCCAGAUAUGGUGAGUGCCAGAGCUGGAGCUAAGCUCAGGGUGGAGGCACUUAUUUCUGGAAAACCAGCCCCAGUCUGCAAGUGGAUGCGGGGCGACACUGCGGUAGUCUCAUCAAGCCGUCUGGCUGUGCACCACUCCGGCAACCUGUGUGUCCUGAUCAUCAAGGAUGUGUCGAGGACAGACAGCGGAGAGUACAGUCUGGUGGCUGAGAAUGGCUCUGCAACAGUGACCCAGCCUCUAAAGAUCGUCAUCAGAGACAUCCCUGGUCCUCCUGAGGGUCCUGUGGUGAUCAGCGACAUUGACUCAGAUGCUUGCUCUCUGUCCUGGAACAAACCGCUGGAGGAUGGAGGCAGCAAGAUCACCAACUAUGUGGUGGAGAAAUGUGACGUGACCAGAGGUGACUGGGUGAUGGCCACCUCCUCCCCGAAGACUAGCUGCAGGCUGGGAAAACUCAUUCCUGGGAAGGAGUAUGUGUUGCGCAUCCGUGCUGAGAAUCGCUACGGUGUAUCAGACCCUCUCCCAUCUGAGAGGAUGGUCGCCAAGUUCCCCUUCGAUGUUCCUGGAGAGCCUCUCAACUGCCGCAUCAACAAGACCAACAAGGACUGUAUGUUUGUGGCCUGGGACACACCCACGAGUGACGGAGGCAGCCCUAUCACCGGUUACUACAUUGAGCGUAAGGAGAGGAACAGCUUGCUCUGGGUGAAAGCCAACGACACGGUUGUCCGCACCACAGAGUACCCAUGUGCUGGGCUGAUUGAAGGCCUGGAGUAUACCUUUAGAGUAUCUGCAAUCAACCGCGCUGGUCAGGGCAAGCCGAGCAAGAAGACUGACUUUAUCACUGCCAGAACACCUGUUGACACACCAGGUAAACCAGAGGUACUGGACGUGACCAGGAACUCUGUCAGUCUUGUCUGGACCCGACCCAAGAAUGACGGCGGCAGCAAGAUCAUCGGCUACUACGUGGAGGCCUUGAGGCUGCCGGGAGACACUUGGGUGCGCUGUAACACCAGCAGCCAGAAUGUCCCAAGGGAGGAGUACACAGUGACCGGCCUGGAGAGAGACCUGCAGUACCAGUUCAGAGUCACUGCUAAAACUGCAGUCAACAUGAGCAAACACUCCGAGCCUUCAGACCCCAUCCUGGUCUGUGCCGAGAACGUGCCUCCGAGGGUGGAGCUGAACGCCAGGAUGCAGAAGGGUUUCAAAGUGAAGGCCGGCACCACACUACUCCUGGAGGCCGAGGUGUUUGGUAAGCCAAUGCCGAGAGUCACAUGGAAGAGAGGUGAUGAUAGCCUGAAGUCAGCUGAAGGUCAGGUCAUCACCCAGCACAGACAUCACUUCCAGCUGGAGUUGACUGGAGUCACUAAGGCGCACACAGGAACCUACACCAUCCUGGCCGAGAAUGCCAGCGGAUCCAAGACCGCUGACAUCCAAGUCAUAGUUCUGGAUGUGCCUGGUCCUCCUGUCAAUGCCAAAUUUGUUGAGGUGUUUUCCACCAGCAUCAAGUUGUCCUGGGAGCCUCCGCUGAGUGACGGUGAUGCUACUAUCACUAACUACAUUGUGGACAAGCGUGAGACCAGUAGAGCCAACUGGGCUCAAGUCUGCGCCAAGUUCAAGAGUGAAACCCUCGAGUUCAAUGUGGAGAAGCUGAUCGAGGGUCAUGAGUACCAAUUCCGAAUCCGUGCUGAGAACACGUGGGGAGUUGGAGACCCCCUCGUCACAGACCCUGUCGUUGCCAAGAACCCAUUCAGUGUCCCUGGCCCAUGUGAGGCCCCAGUGAUCACCAACGUGACUAAGGACCAUAUGACUGUCAGCUGGAAGGAGCCUGCUGAUGAUGGAAAGUCCACCAUCCUGGGCUACUUGCUAGAAAAGAAAGAAAUCAAGGAGAUGAACUGGACCAAGCUGAAUAGGAAACCCAUGACAGAGAGGACCCUGGAAGUCACAGGUCUCAUCGAGGGAGCUGAGUAUGAGUUCAGAGUCAUUGCUGUCAACAAGGCAGGGCUUGGCAAACCCAGUGAGCCCUCUGCUGCUACCACUGCACAGAACCCUAUCACUCCUCCCGGCCCAGUGGUGAACCCCAGUGUACCAGACACCACUUCCAGUACCAUCAGCCUCAUCUGGACCGCCCCUGCAAACGACGGUGGAAGCCCCAUCCUGGGAUACCUGGUGGAGUGCAAGAGGACGGAUACCACAGACUGGAUCCGCUGUAAUGUACCCAGGAACCUGCAGGAGACCCACUACACAAUCCAGAACCUCAUACACAAGGCAGAGUACCAGUGUCGCAUCACUCCCGUCAACAAGGUUGGCUUCGGCGAGCCGGUCGAAGUGCCUGGAAAGCAUAUCGCCCAUGACAUCUUUGUUCUCCCAGAAGCAGAACUCAGUGCAGAGCUGAAAGAAGGCCUGGAGCUGAAUGCUGGCGUCACCAUGAGGCUGCACGCCACCAUUAAGGGACGCCCAAAUCCAAAGGUCACUUGGGCAAAGAUGAACACUAACAUCAAGGACCGCCAAGGCAUCAUCAUCAAGUCCACCAACACUGACACCACAGUGAUGGUGGAGAAUGUCAACAGAUAUGAUGCUGGGAAAUACAUCCUGAACCUGGAGAGUCUGGCUGGCAUGAAGAUGUACACUAUUGUCAUCAAGGUGUUUGACACUCCUGGGCCACCAGUCAACCUGGUAGUGAAGGAAACCACCAAGGAGAACGCCUCCAUCUACUGGGAUACUCCUCUCAUCAACGGAGGCUAUGAAGUCACCCACUACAUUGUGGAGAAGCGUGACACUGAGAGGAAGGCCUGGUCCAUGGUCUCCAACAACUGCACAAAGACAGCUUUCAAGGUGCCAGACCUGCAAGGAGGACGGUCCUACUGCUUCAGAGUGUCAGCUGCCAACCAGCUGGGUGUUGGAGAGCACUGCGAGACCGCUGACUCAGUCAGAGCGACUGAGGAGCCUGGGCCUGUCAUGGACUUCAAGACCCUGCUGGUCACCAAGGACUCUUGCACUCUAACCUGGAAGAAACCCCUCACAGACGGUGGUACUCGUAUCAUCUGCUAUGUGCUUGAGGUCCUCCAGGAUGACGACAGUUACAAAGAGCUGAUGAGGUCCAAGAACAUGCAGUACAGCGCCAAGGAUCUGGUGGAGGGCAGAGAGUACAACUACAGAGUCAGAGCUGUAAAUGAUGCCGGAGAGAGCGCCGACAAGGAGCUGGCCGUAGUCGCCAAGGACCAGAUCAUUUAUCCAACCUGUGACUUAAGGGAUCUGCCCAACAUGUGUUACGUUGCCAAGGAGGGCAGCACAGUUCGUCUGAAGAUCCCAAUCAUUGGCAAGCCCACGCCCAAGGUCUCCUGGAAGAAGGGUGAAGAUGAAGACCUGACAGACACUGGCCGUGUUUGUGCAGAGUCCUCUGCAGUCAACACCACCCUCCUCAUCAGAGACUGCCAGAGGAGUGAUGCUUCCAAGUACACCAUUACCCUGAGGAACACUGCUGGAAGCAAGGAAUCCACCAUCUUCAUCAGGGUCGUGGGUAAGCCUGGCAUCCCUGUUGGGCCCAUUAAGUUCAAAGAUGUUGCUGCUGAUGGUGCCACUCUGAGGUGGGGAGCUCCAAAGGAUGAUGGUGGCUCUGAGAUCACCAACUACAUCCUGGAAAAAAGGGACUCAAUCACAAACAUGUGGGUGAACGUCUCUUCUGCUGUGGAGACCAACAGCAUGAGAGUGACGGGUCUCCAUGAGGGCACAGAGUACAUUUUCAGAGUCUCUGCUGAGAACAAGUACGGCGUUGGAGAAGGACUCAAGUCUGAGCCCAUUGUUGCUAAACAUCCAUUCAAUGUUCCUGAUGCUCCUCCUCCACCUCAGAUCAUGAGCAUGCGCCAUGACUCUGCUUACUUGGCCUGGGCUGACCCCAGGAAGACUGGAGGAUCUCCCAUCACAGGCUACCAUAUUGAGUUCAAGGAGAGAAACAGUAUGUUGUGGAAGAGGGCAAGCCCAGCUGCCCUGAAGAUGAAGGAACACAAGGUAACUGGGCUGACUGAAGGUCUGGAGUACGAGUUCAGAGUCUUGGCCAUCAACCUGGCCGGCAUCGGUAGACCGAGUGCUCCCACUGAUCCUCAGGUUGCCCUGGAUCCUAUCGAUACUCCGGGUAAACCUGACGUAAUCAGCAUCACCAGGAGCACCGUGACCCUCCAGUGGACGGAGCCUGAGUUCGACGGCGGCCACAGGCUCACCGGCUACAUCGUUGAGAAGCGUGACCUACCGUCGAAGAUCUGGGUGAAGGCCAACAACGUGAAUGUCAUAGAGCCUGCAUUUACUGUCACUGAUCUACAGGAGGGCUGCAAAUACGAAUUCAGAAUUAGGGCAAAGAACGCUGCCGGCGCUCUCAGCCCGCCCUCGGAGCAGACGGACACUAUUAUCUGCACAGAUGAAUACGCUGCACCCACCAUUGUCAUUGAUGCUCAAGUGAUGGAGGGUCUGACUGUCAGAGCUGGUGAUACUAUAGUUAUCACUGCUACAAGCAUUCUAGGUAAACCUGCCCCAACGUCAUGCUGGUCUAAAGGAGGGAAAUACUUUAAGCUUUCUGACAUCGUCAAUAUCGAGACCACUGCAAGCUCCUCCACCCUGUCUGUCAAGUAUGCUGGCAGGAAGGACUCUGGUGAUUACAUCAUCACUGCCAGCAACCCUUUUGGUGUGAAGGAGGAAACCGUCAAGGUGAAAGUUCUGGAUGUUCCUGCUGCUCCUGGGCCCAUUGAAUGCAGCGGUGUCUCCUCUGAGAAGGUCACACUGACCUGGACUGCUCCUCCUGAAGAUGGAGGUUCUCCUAUCAAGUACUACACCCUGGAGAAGAGGGAGACCAGCCGCCUGCUCUGGACUAUCCUGGAAGAAAAGGUCAUUGACUGUCACUACGUGGCCCACAAGCUCAUCCAGGGCAAUGAGUACAUCUUCAGAGUCUCUGCUGUUAAUCAGUAUGGUGCCAGUGAGCCAUCUCACUCUGAGGCAGUCAAGAUGGUUGAUAGAUUUGGUCCUCCUGGUCCACCAUCCAGACCAGAGGUCGACAAAGUCGAUGGGCAUUCAGCUACUGUGACCUGGAGGAGGCCAGCUGAGGAUGGAGGAAGUGACAUCAUAGGUUACUGUGUUGAAAAGAAGGAGAGAAAGGCCAUGAGAUGGGUCAGGGCCUCCAAGAAAUCUAUUGCUGAGCUUAGCUAUGAAGUCACUGGACUAACUGAAGGCAUAGAGUAUGAGUUCCGUGUUCUUGCUGAGAACAGAGCUGGCUUUGGAGAGCCAAGUGAACCAUCCAUGCCCAUCAGAACAAUAGUUGUUGCCUAUGUGCCUGGACCUCCGGUCAAUCCAAGAGUCACAGACACAACUAAGACCAGUGCCACUCUGAACUGGGGAAAACCUCUUGAUAAUGGUGGACUUGAAGUCACUGGAUACUUGAUUGAGCACAAGAAAGAAGGAACAGAAGAAUGGGUUAAGGACACACCUUCAUCUCCACUUAGGAUCACAGAGUUUGUCGUUCCUGGGCUGGAGACUGGUUCAAAAUACCACUUCAGAAUUAGUGCUGUGAAUGCUAAAGGAGCUGGUGAACCAGCUGAAACUCAGGAACUGGUUGAGAUAGUGGAGCGUGCAGCUGAGCCUGAUUUGGAGCUAGACAUUGAGCUGAGGAGAACCCUUGUUGUCAGGGCUGGCUGUUCUAUUCGCCUCUUUGUGCCAAUCAAGGGACGUCCUACACCCACAGUCACCUGGACCAAGGAAGAUGGUCCUGUUCCACGUGCUGUCAUUGACAGUACUGAGUCAUUUACAAUGCUGAUCAUCCCUGAGAGUUCAAGGAAUGAUGCGGGUAAAUAUGAGCUUACCCUUGAAAACUCAUCUGGAAAGAAGAGUGCCCCUAUCAACGUGAGAGUUCUAGAUUCACCUGGACCUCCACUUAACUUAAAACCAGUCAAGAUUAACAAAGAUAGCAUUUCUCUUAAGUGGGAGAUGCCUCUCAUUGAUGGUGGAGCCAAGAUCACAAACUACAUCAUUGAGAAGAGAGAAUCAACUCGCAAGGCUUUUGCUACUGUUGUUAAAAAUUGCUUGACAACUUCAGCCACAAUCUCUGACCUGGGUGAAGGCUGUGAGUACUACUUCAGAGUAUCUGCUGAGAAUGAGUAUGGCAUUGGUGAGGCAGUUGAAACCACUGAUCCAAUACGUGCAUCCCAGGCGCCAACUCCUCCAGAGAGUAUUAUUCCUACUGAUAUCACUAAGAACUCUGUGAGCCUGGCUUGGACCAAACCCAAACAUGAUGGUGGAAGCAGAAUUACUGGAUAUGUCCUUGAAGCCCAGAAGAAGGGAACAGAUCAGUGGGCCCACGUAACAACAGUCAAGACCAUGGAUUUCACAGUGAAGAAUCUUAAUGAGAAUGAGGAGUACAUUUUCCGUGUCAUGGCUGUCAACCACUCAGGUAGAAGUGCUCCACGUGAGAGUAAAGCCAUUGCUGUCAAGGAUUCGACUUUCUUGCCUGAGUUUGACCUGCGUGGUGUUUGCCAGAAGACUGUUAUUGCCAAGGCAGGAGAUGACAUCAAAGUUGAAAUUCCAGUUAUGGGACGACCUAGACCUACUAUGUCUUGGCAGAAGGAUGGCGCAGCCCUGAAGCUCACACAAAGAACCAAUGUGGAAACCACUGCAGCUACUGCUAUCCUUAGUAUCAAUGAAUGCAUCCGAGCAGACAGUGGUGUAUAUACCAUGACAGGAAAGAAUAUUGUUGGUUCUGUGACAGACAACAUCACUGUCAAAAUACAUGAUGUUCCUGGGCCACCAAAAGGACCAAUUAAGAUUGUGGAGAUAUCUCGUACCUAUUGCACCUUUGCAUGGGACACUCCUGAGAAUGAUGGAGGUGUUCCUAUCAACAAUUAUGUGAUUGAGAUCAGAGACACCACUACCCAGGCAUGGAUAGAGCUGUCUUCCACUAUCAUCCGUACCAUGUUCAAAGCCAUUCGUUUAACCACUGGAUCAGAGUAUCAGUUCAGAGUAAAGGCUAAGAAUAGAUAUGGUGUUGGACCCCCCAUCACCUCAGAGGCAGUGGUAGCUGCCUAUCCUUUCAAAGCCCCUGGACCCCCUGGUACUCCUAAUGUUGUUGCAUUCACCAAGGACUCAAUCACAAUUGGCUGGAAUGAACCAGUGUCUGACGGUGGAAAUGAAGUCAUUGGAUAUCAUGUUGAGAGGAAAGAAAGAAACAGCAUCAUGUGGACUAAGAUCAGCAAGAGUAUUGUGAAAGGAAAUAUCUUCAAAUCCAGCGGGCUGGAAGAUGGAAUUGCCUAUGAAUUCCGUGUCAUGGCUGAAAACCUGGCUGGAAUUGGUAAACCUAGCAAAGCCUCAGAAGCAAUACUGGCCUUGGACCCUGUAGACCCACCAGGUCAGCCCAUGCCCAUAUUUGUCAACAACAAUGUCAUCACUAUUGAGUGGACAAAGCCUGAGUAUGACGGUGGCUUCAAAAUUACUGGCUACACAGUGGAGAAGAGAGAACUUCCUGCUGGUCGCUGGAUCAGAGCCAACUUUACAAACAUCAUUGAGACAACAUUCACUGUCAGUGGGUUGACUCAAGAUGCCUCCUAUGAGUUCCGUGUCAUAGCCAGAAACUCAGCAGGUUCAGUCAGUGUGCCUUCCGACCCCUCUGACCCAAUUAUCUGCAAAGAUGACAUUAUUGAGCCACGCAUCAGGGUUGAUGCCAUCUUUAAGGAUGUUGUUAUGCUUAAGGCAGGGGAGUCUUUCAAGCUUGGUGCUGACAUCUCUGGUCAACCAACCCCAUCCAUGGUUUGGACCAAGAAUGGAAAAGAGGUUGAGAAUACAAUGAAACUAAACGUUAAGUUCACUGAACUGACCACCACACUGACCAACAAGGACUCUGUCAGAUCAGAUGGAGGAGAAUUUGUUUUGACUGCCACUAAUGUUGGUGGAUUUUCAAAGCACAUCUUUAAAGUUAGAGUACUUGACAGACCUGGACCACCAGUUGGGCCUCUUAAGGUAUCUGAUGUCACAGCUGACAAUUGUGUUCUGACAUGGGCCCCACCUGAAGAUGAUGGUGGUGCCACAAUUGAAGGAUAUAUUAUUGAGAAGCGCGAGUCAAGCAGACUGGCUUGGACCAAUGUGGCUUCAGAUGUGCAGGUUACACAACAAAAGGUGACCAAGCUGCUCAAAGGAAAUGAAUAUAUCUUCAGAGUUAUGGCAGUAAACAAAUAUGGCCAUGGUGAGCCCCUUGAUUCAGAACCUACCAUUGCAGACAACCCAUAUGUGGUUCCUGAUCCUCCACAGUCUCCUGAGGUGACAGCUGUCACUAAAGAUUCAAUGAUUGUCAUGUGGCAAGCACCUAAUAGUGAUGGUGGAACCCCCAUCACCAACUACAAUAUUGAAAGAAAAGACAAAAUUGGCCUCCGUUGGGUCAAAUGCAACAAGAGGAAAGUAAAAGAUCUUCAGUUCAAGGCAGCAGGUCUUGUCGCUGGACAUGAAUAUGAAUUCAGAAUAAAUGCUGAAAAUGCUGCUGGAUUGAGUGCACCAAGUGUCCCCACUCCAUUCUACAAGGCUUCUGAUGCAUUGUACAAGCCAGGGCCUCCAUGCAACCCAAGAGUCUUGGACACUACCAAGUCUUCAAUUACUAUUGCUUGGAACAAACCUAUGUACGAUGGUGGCUCUGAUAUCACUGGCUACAUUGUGGAGACCUGCAUCCCAUCUGAAAAGGAAGAGGACGAGGAGUGGACCAUUGUGACACCCAAACAAGGGCUCCUUGCCACCUCAUUCACUAUCAUCAACCUAAAGGAGAACCAGGAGUACAAGAUUAACAUCAGUGCUGUCAAUGGUGAAGGAAUCGGAGAGGCAGCAUCUGUACCUGGUAAUCCCAAGGCAGAGGACAGGCUCCUACCACCUGAGAUAGAUUUGGAUGCUGAGCUCCUCAAAGUUAUUAGCCUAAGAGCUUGCUGCUCACUUAGACUAUUUGUGCCUAUCAAAGGCAGACCGACUCCUCAGGCUAAAUGGACCAAAGAGGAUGGUGAGCGCGUUGAGAGGGCGACCAUUGACAGCACAUCAUCAUACACAUCACUUGUAAUUGAAAAUGUCAACAGGUUUGACAGUGGAAAAUAUAACCUUACAGUUGAAAACAGCUCAGGCUCCAAGACAGUCACAGUUCAAGUCAGAGUGCUUGACACACCAAGUGCCCCACAGAAUCUGAAGAUUUCUGCUGUAACAAAGGAAUCUGUCUCUCUGACCUGGGAUCCACCAGUGAAUGAUGGAGGAGUUAAAAUUAAGAACUACAUUGUUGAAAAGCGAGAGUCCACAAGGAAAGCAUAUGCCACUGUUAGUUCUAUGUGCCAUCACACCAACUUUACAGUUGACCAACUCCUUGAAGGAUGCAACUAUUACUUCAGAGUGUUAGCUGAGAACGAAUAUGGCAUUGGCCUACCCAUUGAGACUGGUGAAUCAGUUAAAGUGUCUGAGAAACCACAGCCACCUGGCAAAGUCACUCUUAAGGAUGUAACAAAAAACAGUGUCACCCUCUGCUGGGAGAAGCCAGAGCAUGAUGGUGGUAGCAGAGUGGGCUGUUAUGUUGUUGAAGUCCAGCCCAAAGGUGUUGAUAAGUGGACCCAAGCUGUGAUUGUGAAAGAAACAGAAGCUACUAUUAGUGGGCUCAAUGCAGGCGAAGAAUACAUGUUCCGUGUAGCAGCGAGAAAUGAGAAGGGAACAAGUGACCCACGUCAAAUUGGUGUGCCUGUGAUUGUUAAAGAUCUUGUGAUUGCACCAGUUGCCAAAAUGCUGUUCAACACAUUCAGUGUGUUGGCAGGGGAAGACCUAACAGUAGAGGUCCCAUACGUUGCACGUCCCAAAGCAGCUGUCUCCUGGGUAAAGGAUGGUCAGCCUAUGAAGAGAACUACCAGAGUAAACUUUGGAGCAACAGAAACAUUGCUGAAGCUCACCAUAAAAGAGGCUUCCAAAGAUGAUGUUGGACACUAUCAUAUUACUCUCAGCAACACAGCAGGAGAGACAACAGUAGACAUUGGCAUUGUUGUUCUUGACAAACCUGGCCAACCAGGUGGUCCAGUGAAGGUGGAGAAAGUCACUUCUGACAGUGUAACCAUCUCCUGGAAUCCACCAGAGUAUAACGGUGGAUGCACAAUCAAACACUACAUUGUGGAGAAGAGAGACACAUCCACAACUAACUGGAUGGUUGUUUCUCCUAACCUUGCAAGGACUAAAAUCAAGGCAGGCAGGUUGAAGACUGGCUCUGAGUAUCAGUUUAAAAUCACAGCAGAAAACAGAUAUGGAAAAGGGCCAGCUCUUCAAUCGGAGUGUAUUACAGCUCAGUAUCCAUACAAGCUCCCAGGACCUCCAGGAACACCCUCCAUUGCAGCCAGCACCAAGGACAGCAUGGUGGUAGUAUGGAAUGAACCUGUGAAUGAUGGUGGAAGCACUAUCUUGGGCUACCAUCUUGACCGCAAAGAAAGAAAUAGCAUCCUCUGGGUCAAAUUGAACAAGUCUCUUAUUACUGACCAAACCUUCAAGACCACAGGCCUAGAACCAGGAAUGGAGUAUGAAUACAGAGUUUAUGCUGAAAACAUUGUUGGAAUAGGCAAAGUGAGCAAAGUGUCUGAAGGCCACAUUGCUAGAGAUCCUUGUGAUCCUCCUGGCACCCCUGAGGCAACAAAGAUUACUAAGGACUCUGUGACCAUCAUUUGGACCAAGCCUGAGUAUGAUGGUGGUGCCAAGGUUACAGGCUAUAUUGUGGAAAAGAAGGAGCUGCCCGAAGGUCGUUGGCUGAAGGCUAACUUCACUAAUGUCAUAGAGACAGAAUAUGUUGCAACAGGCCUUGUGCAGGACAAUCAGUAUGAGUUCCGUGUCAUUGCCAGAAAUGCUGCUGGUGUUUUCAGUCUCCAUUCUUACAGCACUGGUCCUAUUACUGCCAAGGACGAGAUUGAGCCACCACGCCUCAGUAUUGACCCACAAUACACACAGACUAUUAUGAUUAAUGCUGGAGAAAACUUCAAGAUUGAUGGAGAUGUUCACGGCAAACCAUUGCCCUCUAUCCACUGGAUGAAGGGAGAGCAGGAACUGGGAAACACUAUUCAUAGAGAAAUUAAGAACACAGACACCAAAGCUUGUAUCACUGUAAAGGAAGCUAAACUUUCCGAUGGAGGCCAAUACACUCUGCUGUUAAAAAAUCCUGGAGGAGAGAAGGCCGUGGAGAUCAAUGUUGUUGUUCUGGAUAAACCUGGAGAACCACUUGGACCACUCUUUGUAACAGGAAUCACAAAAGACCAAUGCUGCCUUGCAUGGAAAGCACCUCUACAAGAUGGUGGCAGCAAGAUCUCUCACUACAUUGUGGAGAGGAGAGAGUCAAGCAGAUUAGUAUGGACUGUUGUUAACCCAAAAGUUGAGAAUAUUUGUCUAAAGGUUACUAAGCUCUUGGAAGGAAAUGAGUACAUUUUCAGAGUCCAUGCUGUCAACCAGUUUGGUGUGGGUGCAUCACUUGAGUCUGCUGCUGUGAUGAUCAAAGAUCCAUACAUGACCCCUGGAUCACCCAAGGGCUUAGAGAUUUCAGAUAUUAAAAAGGAUUCCAUGGUGAUCACCUGGGAGGCUCCCUCUGAAGAUGGAGGCAGUCCUAUCACUCAAUAUAUCAUUGAGAAACAUGACAAAGAUGGCAUAAAAUGGACCAGAUGCAACAGGAAAGCAGUCACUGAUUUGACUUUCAAGAUCACUGGACUCCUGGAAAGCCGUAGUUAUGAAUUCAGAGUUGCAGCUGAGAAUGCUGUUGGUGUUGGAGAACCAAGCCCCCCAACUGUAUUCUACAAAGCUCUUGAUCCUAUCUUUAAGCCUGGCCCACCACAGAAUCCAAAAGUUACUGACACAACAAAAACUUCAGUAUUCCUGUCAUGGGGCAAGCCAGUCUGUGACGGUGGCUGUGAAGUUCAGGGAUACAUUGUUGAGUGCUGCACUACCACAGAGUCACAAUGGAUAAUGUGCACACCACCAACUGGUGUCAAGAAGACCAAGUUUGAAGUUGUAAACCUGAAGGAAAACCAGGCGUACAAGUUUAGAGUAUGUGCUAUCAACAAGGUUGGCAUUGGUGAGAAUGCUGAUGUUUCUGGAGUCAUUGUCACCCAUGACAGAACUGAAGAGCCAGAUCUUGACAUUGACCCAGAGCUGAGAAAGAUUGUGACCAUUAAAGCUGGAGCUUCACUUAGACUGUUUAUUCCAAUUAAAGGAAGGCCCACUCCUACCAUCAAGUGGGACAAAGAUGAUGUUGCACUGAAAGAGACUGCUCAGAUCGAGGUAACCAGUAGUUUCACAGCCCUUGUAAUUGACAAGAUGAGCAGAAAUGAUAGUGGAAAAUACACUGUCACUGCAGAGAACUCAAGUGGAACCAAAUCUGCAUUUGUUGUUGUCCGUGUUCUUGACACACCCAGUGCUCCUGUUAACAUGAAAGUAAAAGAAAUAACAAACCAGACAGUGACACUGGCAUGGGAACCACCUCUGUUAGAUGGUGGGUCGAAGAUCAAGAACUACAUUGUGGAGAAGAGAGAGAGCACACGCAAAACAUAUGCAGCUGUGGUAACAAAUUGCCAUACUCUUUCUUGGAAGAUAGAACCACUCCAGGAGGGCUGCAGUUACUAUUUCCGAGUCCUUGCUGAAAAUGCUCAUGGUGUUGGCCUGCCUGCAAUAACUGUCAACCCUCUAAAGGUGUCAGAGGUGCCCCAGGCCCCCAAGAACUUGAUUGUCACAGACCAAACUAAGACAAGUAUCUCUUUGGCAUGGGAGAAGCCAGAGUUUGAUGGUGGUAGUAGAGUCAUGCAGUACCUGCUUGAGAUGCAGGUUAAAGGCCAGGACAAGUGGUCUGGUGUUAACACAUAUAAGACAAUGGAGACUACUGUUACUAAACUGAACCCAGGAGAAGAGUAUCUAUUCAGAGUUACAGCAAUGAAUGAUAAGGGUAAGAGCGACCCCAAAGUCCUUGCUGGCCCAGUCAUGACCAAGGACUUAGUCUUUGAGCCAGAUGUUCGACCAGCUUUCAGCAACUACAGUGUACAUGUGGGCAAAGACUUGAAUGUUGUUAUUCCCAUCUUUGGACGUCCUAAACCAUCUGUAUCAUGGACAAAAGAUGGUGCUCUUUUGAAGUUCACUACCAGAGUCAACAUUUCCAAUACACUAACACAUACAACACUGUGCAUUAAGGAGGCAGCAGGUGAAGAUGGUGGCAUGUACAGUAUAAAUGUAGCCAACUCAGCUGGAAAGAAGGACACAACAGUUGAAAUUAUUGUACUUGAAAAACCUGGGCCCCCAUCUGGCCCAGUGAGGUUUGACGAAAUCACAACACAGAGUGUAACUAUUUCAUGGGACCCACCAAAACACAACGGUGGUUGCCAGAUUUCAAACUACAUUGUGCAAAAGAGAGAUACUACAACACCAACCUGGGAGAAUGUCAGCAUUAAUUGUGCCAGAACCAGCAUAAAAGUGCAUAGGCUGAAGACUGGAGCUGAGUACCAAUUCAGGAUCAUUGCUCAGAACCGCUACGGCAAGAGUCAUGGUCUGGAUUCAUCUGCUGUGGUCGCUCAGUACCCAUACAAAGAGCCCGGGCCACCAGGCACUCCUUUCAUUUCUUCUCUCUCUAGAGAUCACCAGAUUGUUGACUGGCACGAGCCUGUCUCCGAUGGAGGCAGCCCUGUUCUUGGCUACCAUCUUGAAAGGAAAGAGAGGAAUAGUAUUCUCUGGGUCAAGAUUAACAAGAUGCUUAUUCACGAUACUAAUUUCAGGAGUCACCCCCUGGAAGAAGGUGUUGAAUAUGAAUACAGGGUUUAUGCUGAAAAUAUUGUUGGCAUCGGCAGGUGCAGUAAGAUCUCAGAGGGCUGCAGUGCCCGUGACCCAUGCGAUCCUCCUGGCACACCAGAGGCUAUCCACGUGACAAAAGAUACCAUUGUCAUUCAGUGGACUAAACCUGAAUAUGAUGGUGGCAGUAACAUAACUGGCUACCUUGUGGAGAAGCGUGAUCUGCCAGAGGGCCGAUGGAUAAGGGCUAACUUCACUAAUGUGAUUGAGACCCAGUUCACUGUCACCGGUUUGACUGAAAAUGACCAGUAUGACUUUAGAGUCAUUGCUAAAAAUGCUGUUGGCACCAUUAGCAAGCCAUCUUACAACAGUGGACCAAUCAUUGCAAGUGAUCAGAUGGAAGCACCCAAAUUCUCCAUAGACCCUGCAUUCACCAAGACCAUUGUCAUCAAUGCUGGAGAGACAUUCAAGCUAGACGCAGAUGUCCGUGGCAAGCCACUUCCUACUAUCCAGUGGUUCAAGGAUGAACAUCCAGUUGAGAAUACACUCAGACUUCUGAUCAAAAACUCAGAAAACUGUGCAAUGAUUGUCAUUAAGGACUCUGUCAGAAUAGAUGGUGGAACUUACACACUCCAGCUUACAAAUGGUGCUGGCACUGAAACUGUUCCAUUCAAGGUUGUGGUACUGGACAGGCCUAGCGCAUGUGAAGGACCUCUUCAUGUAACUGGGGUUUCCGAGAAUAGAUGCACACUGGCAUGGCGUGCUCCUCUACAUGAUGGAGGUAGUGCCAUUACACGCUAUAUCAUUGAAAGACGAGAGACCAGCCGUCUAGCUUGGACUGUUGUUAAUAACAACUGUGACACCACAUGCUACAAAGUCACCAAAUUGCUGGAAGGCAAUGAGUAUGUGUUCCGAGUCAUGGCAGCUAACAGUUAUGGUGUCAGUGAGCCACUCGAGUCUGGCGGAGUGAUCAUGAAGACUCCAUUUGUUCCUCCUGGUCCACCUCACAUUGAUGAUGUAUCCAACAUUGCCCGUGAUGGCAUGACCAUCACUUGGUCUGCCCCCGACAGUGAUGGUGGCAGUGAAAUCACCAAUUACAUAAUUGAAAAGAAGGAUAGAAAUGGAAUUAAAUGGACCAGAUGCAACAGGCAGAAGGUAACUGACCUUUCCUUUAGAGUUACAGGCCUAACGACUGGCCAUGAGUAUGAGUUUAGAGUGGCUGCUGAGAAUGUAGUUGGCGUGGGAGAGCCAAGCCUUCCAAGUUCAUUCUACAGGGCCUGUGAUCCUAAGUACAAACCUGGUUCCCCAGCACAUGUGCAUGUAAUUGACUCCACAAAGAGUUCUAUUACAGUUUCAUGGGGUAAGCCUCUAUUUGAUGGUGGCAGCACCAUUCAAGGAUACAUUGUUGAAGUCUGCAAGGCUGAAGAGGAGGAAUGGAUCAUGGUAACUCCCCCCACUGGCCUGCGUGUCAACAAAUAUGAAAUUACCAAACUUACCGAGGGUCAGGAGUACAAGAUCCAGGUGUGUGCUCUGAACAAACUGGGAGUUGGUGAGCCAGCUGCUCUCUCUGGAACAGCUAAACCAGAAGAAAGAGUGGAACCACCAGAGAUCCACUUGGAUUCUGAGCUGAGAAAGGGUAUCAUUGUGAAGGCUGGAGGGUCUGUUAGAAUCCAUAUUCCAUUCAAGGGUAGGCCAAUUCCUGAGAUUAAAUGGACUAAAGAUGAGGGAGACCUGAUUGAAAAGGCACUGGUUGAGAAAGCACAUAACUUCACGGAGCUGUCCAUUGACUCAUGUGACAGGAGCAACUCAGGAAAAUACACUCUGAGCCUAACCAACAGCAGUGGGUCUGUGUCAGAGUUUGUUGCUGUUAAAGUUCUGGAUACACCUGGGGCCCCACAAAACCUUGUGGUUAAAGAUGUCAAAAAGGACUCUGUCACUCUUGUAUGGGAUGCACCACUGAUUGAUGGAGGUUCCAAAAUUAAGAACUAUGUUAUUGACAAACGUGAAUCAACCCGAAAGGUAUAUGCAAAUGUGUCUACCAAAUGCACCAAGACAACAUUCAAAGUAGAGAACCUUAUUGAGGGUGCUAUGUACUACUUCAAAGUCAUGGCUGAGAAUGAAUAUGGAGUUGGUCAGGGUGUUGAAACAAAGACAGCUUCCAAGGCCUCUGAGGUCCCUCUUCCUGUUGGAAAAGUCUUCCUCACUGAUGUCACUAAGACCACUGCCUCACUGGCUUGGGAGAAACCUGAGCAUGAUGGAGGCAGCAGAAUUGCUGGCUACCUGAUUGAGAUGCAGCCCAAGGGCACAGAUAAGUGGGGAGUUGCAACAAAUACAAAGACAUGUGAGGGCACUGUCACAGGCCUCACAAGUGGAACAGAAUACCUUUUCCGUAUCGUUGCUCACAAUGAGAAGGGAAAGAGUGAGCCAAAGGCACUUGCUGCACCUGUUAUUGCCAGUGAGAUGAGCAUAGAGCCAAGUAUAAAGAUGCAAUUCAACACUUAUAGUGUAUUAGCUGGAAAGGAUCUUAAAUUGGAAUUCCCUGUGCAUGGCAGGCCCAAACCGAGAGUCACCUGGACCAAGGAUGGUCAGGCUCUGAAGGUGACAUCCAGAAUCAAUGUGUUAAACACUAAAACAACAACUGGAAUUCAGAUUACUGAGGCAUGCAAAGAGGACUUAGGCAAAUACAGCAUUACAGCAACCAGUACUGCUGGCACAACCACUGAGGAGGUGGGUGUCAUUAUUCUUGAUAAACCUGGUCCAUCAACAGGUCCAAUUAAGGUUGUUGAAGUGAGCAAUACCUUUGUCCAUCUCUCUUGGGAGCCCCCAGUGUACACAGGUGGAUGCCAGGUAAAGAACUACAUAGUGGAAAAAAGAGACACCACCACCCAAACAUGGCAAUCAGUCACCACACAACUUGCCAGAACAGCUUUCAAAGUCACCAAGCUGAAGACUGGUGCAGAAUACCAGUUCAGAAUCAUCGCUGAAAACAGAUAUGGAAAGGGUGCGCCUCUGGAUUCCAAGGCCAUUACUGUUCAGUAUCCAUACAAACCACCAGGGCCUCCUGGAACACCAAAUAUCAAAUCUGCAACAAAGGAGAUGAUGAUCAUUCAAUGGAAUGAGCCAGUUAAUGAUGGUGGAAGUCCAGUAAUUGGCUACCACCUGGAAAGCAAAGAGAGAAGCAGCAUCCUGUGGAUCAAACUGAACAAGACUCUCAUCACUGAUACAGAGUUCAAGACCUGCAAUCUUGAGGAGGGUAUUGGAUACGAAUUUAGAGUGUAUGCUGAGAAUAUUGUUGGAAUUGGCAGAUGCAGUAAAGUGUCAGAGUCCUAUGUUGCUCGUGACCCAUGUGAUCCCCCUGGUGCUCCUGAAGCUGUAACUAUUACUAAGAACCUAAUUAAGAUUCAGUGGACCAAGCCUCAGUAUGAUGGUGGCAGCAAGGUAAAUGGCUAUAUUGUGGAGAGGAAAGAUCUUUCCUCCCCUGAGGGGCGUUGGGUAAGAAAUAAUUUCACUAAUAUAAUUGAGACUGAAUAUUCCAUCACUGGUCUGACAGAGAAUGAACAAUAUGAAUUCAGAGUUAUUGCUAGAAAUGUAGCUGGAGUCUUCAGUGAUCCAUCUGACAGCUCAGGACCUAUUACGGCUACUGAUGAAAUUGAACCACCAAGGGCCUCAAUGGAUCCCAAAUACAAGGAUGUCAUUGUUGUCAGUGCUGGGGAAAACUUGCUUCUUUAUGCAGACAUCCAUGGCAAACCAGUUCCAGAUGUUGUCUGGCUAAAGGAGGGCAAGCAAAUGGAUAAAGCCCUGCGCAUUGAAGUGAAAACUACUCACAAACAUGCGUCCAUGAACAUUAAGGAUGUAACCAAGCUUGACAGUGGCCACUAUGACCUUGUCCUGAAAAAUCUGGGUGGUACAAAAAUGUUCCCCAUCACUGUAAAAGUCCUUGACAAACCAGGUAAACCUACUGGACCCAUGAAGGUGACAGGUGUUAUGUCUGACAGGUGCACCCUUUCCUGGGCUGAGCCAGCUCUAGAUGGUGGGGCUAGCAUCACUCACUAUAUUUUGGAGAAGAGAGAAACUAGCAGAUUGUCCUGGAUGGUGGCUGCACCCAAUAUCAAGGGUCUGUUCUUUAAAUUAACAAACUUGCUCCCUGGAAAUGAAUAUAUUUUCAGAGUAAGGGCUGUCAACAAGUAUGGUGUUGGCGAUUAUCUCGAGAGUGAACCUAUCAUUGCACGCAAUCCUUAUAAGCCACCUAGUGCUCCCGGAACUCCAGAGGCAAGUCAGAUCAGAAAGGACUCUAUGGUUUUGUCAUGGACUGUUCCAGAACAGACGGGUGGAGCUGAUAUUGAAGGCUACCACCUUGAAAAACGCGACAAAGAUGGUGUGAGAUGGACAAAGUGUAACAGACAAAAACUGACUGAAACCCACUUCAAGGUCACUGGUCUGAUGACGGAUCACUUCUAUGAGUUCCGUGUUUCUGCUGAGAACGAGGCUGGAAUGGGAGACCUCAGUGAAUUAUCCCUGUUCUACAGAGCAUGUGAUGCCACAACACCACCUGGACCUCCUCACCAUCCUAAGGUGGCAGACUACACAAAGUCUACUGUGUCUCUAACCUGGGGCAAACCUGACUUUGAUGGUGGUGCCUACAUUAAGGGCUACAUUGUUGAAAUGAGGGAGUCAGUUGAAAAGGAAUGGGCCAUGUGCACUCCACCCACUGGCAUUCAAGCUACUAAACUCACUAUUACAGACCUGAAGGAGGGUGAAGAGUAUCAGUUCCGUGUCUGUGCCAUUAACUCUGAGGGAGUGGGAGAGGCUGCUAAUGUGCAUGGCACUGUAGUCACGUCUGACAGGUUGGAAGCACCCGAGAUCGAGCUGGAUGCUGAUCUCAGAAAGGUGGUAUCAGUCCGUGCUGGUGGAACUCUGCGUUUGUUUGUCACCAUCAGAGGACGGCCUGAACCUACUGUGAAAUGGGAGAAGGUUGAGGGUGAACUUACAGAGCGUGCUGCUACUGACACUACCAGUUCAUACACUAUGCUGGUCAUUGACAAUGUUAACCGCUUUGACAGCGGCAAAUACUCACUGACAUUGGAAAACGGCAGUGGUACAAAAUCUGCCAUUGUUGCAGUGAGAAUUCUGGAUACACCAAGUGCACCACAAAACUUUGCUGUGAAGGAACUCAAGAAGGACUCAGUGACCCUUGCCUGGGACACUCCACUCACAGAUGGUGGUUCCAAAAUCACAAACUACAUUUUGGAGAAGAGAGAGUCUGUCAGGAAGGCCUUUACUACUGUAACCAGCAACUGCACAGCUAACUCAUUCAAGAUUGAGGAGCUACCUGAGGGUGGCACCUUCUAUUUCAGAGUAUGUGCUGUUAAUGUAUAUGGCCAAGGACAGAUGGUAGAAACUAAAGAAAUCAAAAUAUCUGAGGUACCUCCGCCACCAAGCAAGGUUACCGUUGUGGAUGUGACAAAGACCAGUGUGUCACUGGUAUGGGUAAAACCUGCUCAUGAUGGUGGAAGUAAAAUAAUGUGCUACAAUGUAGAAUUUAAGACAAAGACUGGUGAUAAAUGGGGAACAGCAUGCACAGUCAAGGUGCCUGAGGCAACUGUUCCUAAUCUGACUCCUAAUGAAACAUAUUUAUUCAGAGUUGUUGCAAUCAAUGAGAAGGGAAAGAGUGAGCCAAAAGAUCUUGGCUUGCCUGUGGUUGCAAAGGAUACUGCAAUUGAGCCAUCUGUCCACUUACUGUUCAACACAUACAGUGUGAAGGCUGGAGAUGACCUCACUCUUGAAGUCCAAGUAAGAGGCAGGCCUAAGCCUGUUGUGUCCUGGAAGAAGGAUGCUCUUCCUUUGAAACAAACGUCAUCAGUGACCAUCUUAAACACUGCAACCUCAUCCAAAAUUAUAAUCAAAGAAGCUAAGAGAGAGCAUGUUGGCAAUUAUGAGAUCACUCUGGCCAACACAGCAGGAAAAGUCACUUCACAAAUUGGAGUUGUUGUCCUUGAUAAACCAAGUCCACCUAACAGCAUUAAGGUGGAUGCUGUGACCUCAGACAGCAUCACACUGUCCUGGUCUCCACCAGACUAUGAUGGUGGCUGCUCCAUCAGUAACUAUAUUGUGGAGAAGCGAGACACAAACACACAAGAAUGGCAGAUGGUAGCAAGCAAUGUUGCCAGAACAUCUUUCAAGGCUGGCCGUCUGACACAUGGAGCAGAGUACCAAUUCCGUAUCUAUGCAGUUAACCGUUAUGGAAAGAGUACACAUCUGGAUUCACCUGGAAUUACCGCUCAGUACAACUUUAAACAACCUGGACCUCCUUCCACACCUAUAGUGAAGUUGGCCACCAAGUCUUACAUGUUGGUGACUUGGAAUGAGCCAGUCAAUGAUGGUGGUAGUCCUGUUCUGGGUUACCAUCUGGAGAGGAAGGAACGUGCUAGCAUUCUUUGGACAAAGAUGAACAGAGCAAUGAUAAAAGAUACUGAAUACAAAGUCGUUGGAAUUGAAGAGGGUAUGAUGUAUGAAUACCGUCUCUAUGCUGAAAAUAUUGCUGGCAUCGGUAAAUGCAGCAAAGCCUGUGAAGCUGUAGCAGCCAGAGAUCCAUGUGAUCCCCCAGGCACACCUGUAGUCACUGCUGUUACCAGAACAUCUGUCUCCUUGUCCUGGGGUAAACCAGAGUAUGAUGGUGGAGCCAAGGUUUCUGGCUACAUCAUCGAAUUCAGAGACCUUCCUGAAGGACGCUGGACAAGGUGCAACUUCACCAAUGUAGCUGAGACCCACUAUAAUGUGACAAGUCUUACAGAGAACAACCAGUAUGACUUCCGUGUUAUUGCAAAGAAUGCAGCAGGAUUGUUCAGUGAACCAUCUGACAAUACUGGCCCCAUCACUGUGAAAGAUGAUGUGGAUCCACCACGCAUCAUGAUGGAUGUCAAGUUCAGAGAGACUGUGAGUGUGAAAGCAGGAGAAACUCUGAAGAUUAAUGCUGACUUCGCUGGACGCCCUGCUCCUGUCAUUUCCUGGACCAAGGAUGGUAAGGAGAUCGAGCGCAGAGCCAGAAUCCAGAUUGUUUCAACAGAUACCAGCACCGCCGUCACUGUGAAGGAUUGCAUCAGAAGUGAUUCUGGACAGUAUGCUCUGACUCUACAGAAUAUUGCCGGAACAGUUACCAUCCCAAUUAACUGUGUGAUUCUGGAUAAGCCAGGGCCCUCUGCAGGACCUCUGCAAAUCACAGGUCUCACAGCUGAGGCUUGCACUCUGUCAUGGGGACCACCACAGGAGAUUGGUGGUGCUGACAUCACACAUUAUGUUGUUGAGAAGCGUGACACCAGCCGCUUGGCAUGGACACUAGUGAGAACAGGCAUUACAACAACAUACUUCAAGGUCAUAGGACUACUUAAGGGAGAUGAAUAUAUCUUCAGGGUUUUGGCUGUCAACAAGUUUGGAGUUGGUGAGGCCCUGGACAGUGAUGCUAUAAAAGUUACAGAUCCAUACACUUUUGCCACAGCUCCCACUAGUGUUGAUGUCACUGACCAAACUGGAGAGUCAAUGACCCUUACCUGGUGCAAGCCAGCCAGUGAUGGAGGCAGUCCCAUAACGGGAUAUGUGAUUGAGCGCCGUGAAAAGACAGGUAUGCAUUGGGUACGAGUGAACAGAGAUCCAGUUGUUGAAUGCACCACUCUAGCAACAAAACUACGCAAGGGUUGUGAGUAUGACUUCAGAGUCUAUGCUGAAAAUGCUGCUGGUCUUAGUCCUCCAAGUGAACCAUCUGCAUCAUUUAGAACAAUGGAUCCUCUGGUUGUUCCUUCUUGCCCAACUAAACCAAAGAUUGUCAAUUCAACUACAGACAGUGUUACCAUAGUCUGGAAACCACCCACAGAUGAUGGUGGUGCUCCUAUCCUUGGAUAUAGUGUGGAAUACAGAGACUACAUCUACAAACCAGAACCAGAAUGGGUGGAGGCUGUUCCUCUUACCAAGAGCUUGGAGUUCACAAUCAUUGGACUAAAGACAGAUGCAGAAUAUGAAUUCUGUGUCAAGGCAAUAAAUAAAGUUGGACACAGUGUACGUAGCACAUAUUCGGAUGCAGGUUUUGCCAUGGACAGAACUUCAGAACCAUCAUUUGAUGUUGACAUUGAGCUGCGCAAAGUACUUGUUGUCAAACAUGGCACAGCAUUUACACUCAAUGUACCAUUCAAGGGCAAACCUGUUCCAUCAGUGGCAUGGGCCAAAGAGGACAUUGAUCUAAAGGUUAGGGGAAUGAUUGAAUCGACAGAAUCCAGCACUAAACUGACAAUUGAUAAGUCAACUAGAAAUGAUUCUGGAGAAUAUUGCGUAACUAUUGAAUCACCUUUGGGAAAAGCAACAUUACCCAUGGUCGUCAAGGUGCUCGACUCUCCUGGACCCCCUGUCAAUGUUAAAGUUUCAGCUGUGACCAGGGAUUCUGCAACCCUUACUUGGGAAGCUCCUGAGAAUGAUGGUGGUGAUGCAAUGAAGGCUUACCACGUUGAAAAGCGUGAGGCCAGUAUGAAGGCCUGGGUGACUGUGACCAGCAACUGCCAUGCACUAACUUACAAGGUAGAAAACUUGCAGGAAGGAGCCAUGUAUUACUUCAGAGUCAUUGGAGAAAAUGAGCAAGGUGUGGGCGUCCCUCAAGAAGCCAAGAAUGCCACAAAGAUUACAGAGGUACCAAGUCCACCCAUGAAAUUUGGAGUUGCAAAUGUUACUAAGGACAGCGUUACAAUUGCCUGGACAAGACCAGAAUAUGAUGGUGGAAGCAGAGUCAAGGGUUAUGUUAUUGAUGCCAUUGAGAAGGGACAGACCAAAUGGGUGAAGUGUGCCACUGUGAGAACCACGAAUCACACCAUAAAGAGCCUGAGGGAGGGUGCAGAAUACUUCUUCAGAGUCCGCGCUGAGAACCAUGCUGGACUAAGUGAAGCAAAGGAGAUGAUUGUACCUGUUAUCGUCAAAGAAAUACACGAGGCUCCAGAGUUUGAUCUGAAGAACUACCCCAAGAAUACAGUUUAUGUGAGAGCAGGAUCCAACCUGACCUUUGAGAUUCCUCUCACUGGCAGGCCUAUGCCUAAAGUGACUAUGUCCAAGAAUAAUGUUGUCAUCAAGGGAUCCAAGAGGCUGCUGACUGAAGUAACACCAGACACCUUAAUCAUCACCCUGAAUGAAAGCAUGGCAAGCGAUGCCGGCAAAUAUGAAAUCACUGCCUCAAAUGCUGGAGGUACCGCCAAGAUCUUCAUUAUCUUCAUAGUACUAGACAGACCCGGACCUCCUACUGGACCAGUUGAGGUUGGAGAGGUUGGAGAGACCACAGUGUGCCUUAAAUGGGCUCCUCCAGAGUAUAUUGGCGGCAGUCCUGUAACCAACUAUAUUGUCCUAAAACGUGAAACUAGCACUCCUGCCUGGGCAGAGGUGUCCACUAGCGUUGCUAGAAACGCAAUUAAGGUGACUAAGCUGUCUAAGGGAGAGGAGUAUCAGUUCAGGAUAAAGGCUGAGAAUCGCAACGGCAUCAGUGGCCACAUUGACAGCAAGCCAAUCACAAUAAAGCUUCCAUACACCAUCCCUGGACCUCCAUCCACACCCUGGGUCACAUUUGUAUCUAGAGAGAGCCUAACGGUGUGCUGGAAUGAGCCGGUCACUGACGGUGGAAACCCUGUGUUUGGGUAUCAUCUCCAGAUGAAGGAAAGGAGCAGCAUCCUCUGGCAGAAAAUCAAUAAGACAGCAAUCCCAGGAAAUCAGUGGAGGGUCACCAACAUCUGCCCAGGACUCAUUUACGAGUUUAAGGUGGCAGCUGAAAAUGCUGCUGGUAUUGGAAAGAUUAGCAAGACAUCAGAGGAGGUGCUGGCUAUUGAUGCCUGUGAGCCCCCAGCAAAUGUUCAAGUCACAGAAGUCACCAAGAACUCAGUCAGCCUGGGCUGGCAGAGGCCUCCAUAUGAUGGUGGCAGCAAGAUUACCGGCUACAGCGUGGAAAGGAGGGAUGCUCCCGAUGGCAGAUGGGUGAAGGCCAACUUCACAAACAUCAUUGAAAUGGGCUUUACUGUAUCUGGACUGAACCAGGAUGAGUCUUAUGAGUUCAGAGUGUACGCCAAGAAUGCUGUUGGGUCUAUCAGCAACCCAUCUCUUAUUGCUGGCCCAGUCACCUGCGUUGAUGCAUGUGGUGCUCCAGCUAUUGACCUUCCUCCAGAGUAUCUGGAUGUGGUUCAGUACAAGGCUGGAGCUUCGCUUAAACUCGGAGUAGGAAUCAUUGCCAAGCCUCUGCCAAGUAUUGAGUGGCUCAAGGAUGGAAGGGAACUUCUGGUCACCUCAACCGUUAGUGUUGAAAGCACAACUGACACUUCUGCUGUCCUGAUCAAGGAUGCAGCUCGCAUUGACACGGGCUCAUAUGAUAUUAAGAUCAAGAAUGUUUUGGGCUCAGCAUCCGCAACCAUCCGGAUUGAAAUCCUUGAUAAACCUGGACCCCCAGCUGGCAACAUCAAUUUCGUCUCCAUUACAGCAGAAAAGAUGAUCUUUAACUGGGAGCCUGUGCCUGAAGGUGACCAGGGAGGUUCCAAGGUGACCCACUACAUUGUUGAGAAGCGCGAAACCAGCCGAGUGGUCUGGUCAACGGUUUCGGAGAGGCAUGAGCAGACCCACAUUGCUGUUAGCAAGUUAUUGCGAGGAAAUGAGUAUGUGUUCCGCGUCAGAGGUGUUAAUAAGUUUGGAGUUGGAGAGCCACUGGAGUCGGAGCCAGUCGUCGCUAAGAAUGCUUUUGUAACUCCCGGGCAGACUCGAACCCCCGAGGUGAACACCAUCACCAAGACCACCAUGGUGGUAGAAUGGGACAAACCAGGUGUAGAUGGAGGCAGCCCCGUUACAGGCUACUACCUUGAAAGACGUGACAAGAAGAGCUUGCGUUGGAUAAGAGUUUACAAAGACCCUGUUACUGACAUCAAACAGACUGUCUACCACCUGACAGAAGGAAGCGAGUAUCAAUAUCGUGUCUGUGCUAUUAACAAGGCCGGAGAAGGACCUUUCUCUGAAGCAUCAGACCUCUACAAGGCUGCCGAUCCUGUUGAUACACCAGAUGAGCCUUGCAAGCUGAAGGUGGUGGACUCCACCAAAACAUCCAUCACCUUGGGUUGGUCCAAGCCAGAAUGGGAUGGAGGCAGUGAAGUCAUCAGCUACAUGGUGGAGAAACUUAUUGAGGGAGAGGAAGAAUGGGUCAUGAUUACCUCCAAGGGAGAGGUGAAGACUACAGAGUACACAGUUCAUCAACUUAAGCCAGAUGUCAACUACUUCUUCAGAGUGUCUGCCGUCAACUGUGCCGGCCGUGGAGAGCCUCUUGAGAUGACGGAGCCUGUGCAGGCCAAAGAUAUUCUCGAGGAGGCCCAGAUUGACUCAGAUGUGGCCAUGAGAACUCACUACGUUGUGAAGGCUGGCAAGGAUGUGGAGCUGUCUGUUCCUCUGAAGGGCAGACCGGCUCCUUCUGCUUCCUGGAGCAAAGGAGAAGAAUGCAUUGACCACAACUCUCAGUAUGAGUUCCACCACUCAGACACUACUACAGUCCUUGUGAUGCGUGACGUGACCAGGAAUGACACUGGAAAGUACACAGUCAAGAUUGAGAAUGGUGUGGGAGAGCCUAAGACACUGACCCUGUCCAUGAAGGUCCAAGACACUCCAGCUCAGUGCAGGAACCUGGAACUGAAGGAAGUGACCCGUGGAAAGGUUACUCUCUGCUGGGAGGCUCCGCUCCUUGAUGGUGGUGCUGAAAUCACAAACUAUAUUGUUGAAAAGAGAGACUCCUCCAAGAGAUCCUACUCUGCAGUGACAAGCAAAUGCACAGAAACAACAUACACGAUAGAAGAUCUCUCAGAGAAGACAUCCUUCUUCUUCCGUGUAUUAGCUGAGAAUGAAAAUGGAGUCGGUGAUCCAUGUGAAACACAUGAGCCAGUGAAGGCUACAGAGACUCCAGGACCAGUCAAGGAGGUGUCUAUGAAGGAUUCAUCCAAGACCUCUGUCACUCUGCAGUGGCUGAAGCCUGAUUAUGAUGGUGGCAGCAUUAUCUCUGACUAUGUCAUUGAGAAGAAGAUAGAGAAGGAAGAGGAAUGGUCAGUGGGAGGAUCCAGCAGACAGUGUGAGUUUGAGGUCAAGAAACUCAAGGAGCACUCAAACAUGUUCUUCAGAGUUGCCGCCAGAAAUGAAAAGGGACAUGGCGACUUUGUUGAGAUUGGGCCUAUCAGGGUGGUUGACUACAUUAUCACACCUGAAGCAAGCCUUGCAGACUAUCCAAACGGCAGAAUCAAAGUUCGCCUUGGUCACAAUGUGCACAUUGAGCUGCCAUACAAAGGUAAACCCAGACCUGCAGUUAAGUGGUUGAAGGACAAUCUGCCUCUGAGGGAAAGUGACCAAAUCCGCUUCAAGAAGACAGAAAACAAAGCCACUCUAAUGAUCAAGAAUGUGAAGAAGGAGCACGAGGGUAAAUAUACUCUUACCCUCGACAACAUGGUCAACAGGAGAUCCUUCCACAUCCAUGUCGUAACACUUGGACCACCAUCAAAGCCUGUUGGACCUAUCAUCUUGGAUGAGGUGAGAGCUGAGAACAUCAUGAUCUCCUGGGAAGAACCCAAUGAUGAUGGUGGUGGAAAUAUCACCUGCUACUCCGUGGAGAAGCGUGACACCUCCCAAACUGACUGGAAGAUGGCAUGCUCCAGUGUAGAAGGAACUCAGUUCAGGGUGCCCAACCUGAUAAAGGGUCUCCAGUACCAAUUCAGAGUGUUUGCUGAGAACAGGUACGGUGUCAGUGAACCUUUGGUAUCACAGAUGGUAGUUGCCAAGCACCAGUUCAGGCCUCCAGGCCCACCAGGCAAACCUGUCGUGUACAAUGUCACCAACGAUGGCAUGACUAUCAGGUGGGAGCUGCCGCUCUAUGAUGGUGGUACCCCUGUCCAGGGCUAUCAUGUGGAGAAGAAGGAGAAGAACAGCAUCACAUGGCAAAAGGUGAAUACUAUGGUGGUCAAAGAAACAGAAUACAGGAUCUUGGAAUUGAUUGAAGGCCUCGAGUACUCCUUCAGAGUCUACGCCCAGAAUGAUGCUGGCUUCAGCAGAAUGAGUGAUGAAAGCAAGCCCACCAUGGCUGUCAGUCCUGUUGAUCCUCCCAGCCAGCCCGACUACACCGAUGUGACUAUUGAUUCAAUCAGUCUUAAAUGGGAUCCACCAAAACGUGAUGGAGGUAGCAAGAUUACUGGCUACACCAUUGAGAAACGCCAAGGACAUGGCCGCUGGUUCAAAGCCAACCUGACCGACGUGCACGACUGCCAAUACACCAUCAGUGGUUUGACAGUGAAUGAGCGCUAUGAGUUCAGAGUGACUGCCAGGAACGCCAUUGGUGUUGUCAGCCCUCCAUCCAACUCCUCUGGAUUGAUUGUGGUUAGAAGUGAGAAUGCUGCUCCUCAUAUUGAGUUUGGCCCAGAGUACUUCGAGGGUUUGACAGUCAAGGCAGGAGACAACAUCAGACUGAAGGUGACGAUUAAUGGACGCCCUGUUCCUAAGGUGGUCUGGCACAGAGAUGGUGUGUUGGUCACCAAAAAGAUGAUGGAUAUAAUCAACGUAGCUGGAUCCAGCACCUUGUUUGUGAGGGAUUCUGACCGUAGUCACCGUGGCCUCUACACUGUGGAGGCUACCAACGGGUCUGGAAGCAAGAAGGAGAACAUCCUUGUUCAAGUCCAAGACACGCCUGGGGAGCCAGUAGGACCCAUCACUUUCAGCAACAUCUCCGAGGGCAGGUGCACUCUGUCUUGGAGUCCACCUGAGAAUGACGGCUGCUCUGAGAUUUCACAUUACAUUGUUGAGAAGCGUGAGACUGCCAAGAUCUCCUGGGCUUUAGUGUCUGAUGAAUGUGAAGAGUGCACUUACGAUGCAACCAAGCUCAUCACGACCAAUGAGUACCAGUUCAGGGUCUCUGCCGUCAAUAUGUUUGGAGUUAGCAGACCUUUGGAAUCGAGCCCCAUCAUCGCACAGAUGCAAUACACUGUUGCUGAUGCUCCAGGUACUCCUGAUUCCACUGAGGUGACAGGAGAGAGCAUCACCCUGGCCUGGGCUCCUCCUAAAUCUGAUGGAGGAAACCCUAUUCAGUGCUAUAUUCUGGAGAAACGAGAGAAGAAGACUCUGCGGUUCUACAGAGUAAUUACCAAGAAGCCUAUCGUUGAGUGUGCUCACAAGGUACUAAAUCUGACCGAGGAUAUGGAAUAUGAGUUCCGUGUUAUGGCCGUGAACGACGCCGGUGUUGGAGCUCCCAGCAACGUAUCCCUUCCUAUCAAAGCUGCCGAAGAAAAGGAUAUCCCCUGUGCUCCAUCUGUGGUCUGUGUGUCAGACUCCACCAACACCUCCAUCAGUCUGGAAUGGUCCAAGCCUGCCGAUGACGGAGGCAUGGAGAUCCUGGGCUACAUCAUUGAGAUGAUGAAGGCUGACGAAACAGAAUGGAAGAGGGUAAAUGAGGAGUUGGUAGCAGAAACCAAUUAUACGGCUACUGGCCUUCAGACAGGAGCUGAGUAUAAGCUCCGUGUUGCAGCUGUCAAUCACAUGGGAAGAGGUGAGGACAUGGAGACUUCAGAGCUUGCUCAGGCUGUUGACAGGCAAACACCACCACAGGUGGAUAUUGAUGCCUCCUUCAAGCAGACACACAUUGUUAAGGCUGGAGGUUCAGUGUGCUUGGCUGUACAAUUCAGAGGAAAGCCUAUUCCCACCGCCACCUGGGUGAAGGAAGAAGGAGAGCUGGGUGUCAUGUCAGAGAUCAUAACUACAGAGGGCAGCAGUUCUCUCAUCAUUGAAAACUGUUCCAGAAAUGAUUCAGGCAAAUACACGGUUGACCUGGAGAAUGCCAGCGGCAGCAAAGCCAUUACAUUCAAUGUAAAGGUGAUGGACACUCCUGGAACUCCACAGAAUGUGGCCUUUAAGGAAGUGUCCAGAGGCUCAGUCACACUCAUUUGGGAGCCUCCCGUUAAUGACGGUGGAGCACGAAUCUAUCACUAUAUUGUCGAAAGGCGCGAAGCUAGCCGCCGCACUUGGCAGCAGUCUGGUAGCAACUGCACUCGGCAUAUCAUGAAGAUCCAGGACUUGCUGGAGGGAGUGCCAUACUUCUUCAGAGUCUCUGCAGAGAACCAGCAUGGUGUGGGUGAGGCUUUUGAGCUGACUGAGCCUGUCACUGCCACUGCAGAGCCAGCUGCUCCAAAGAGACUGGACAUCCUCGACACCACAGACAGCUCUGUGUCACUGGGCUGGCUCAAACCAGAACAUGACGGCGGUAGCCGCAUCCAGGGUUACACCAUAGAGGCUAGGCCAAAGGGUACAGACAAAUGGGUACUGAUUGGCAACACCAAGAAUCUCACCUACGACAUCGAAAAGCUCAACAAGGGUGACGAGUAUGACCUCCGUGUGAAGGCUAAGAAUGAAUCCGGCUUCAGCAAACCCAGGGAAACUCUGGCCCCUGUGCUCAUCAAAGAGCCUCACAUUGAACCUGCUGCUAACCUCAGCGAGAUCCCCGGACAGCUCAUUACAUGCAGGUCUGGCAGCACCUUCACCAUUGAUGUUCCCAUUAGUGGUAGACCAGCUCCUAAAGUCACCUGGAAGCUAGAGGAGAUGAGAUUGAAAAAUUCUGACAGAGUUACCAUCAAAGUAACAAAGCAUAGAGCCAGCAUCUCAGUCAAGGAGGCCAUGAGAGGCGAUGGUGGUAAAUACUACCUGACUCUGGAGAAUGUGACAGGAGCCAAGACCUUCACUAUUGAAGUUAAUGUCACUGGUAGACCCAGUCCUCCAGCUGGACCCAUUGAAAUCUCCUCCAUCACCUCUGAGUCCUGUGUCGUUACCUGGGAACCACCAGAGGACGACGGUGGCACUGUAAUUACCAACUACAUUGUGGAGAAGCGUGAGUCUGGCUCUACGGCCUGGCAGCUGAUCAACUCCAGCGUAAAGCGCACGUCUCUCCAUGUUUCUCAUCUGACCAAGUACAUGCAGUACACAUUCAGGGUCUCUGCCGAGAACAGGUUUGGUGUCAGCAAGCACACUGAGUCUGAGACUAUUGUUGCAGAGCAUCCUUUCACUCCUCCUGGACCACCAACAAAGCCUGUAGUCUUCAAUGUCACCGCCAACACAAUGACCCUGCAAUGGGAAGAGCCCUACAACGAUGGUGGCAGCAAGGUGACGGGUUACUGGAUUGAAAAGAAGGAGAGGAACAUCAUUCUGUGGGUGAGGGAGAACAAGAUCCCAUGCUUUGAGUGCUCCUACAAGGUGGAGGGCCUGGUUGAAGGUCUGGAGUACCAGUUCAGGAUUUAUGCCAUGAACAGUGCCGGGCUGAGCAAAGCCAGCGAGGCCUCCAAGGGAGCAGUGGCUGAAAACCCUGUUGAUCCACCAAGUAAGCCAGAAGUCACAAAUGUCACCAGAACCACCGUAUCCCUCAAAUGGUCAUCUCCACUGAACGAUGGUGGCAGCCCGAUCGUGGGAUACAUCAUUGAGCGUAAGCCAUACACUGUGACCGGUGAAGGCCGCUGGCUCAAGUGUAACUACACUAAUGUGACAGACACGUUCUACACUGUGACGGCCCUCGGAGAGGGAGAGCCCUACGAGUUCAGAGUCGUUGCCAAGAACGCCAACCAGGUGUUCAGCCUCCCCUCAGAGUCCACCGGCUCUGUGCAGUGCAAGAGUGAAUUUGAGCCGCCAAAGGCCCAGCUGGACAGCAAACUCAUGUCUGAAACUGUGAAGGUCAGAGCUGGUUCAGACCUGGUUCUGGAUGCUGCAGUGGGCGGCAGACCGGACCCCAAAGCUUCCUGGUCCAAAGGCAAAAAGGAGCUGGAGUUGUGUGAAAAGUACCACCUGCAGUACACGUCCACCAGGGCCAUGGCCGUCAUCAAGUUCUGUGACAGAGAUGACACUGGAAAGUACAUCCUGACGGUCCGGAACGUGAGUGGAACCAAGACCGCUGAAGUCAACGUCAAAGUGCUCGACACUCCUGGAGUUUGUGAAGGCAACAUCCAAAUCAGCAAGGUCACUGAAGAGUCGUGCACGCUGAGCUGGAAGCCUCCUCUGGAGGACGGUGGAGACGAGAUCUCCCACUACAUCGUGGAGAGGCGCGACACCAACAGGCUCAACUGGGUUAUCAUGCAUGCUGAAUGCAAGGAGCUGACCUGCGACAUCACACGGUUGUUCAAAAAUACAGAAUACCUGUUCAGAGUGAAGGGAGUCAACAAGUAUGGAGCUGGAGUCCACAUCCAGUCAGAGCCCAUGAUCGCCAGAAACACUUUCACUGUGCCGAGUCCUCCCGGUGCUCCAGAGAUCUUAGCAUCUGGAAAGGACUUUGCCACCAUUGAGUGGCUGAAGCCAGAGAGCGAUGGUGGCAGCCCAUUGAUCCACUACCUGGUGGAGAGGCGUGAGAGGAAGAGCGCCCGCUGGGUGAAGGUGAACAGGGACGGAGCUCACCUGGACACCACACUGAAGGUGUCUGAUUUGACUGAAGGCAACAUCUACCAGUUCAGAGUGACAGCCAUUAACAAGGCCGGAGAGAGUGAAGCCAGCGAGGUUUCUCUGUAUGUUGUCUGCAGAGUGCCGACAUGCACACCUGCUCCUCCUUCCAUUCCUCGUAUCACCGACACUCACUCUGAGAGCAUCAGCCUGGCCUGGAGCCGUCCUUUGGAGGAUGGAGGUGCUGACGUGAUGGGCUACAUUCUGGAGAUGCAGGAAGCUGGAGCAGAGGACUGGAAAAAGGCACAUGACAAGACCCUGCGGGCUGCAGAAUACGUGGUGACCGGACUCUCAGCGGGUAAGAAGUACUGCUUCAGAGUGGCCGCCAUCAACUUCAACGGCACGGGAGACUUCAGUGAACCGUCUGCUGAGACUGAACCAGUGGACAGAAUCGAAACUCCUGACUUUGAGCUCCAUGACGACCUGAAGAAGACCAUCUGCCUGCGUGCCGGCGGCUCCCUGCGCCUGUUUGUGAACGUCACCCGGUCGUCCCUGCUCCUGCCCAUCACAUGGAGCAAGCCUGGUGUUGACCUCCACAACCGAGGUUUCAUUGACAUCACCAACACAUCCACCACACUCAUCAUCGAUAAGGUCCACCGCUACGAUGCCGGCAAGUACACGCUGGUGGCUGAGAACUCUGCCGGGAAACAGGAAGUCAGCAUUCUGGUCAAGGUCUACGAUACUCCUGGACCAACUGGUCCAAUCAAGAUGAAGGAGCCUGACAAGGACUCUGCCACCAUCUCCUGGGAAGCUCCAGCUGUAGACGGCGGUGCUCCUGUCAACAAUUACAUCAUCGAGAGGCGUGAGGCCUCCAUGAGAGCCUACAAGACCGUCACCUCCAAGUGUAGCAAGACUUCUUUCAAGAUUGAAGACCUGUUUGAGGGCAUGCUGUACUACUUCAGAGUCCUCCCCGAAAACAUCUACGGUAUCGGUGAGCCCUGUGAGACUCCAGACCUCAUCCUGGUUUGUGAGGUUCCUCUGCCUCCACACAAGCUGGAGAUGAUCGAUGUCACCAAGAGCACCGUCACAUUGGGCUGGGAGAAGCCCCGACACGAUGGAGGCAGCAGGUUAACGGGCUACGUCAUCGAGGCCUGUAGAGUCGACACUGACAAGUGGAUGAAGGUGGCCACGCUGAAGACAACCGACUUCGAGCACACCAUCGAGAAGCUGAAUGAGAAGGAGCAGUACCUGUUCAGAAUCAGGGCCGUCAACAGCAGAGGUGCCAGCGAGCCAAAGGAACUUCUUACAGCCGUUACCGUACAAGUGACUGAUACUCACUUGGUUGUUAAGGGCCUGAAGGAGGGAACCGAGUACCACUUCAAGGUGACAGCUGAAAACUCCUUCGGUGUCAGUGCCUCUCUCAAGUCUGAGCAGCCACUGGUUCCUCACACUCCACUCUGUCCUCCUGAGCCUUCAAGCACCACACCAGAGAUCAUGGAUGUUACAAAGAGCUCUGUGGCGCUGGCCUGGUCCAGACCAAAGGACGAUGGUGGUUCUGCCAUCACUGGCUACUUCGUUGAGUAUAAGGAGGUGUCCAGUGAGACGUGGUCCCGCUACCAGACCAAGAUCACCUCCACCAUGUUUACUCUGCCUGGACUCACCCCUGACACAGACUACCAGUUCCGCAUCGUUGCUGUCAACGACAUUGGCGAGAGCGGGGCUGGUCCUGUGUCUGACCCAGUCACAUGCAAGGAUCCAUUCGACAAGCCAAGCCAACCAGGUGAGAUUGACACAGUUAAUGUCACACACAACUUCAUCACUAUCCGCUGGCAAGCUCCAGAGUGUGAUGGUGGAAAGGAGGUCCUAGGCUACUGGGUGGAGUACAGGAAGUCCACAGAGAGCACCUGGAAGAAGUCCAACAAGCAGAGGCUGAAGGAAAUGCAGUUCACCAUACCUGGAUUGUCUGAGGCCACCGAGUAUGAGUUCAGAGUGUUUGCCGAGAAUCAGACUGGAAUGAGCAGACCUCGUAGGACUGCCAUAUGCAUCAAGACCAAACUGAUCGUUGAAACAAAACCAAGCUUGAGAAAGGAAAUGGAUGAAGUAACUGCCAAGCUUGGACAGCCUGCCGUCAUGAAGUGCCAGAUUAUUGGCAGACCUGUUCCUGAAAUCAAGUGGUACCACAGCGGCAAGGAGAUUGUCGAGUCCCGCAAGUACGAGAUGAGCUCUGAUGGCCGCAACCACUCCCUUUCCAUCACGACUGACCAACAGGAGGAUGAGGGAGAGUACACCUGCAAGGCCAUUAAUGAUGCUGGAGAGGCUGAAUCCACAGGAAUCCUAGUAUUGGAGGCUGCUUCCUCUUUCCACCCCGACUACCCGCUGAAGGACACCUACUAUGCCGGCCUUGGAACUACCCUGCGUAUCCAUGCUGUCUAUAUUGGACGUCCUCAACCAAAGAUCAUGUGGCUCCACGGAGCAAAGACUCUGGAGAGCACAGAGGAUAUCAGCAUUGAGACCACAGAACACUACACUCACCUAGUCAUUAAAAACGUGCAGCGCAGAAUCCAUGGAGGCACAUACAGAAUCAGACUGCACAACCACUUUGGCAGGGCUGACACUGUGUUCAAGGUUGAAAUCUACGACAAACCCGAUAUACCUCAGGGCCCCAUUAUCCUGGACGCCCUCCUGAAGAACUCUGUCAUCAUCAGCUGGAAGCCUCCAAAGGACGACGGAGGCUGCAUGGUUACCAACUACAUCGUGGAGAAGCGCCAAGACAAGGAGGACGCUGAGUGGGAACUGGUGUCAUCAUCCAUUAAUGGCACAUCUUGCCGCGUGCCCAACCUAAUUGACAGUGCUGGAUACUUCUUCCGUGUGUAUGCCCAGAAUCGGUAUGGCAACAGCGAGCCACUGGAGCUCGCUUCACCUAUCCUUAUCAAGAGCCAGCUGGAAAAACCAUCACCACCUCUGUCACCAGUUGUUUCUGGAAUCACCAAGGACUCUUGUGUGCUUUCCUGGAGACCUCCACUCAGCGAUGGUGGCUCCAAGAUCAAGAGCUAUUGCCUUGAGAAGAAGCACAAGAAGGAUAAGAAGGAAUGGACAGAAUGGACUCCGGUGACCACAGAUGAGAUCAAACAGACGGUGUUCUCCGUCAAGCAUCUGACCGAGGGCAUUGAGUACAUCUUCCGAGUGAAGUGUGAGAACCUCGGAGGCCAAAGUGAUUACAGUGAGGAGACCGCUCCUAUGGUUCCAGCCACAGCCGUUGACAUCCGUGCUCCCGCCUUCAAGGAGGAGCUGAGGAACAUGAGCGUCAAGUACAAGAGCAAUGCUACCCUUGUCUGCAAGAUCACAGGACAGCCCAAGCCUGUGAUUAAAUGGUUCAGACGAGGAAAGGAGAUCCACUCUGAUGGAAAGAAGAUCAAGAUUCAAGAAUUCAAGGGAGGCUACCAUCAGCUGGUCAUCACUGAGGCUGAUGAUGAAGACUCCACUGUGUACCAGAUUAGGGCCACUAACCAGGGAGGCGCCAUCUGUGCUACAGUCUCUCUGGAUGUUGAAAUCCCUGCCAAGAUCAACCUGCCCAAGAACCUGAAGGACAAGGAAGCCAUCCCUGCCCUGCGUGGAGAAUUGGUCAACAUCAAGAUCCCUUUCACUGGCAAACCAGAUCCUGUCAUCACAUGGCAGAAGGGACAAGAUCUUAUUGACAGCAAUGGUCACUAUCAGGUCAUUGUCACCAGAUCAUUCACGUCUUUGGUGUUCGCCAACGGAGUGGAGAAGAAGGAUGCUGGUUUCUACGUCGUCUGUGCCAAGAACAGAUUCGGCAUUGAUCAACAGACAGUUGAACUGGAUGUGGCUGAUGUGCCUGAUCCUCCACGCGGUAUCAAGGCCAGCGAUAUCUCCAGAGACUCUGUCACACUUAACUGGGUGGCCCCAGCAAAUGAUGGUGGCAGCAAGGUGAUCAGUUACAUCAUUGAGAAGUGCCCCACUACUGCUGAGAGGUGGCAGCGUGUGGCCCAGUCACGUGACUGCCGCUACACUGUUAUCAAUCUAUUUGGAGGAACCAGCUAUCAGUUCAGAGUCAUCGCUGAGAAUAAGUUUGGACAGAGUGCUCCAUCUGAGACCAGCGGGCCUGUUAUGACCAAGGAGGAUAAAUCCAGAGUUCUGCUCUAUGACAGGGAGGUUGAUGAUAGUGACCAUGUCCCCAAGGGCAAGGCUCAACACUCUGAUGCAAAGAAUAUGCACAACAAAUAUGCAAUUGCAGAAGAAUUGGGCAGAGGGCAGUUUGGCAUUGUUCACCGCUGUGUUUCCAUUAGCUCUGAGAAGACCUACAUGGCUAAAUUCAUCAAGGUGAGAGGUUCCGAUCAAGCAAUAGUCAAGAAGGAAAUUGCAUCACUAAAUGUGGCCAAACACACUAACUUCCUCCUCCUCCAUGAAUCAUUUGAAAGCCCAGAGGAGCUAGUGAUGAUCUAUGACUUCAUCUCAGGUGUGGACAUCUUUGAGCGUCUCAACACAGCUGAGUUUGAACUUAAUGAGCGUGAGAUUGUUAAUUACUUGAGGCAGGUAUGCUCAGCUGUAGAGUUCUUGCAUGAUCAGAGCUACGGACACUUUGAUAUCAGGCCUGAGAACAUUGUGUACACAACUAGAACCAGCUCUAAUGUAAAGAUUAUUGAGUUGGGCCAGUCAAGACACAUGACUCCUGGAGACCAAAUCAAGAUUCAGUAUACCACUGCAGAGUACGCUGCUCCUGAGAUCCACCAGUGCGACAUGGUUAGCACUGUCACUGACAUGUGGCCUGUUGGCGUCCUUGCAUAUGUGCUCAUUAGUGGAUUUAAUCCAUUCACUGCUGAAACCAACCAACAGAUGAUUGACAACAUUUCCAAUGCAGUCUACAGCUAUGAUGAUGAAUGCUUCAAGCAGGUCAGUGUUGAGGCAUUAGACUUCACAGACCGCCUGAUGACAAAGGACCGUAGGCACCGUAUGACUGCUGCUGAGGCUCUGGCACAUCCUUGGCUGACCAAAUCCACAGAGGAGAUCAGCACCAGAGCAAUAAAUACUAGCAGGCAUAAGAGAUACUACCAGACCAUGGUGAGGAAGGAGUGGAACACCGUCAUCUCUGCAGCCCGUGUGGCCAGCGGCGGCUCCAUCAGAUCCCAGCGUGGCGUCUUUGUUGCCAAGGUGAAGAUUGCUCCAUUUGAACACGGUCCACUCGGUGGCCAGAUUAACCACGCAGUGGUGAAUGAAGGAGACAGUGUCAAAUUCGUCUGCAACAUUGAAAACUAUGACAGCGCCACUGAAGUGACAUGGUACUGUGGUGUCAGGCAGCUUGAAGCUGGUGACAAAUAUGAAAUUGAAUAUGAUGAAGGCCUGGCUGUAAUCAGCAUCAACAAGGUCACAAGAGCAGAUGACGGCACGUACAGGUGUAAGGUUGUGAAUGAGUAUGGUGAGGACAGUGCCUAUGCAGAGCUGUUUGUCAACGGUGUCAGAUCUUAUCGUGACUUCUUCACUGCUCGAGUGGUCAAGAGGACAAAGCGCAGAGUCGAUACUGCCAGAAUGCUUCAGAAGCCACCAGAGUUCACCCUUCCUCUGGUCAACCGUACAGCCUACAUUGGAGAGGAUAUCCGCUUUGGCGUCACUAUCACUGUUCACCCUGAGCCUCGUGUUACCUGGCUCAAGUCUGGACAGAAGCUCAUCCCUGGAUACGAUGAGAAAAAACACACCUUCAUCAGUGACAAGGGCCUGUACCAGCUGAUUAUACACAACCUUGAUGAUGAUGAUGAUGCUGAGUACAGUGUUGUGGCCCGCAACAGGUAUGGUGAUGACAGCUGUAAGGCUCGUCUUACCGUUGUUCCCCGACCUAAACCAGCAGACCUCACCCUGAGGCCCAUGUUCAAACGUCUGCUUGCAAAUGUUGAAUGCAGGGAGGGCCAGAACGUGCGCUUUGAAAUUAGAGUAUCUGGUCAUCCCGCACUCAAGUGGGAGAAAGAUGGCACUCCUAUAGCCUUUGGACCAUCUAUUGAGCUUGUCCAUGAGGGUCUGGAUUAUUACAUUCUCCACAUCAAAGAGACUCUCUGUGAAGAUUCAGGCGUCUACAGAGUAACUGCCACCAACUCCGCUGGAUCUGCCGGUUGCCAGGCCACGCUCAAAGUAGAGCCCUACACUCAUGUAAAGAAGGAGUAUGAACCCACUGAAAAGGAGAAGCAAAAAAUGGCCGGCAAGGAGAAACUGGAGAAAAAGGUGAGGCUGCAUCAGAUUAUGACUGGCACUGUUAUCAUGCCUCUACCACCCGCAGCAAUAGCAGCUGUCAGAGAAGCAGCAACCAUGUUCAAACCUGCUGUUACAACUAAGAAGGGUGAGAAGACUGAGGCAGAGAUACAGAAAGAACAGGAAGAGAGGAAGAAGCGGGCAGAAGAGAAGAGGCUGCGUAUGCCCUACAUCGUCCCUACUCCUCGUGUCAUUAACCCAGCUGUUCUUGAGGAGGAUGUGGAAAUAAAACACUUCAAGCCCCUCUCUGACAUGAAGUGGUAUAAGAAACUGCGGGAUCAGUAUGAGUUCCCUGAACCCAUGGAAAGAAUUAAGCAGAAGAGGAUGAAGCGUAUUCGCCUCUCCAGGUGGGAGCAGUUCUAUGAGGUGCCUGUCAGGAUCAAGGACCACUAUAAACCUAGGUGGCGCAUCUCAUCCAUGACUCAGGAUGAUUUGGAGACAGUGAGGCCUGCAAGGCAUCGCACUCCUUCCCCUGAGAUAGAGGCCUACCAUAGGAUCAGGAGGAGGUCUCUGGGUGACCUGUCAGAUGAGGAGCUGCUGCUGCCUGUGAAUGAGUAUCUGUCUAUGAAGAGAACUGAGGAGGAGAGGCUUCGUCUGGAGGAAGAGCUGGAGCUCGGCUACUCUGCAUCUCCGCCUAGCCUCAGCCCUGUUCGCUUUGAGUUGUCUGCUCUGCGUCCCUCAUCACCUGCAAGAGUCUACAGUGAUGAAGAAGAGGGAGAAGAGAUCCACAGAUAUGACUCCUACCGAAUCCCUUCUAAAUAUGAGGCUGGCCCAAGUUUCGUUGAGCUACGCGAGCGUCAUGACAAGACCACGUUCAAACCUCCAAGACAGAAGCGGAGAGUGUAUGAAGAAAGAGAAGAUCAGGAGCUGCUGCGCCCACACACUACUACUCAGAGAAUCUCCUCUUACAAGGGUGAACUCAAACGCAUGGAGUUUGAGGAGAAGACCCGAAUCUCAAGAAAGGAAAAAACUGUCUCUGUUGCAACAGUCUCGGAGGGUAUUGAAUCUGAGUACCUGACCACAAUUACUUCCAAAUUUAUUCCUAAACCAAUCAAGAAACUCCCAAUGCCAGAACCGGAGCGGAGGAGAUCUCCUACCCCAGAAAAGACUAUCAAAGCAGAAGUGGCCUUCCCUAAAGUUGACUAUAUGUCCAGGUAUGAGGAGAGGAAGCAGACUCUGAGAUCAGAGAGGAAGUCAAUGGAGAGGAAGGUGGAGGUAGUGACACAGGGUCCCUUUAGCCUUGACCAUGCCCCACGUAUAACCAUCAGGAUGAGAUCUCAUCGCGUUCCAUACGGCACCAACACAAGGUUCACUCUGAAUGUCCAGUCCAAACCUGAGUCUGAGGUGAAGUGGUACCACAAUGGAAAAGAGAUUCAUCAGAGCGGCAAAUACCACAUGAGCAACAUCAGUGGAGUUCUGACUCUCCAUAUCACCAACUGUGUGACUGAAGAUGCUGGCACUUACCGUGUGGUCUGCAGGAACGCCAAAGGAGAGACUUCUGACUAUGCCACAUUGGAUGUAACAGGAGAAGAAUAUGCUGCCUUCUCUUCAUUCCGUAAAGACGAGGAACCUCCAUCCUCCCAUCUACCACAGAUGACCAGAACAGAGGUGUAUCACGUCUCCUCCUCUAAGACAACAGUGAAGGAGACAGUGAGUGAAACAGUGAAAGAAACCACAACUGUUGUUGAGAAGCCAAGAGAGAAGCCUAGUGUCCCUGCAAAGAUCCUGACCAAACCAAUGUCCUUAAGUGUGGAGGAGGGAGACAUCGCCAGAUUUGAGUGUGAUGUAGAUGGAGAACCAGCACCUUCUAUAACCUGGCUGCAUGAAGGAACAGUUCUCGGUUCCUCUGUACGUCACCACAUCGUCUCUACUCUUUACAACUCCUCCUUUGAGAUCUCUGCUGUCGAGAUGUCCGAUGAAGGUAGCUACACCCUGCUUGUGGAAAAUGCUGGCGGCAAACAAGAAGCACAUUUCACUCUGACCAUCCGCAAGUCUGAGACCAAGGAGACAGUAGUUGCCCCUGCCAGAGUCAUCUCUCCUGAGGCCAAGUCCCCUGAACCGAUCAAAUCUCCUCAGAGAGUCAAGUCCCCUGAGCCCAUCAAGUCACCUCAGAGAAUCAAGUCUCCAGUCUCACCAAAGUCCCCAACACCAAAGUCCCCAACACCAAAGUCCCCCACUCCAAAGUCCCCCACUCCAAAGUCCCCCACGACAUCUGAGAAGGAACGAGUCACUUCUCCAAUCAGGUCACCAAAGAGAGUGAUGUCACCAACUCUUGAUAAGAAGCCGACCUUCUCCGUCAGGCUGAGUGACGUCACUGCAACCUCUGACUCUAUCGUCAAACUCUCAGUGAAGGUGACAGGAGAGCCCAAACCUGCAAUCUCCUGGAUGAAGGAUGGAAAGGCUCUGUCUGAAGGUGGGAAAUAUGAAAUCUUUGAAGAGUAUGGCUCUGCACAUCUUGAGAUCUAUGAAUCAGAGGUCUCUGAUUCUGGGGUGUACAAGUGCACAGCUACCAACAGUGCUGGAGCAGUGUCAACAACCUGCACAGUCACUGUGCGAGCCUCCAUAAGCUCCACAACCAAAGCUGAUAUCUCAGAGGAGGUCAUGAAAAAGGAAAUGGUCCAUGAGGAAGUCCUGUCCUCUGUGAAAGAGGUUACGUCCUCCCAUAGCCAGAUGUCCCUUACAGAGGGCCAGUCUCUGACUCUGAGGGCCAACAUCCCCGGGGCCUCCAACAUCAGGUGGAUCCUGAACGGGCUCGAAUUGGCCAACUCAGAUCAAUACAGAUACGGAGUGUCUGGACAUGAUCAGACCUUGACCAUCCGGUCGGUCAGCCAGUACGAGCAGGGGAUCCUCACAUGUCAGGCUCACACAGAGCACGGCCUGGUCAGGUGUCAGUUUGACACCACGAUCACAGCCGGGCCCUCGGAUGCACCUCACUUCCUGGUGCAGCCCAGGUCCCAGAAUGUGAAUGAAGGACAAAAUGUCAAAUUCACCUGUGAGAUUGCAGGAGAGCCAACCCCUGAAGUGGAGUGGUUUAAAAACAACAUGAUGAUAUCCGUCACAUCUGGCAUGAAAAUGAGCCGCUCUAAGAAUCAGUGCACUCUGGAGAUAAGUGAAGCCACGGUUGCAGACAGCGGGAAAUACACAAUAAAAGCAAAGAAUCAGUCCGGACAGUGCUCUGCAACAUCCUCCCUCAACGUCCUCACUCUUGUUGAAGAACCAACAAAAAUGGUUAUUGUGGAGCAAAGAGCUUCUACUGAUGCUGCUCAGAGUUUCUCAGCCUCGUCAGUUCACAUGGAGGCAGCUUCCAUGCAGGCCGGCAGUUACAGCAGCAGCGCCCGAUCCGCUGCUGCCGAGUAUUCGUUUGAGAGCAUGUCUGCAACUAGCAUGUCUGCCAUGAUGUCACAGUCAAUGGUUUCCAUGAGCUCCAGCAGCCAAAUGAUGGAAAUGUCUUCUGGCUCGCAUGUCGAGGCUGCCUCCUCAUUGAGGGCCCUCACCGCAGGGGGUAAAAGAGGCACUCCACCAAAGAUUGAAGCUCUUCCAGAGGAAGUCAGCGCCGAGCCGGGGAAGUCAUUGACGGUGGCAGGAAUGUUCUCUGGAGACCCGGCCCCCUCGGUGCAGUGGGUCCGCUUAGGUCGGACCCUCCCAAACGGGGACGAGAGGUACCACGUGGAGAACGGCGCUGAGCUCUCCACCCUCAUGAUCUCUGCAGUGAAGGAGGACGAUGCCGGAGCGUACACCCUCCGACUGUCCAACGAGCUCGGCUCCGACUCCGCAACCGUCAACGUUCACAUUCGGUCCAUGUAAAAAAACUACUAAUAAUUUAUAUCCCUGUUCCCCUCGUCCAGAACCUUUAUGUUUAGUGAAUAGCAACAAUAAUCUUGAUAUCUGGAUGUCUGUAUUGUAAAUAUGAACUAUUUUUGUACCAAUCUUGACAUUAAUUUAUGCCAAACUAGACUAAAGUCUAAAGUUGUUAUAAAAUGUGCCUUAUUGGACAAUUAUGACUUAGGAUUUUUGAACCACUUUUCUGUGACAUGUACAUAAUGUAUAUAGCCGACUUUAACGGUUAUGGGAAAUGUAUGCAUUGUUAUUUAUGACAAUAAUAUUAACAGAAACAAAAGAACAAAUGUUUUAACAGGAGAAAGUUUCACCUGGAACGAAUACCCUGUCAAACUGAGAAACUAAACUCUGUGCCUCAACACGACGUUGAAGUCUUAAGAUUGCCUCAACAGGUAGAGAGGCUCCCUGUUGACGUUACGAACCAGAAACAGAAAGACGAAGUUAAUGUUUGGACACGCGUCUGUGCGUGUGAUACUACAGUUUCCUAUGAAUUGUACCAUGAGUGUAAGACCCUGAGUGCUGUUUGCAUCACCCUCAUGUAAGCAGCACGAACGGCCUUGUGCUCAGACUGAAUGUGUCAUACCACCAUUUAAUGACCAGCUGGGGGCGCUAGCGGCCUGCGCGCUCAGCGUUUAGCUCAUUUAAUAAAGAGCGCUGUUUCUGGCACAGGACGGCUGGAUUGGCUUCUCAACACUUUAACAUCUUCUGGCCAAGAAUGAAGAGAAGUCAAAGCCGGCUCUGCUGUGCAGAAGCAGCGCCGGCUCCUGGAGGAAAGUUAGCAACGUGUUUUUGUGUUUGAGUGAAAAUGUUUUGUAGCUUUUAGUCAUUUCACUGUUUCAUCGGGGUCGUCUCACCGCAGUGAUUCAUCCGCUGGGAAAGAGAAGCAUUUAAGUUUUGCCCUUUGAUUUAAUGUUGAUGUAGAACUAUUUUCAUCCUCCUUGAGUUUUAUGCAUUUCUGAUUUAAUAAAGCAUGAUUUCAGCACUAAA